CGUCAUCGUCUUCUGACUUGACGCCGGGGUGACGCUUCAUUACCGAGGUGCCACGGGGUAGAGCAGUGCACAGUCUCGAGCUUGACGGAUAGCAGCUUUAGAUUUCUGUAUGGAUGGUGUUAAAGAUUAGGAAGGUGUUUUGUUUUAAGAUAAUCUAAGUUUGAACAUGUGUUAAAGUGGUGUCAUUUUUGUCGUUGUAGCUGAAAGGUUGAAAAGAAAUCAGUUGACUAGACUUAGACUUUAUUGUGUGUGUGUGUGUAUAUAUAUAUAUAUAAUCAAUCUGGCCACUGGUUAGGACAGUUCAUCAUUGACGACAAUUUGAGUUAUGCUAAGGAUUAUUUUUCUACUUGUUGUUAUGGACGCUGGUCAUUCUGACAUGAACUCACAAGCUCAAGUCAAUUUCAACAUUUCAUUGUAUGGGUUUCUUUAAAGUCUUCACGGGUUGGUUAAAGGUCUUCUCAGACCACUUUAGAGACGCAGAAACAGGUGUGUUAAAAAUUGUAUUGUGAUUUUGUGAAAUCUAUACUCGUAAAAAAAAUAUACCAUUAAAUAAUAACGCUAUAAACAAAUACAGUGUGUUUCCAAAAGCUACAACCUAAAGCGCGGAUUGAAAUGUCUUAUUGUGCUUUUCACAUAAUGUUGGAAAUGAUUUACUGAUCUGUGAGACUCAUUGUUCUGUUUGGAUCGCUCCAUCUUGGGCUGUGAUUGGCCAAUGCAUUGAAUGUGCUCGCAUUGGUUUGAAGACGCGUUUAGCUUCGUUUGGAAAGAAAUGUUUAGUUCGGAUUGCCUCUAUAAGGGGAAUCGUUUCGUAACAUGACAUGAACAUAUGGAAUGUUCAGGAGUUCAGUUCGUUUGGCCCCUCUCCUCAAAUCCUGUAUAUAAACUCCACUUUUGUUUGUGGCUGGAAAAAACUCUUCAGACGGCUAACUGACCCGCUUCCCGUGAAACUAUCGAGCUGAGACCUAACACAUAGACUCGUUGCCGAUGACAACAAAUUCUGUCAAAUUUUCAGCCUACCCGAACCCCCAAAAGUCAGUAUGCCUUGUUCUUCAAGAGGAAGAUGAAGAAAAUAUGAUGACGGUCAUUUCACGAAAUAAAAAUCCCAUAAACUGCGUUAAAAGUAAUUCUAUUUUUUUAAAUAUCGCAGGUGCGUUUGGUGCGUAACAUUUUUUUUUGUUUUUUCUUAAAUAGUUGGCGGAAAAAAAUCUGUGGUGUAAAAGUAAGUCAGUUGGAGAAUUAACAUAGUUCAGGGGCGUGGAAAAUGUGCUGUUGCGAGGCUUGGGAAGGGGGGGGGGAGCACUGAUCGGAAUUCCUACAGAGUGCGCUCCUCUUGGCACGUUUUGUCCAAUUUUAAGCCUCGGCCACCAUUACUGGAUGUUAUAUUUUAUAAAGAGUUUUAACGACAAACUGUGUUUCUAAUAGGGUGUUUCAUGUUAAAGUUGUGUUGGUGAGACUUUAAAACCGUUGUUAUGAAUUCAAAUAAAUGUUACAUUUAGAUUAACUUUGUUCAUUACAGAUGCCAUUCUUAUAAUGAAAUGUGGCGGCUUAUUGCGUAAAAAAAAAAGGCCGGGGGGGGGGGGGGGGGGAAAAUAAAAGAUGCCAUUCUUAUAAUGAAAUGUGGCGGCUUAUUGCGUAAAAAAAAAAGGCCGGGGGGGGGGGGCGGAGUAAAUGCAAACGAACUUCUCUGAUUCCAGCUAUGAUAAUCUAAGACGGCCUCUACUUUCAGAUAAAUAUGAUUGUACAACCGAAUGGUUUCAAUAUACGUUCAUAAAAAUGUCAUUGUUUGACUGUUGGGGUUUAUGACAUCUAAGAUACUAAAUGUCAUUGGUUGACUGUUGGAAAUUAUGGCAUCCAAAUUAGUGUUGACGUUUGACGUCGUUAGUAAAGACGUGAUCUGGUAAUGAGAAAACUCUUGAGGUCAAGGCAUCAAAGGUUACUUUGACAUUAACAUUUUCGAACGUAAACGGUCACGGCGACCUUGCUGCAUUAUAAACAAUGACAUGCGACAUCGUGAACCAUUAAGAACUUAAAAGAAGUGACGUCAUCAGCCUCAGCCAGACCAUUUGACGGACCAGGAGGAGUAUCCCCCCCCUCCCCCAGGUUCUAGGCCAAGAUGUACCAGGCUGGGCUGCAAGUGACUUUCAUCAACAGGCUCAAGAGGAAGCGACGCAUGCGCAUGGAGGCCAAUGCCAUGUCGAUGUCCAUGUCCAUGCCAAGUCCGCUGAUUGGUCAAGUAAGUCACGUGUCUUGACGUCUUUAGUUACGGGCUUUUCAGUGCGGAGCUAGCGUAACACUGGUUUGUAAGUGGAACUCUGGGGGUGGUGGGUGGUGGGUGGGGGCAGUUGGGUGGGUGGAAGCAGUUGGGUGGGUGGGGGCAGUUGGGUCGUGAAUAAAAUAUAAAACUAAAAGUUCUUGUGUAUUCUCAACACUGUACACCAUGUCCUUCAAUAAAGUUCUUGUGUAUUCUCAAUACUGUACACCAUGUCCUUCAAUAAAGCUCUUGUGUAUUCUCACCACUGUACAACAUGUCCUUCAAUAAAGCUCUUGUGUAUUCUCAACACUGUACAACAUGUCCUUCAAUAAAGCUCUUGUGUAUUCUCAACACUGUACAACAUGUCCUUCAAUAAAGCUCUUGUGUAUUCUCAACACUGUACAACAUGUCCUUCAAUAAAGCUAUUGUGUAUUCUCAAAACUGUACACCAUGUCCUUCAAUAAAGGUCCUGUGUAUUCUCAACACUGUACCACAUGUCCUUCAAUAAAGUUCUUGUGUAUUCUCAACACUGUACACCAUGUCCUUCAAUAAAGCUCUUGUGUAUUCUCAACACUGUACACCAUGUCCUUCAAUAAAGCUCUUGUGUAUUCUCACCAAUGUAUAACAUGUCCUUCAAUAAAGCUCUUGUGUAUUCUCAACACUGUACAACAUGUCCUUCAAUAAAGUUCUUGUGUAUUCUCAACACUGUACAACAUGUCCUUCAAUAAAGCUCUUGUGUAUUCUCAACACUGUACAACAUGUCCUUCAAUAAAGCUAUUGUGUAUUCUCAAAACUGUACAAUUUGUCCUUCAAUAAAGCUCCUGUGUAUUCUCAACACUGUACCACAUGUCCUUCAAUAAAGUUCUUGUGUAUUCUCAACACUGUACACCAUGUCCUUCAAUAAAGCUCUUGUGUAUUCUCAACACUGUACACAUGUCCUUCAAUAAAGCUCUUGUGUAUUCUCAACACUGUACAACAUGUCCUUCAAUAAAGCUCUUGUGUAUUCUCAACACUGUACAACAUGUCCUUCAAUAAAGCUAUUGUGUAUUCUCAAAACUGUACACCAUGUCCUUCAAUAAAGCUCUUGUGUAUUCUCAACACUGUACCACAUGUCCUUCAAUAAAGUUCUUGUGUAUUCCCAACACUGUACACCAUGUCCUUCAAUAAAGCUCUUGUGUAUUCUCAACACUGUACACCAUGUCCUUCAAUAAAGCUAUUGUGUAUUCUCAAAACUGUACACCAUGUCCUUCAAUAAAGCUCUUGUGUAUUCUUAACACUGUACCACAUGUAUUUCAAUAAAGCUCUUGUGUAUUCUCAACACUGUACAACAUGUCCUUCAAUAAAGAUCUUGUGUAUUCUCAACACUGUACAACAUGUCCUUCAAUAAAGCUAUUGUGUAUUCACAAAACUGUACACCAUGUCCUUCAAUAAAGCUCUUGUGUAUUCUUAACACUGUACCACAUGUCCUUCAAUAAUGCUAUUGUGUAUUCUUAACACUGUACCACAUGUCCUUCAAUAAAGCUAUUGUGUAUUCUUAACACUGUACCACAUGUCCUUCAAUAAAGCUAUUGUGUAUUCUUAACACUGUACCACAUGUCCUUCAAUAAAGUUCUUGGUAUUUUCUCAAAACUGUACACCAUGUCCUUCAAUAAAUGUCUUGUGUAUUCUCAACACUGUACCACAUGUCCUUCAAUAAAGCUAUUGUGUAUUCUCAAAACUGUACACCAUGUCCUUCAAUAAAGCUCUUGUGUAUUCUUAACACUGUACCACAUGUCCUUCAAUAAAGCUAUUGUGUAGUCUCAAAACUGUACACCAUGUCCUUCAGUAAAGCUCUUGUGUAUUCUUAACACUGUACCACAUGUCCUUCAAUAAAGCUAUUGUGUAUUCUCAAAACUGUACACCAUGUCCUUCAAUAAAGCUCUUGUGUAUUCUUAACACUGUACCACAUGUAUUUCAGUAAAGCUCUUGUGUAUUCUCAACACUGUACACCAUGUCCUUCAAUAAAGCUCUUGUGUAUUCUUAACACUGUACCACAUGUCCUUCAGUAAAGCUCUUGUGUAUUCUCAACACUGUACCACAUGUCCUUUAAAAAGCUCGUGUGUAUUCUUAACACUGUACAAUUUGUCCUUCAAUAAAGCUAUUGUGUAUUCUCAAAACUGUACACCAUGUCCUUCAAUAUAGCUCUUGUGUAUUCUUAACACUGUACCACAUGUCCUUCAAUAAAGUUCUUGUGUAUUCUCAAAACUGUACACCAUGUCCUUCAAUAAAGCUCUUGUGUAUUCUUAACACUGUACCACAUGUCCUUCAAUAAAGCUAUUGUGUAUUCUCAAAACUGUACACCAUGUCCUUCAGUAAAGCUCUUGUGUAUUCUUAACAAUGUACCACAUGUCCUUCAAUAAAGCUAUUGUGUAUUCUCAAAACUGUACACCAUGUCCUUCAAUAAAGCUAUUGUGUAUUCUUAACACUGUACCACAUGUCCUUCAAUAAAGCUAUUGUGUAUUCUCAAAACUGUACACCAUGUCCUUCAAUAAAGCUCUUGUGUAUUCUUAACACUGUACCACAUGUCCUUCAAUAAAGCUAUUGUGUAUUCUCAAAACUGUACACCAUGUCCUUCAAUAAAGCUCUUGUGUAUUCUUAACACUGUACCACAUGUCCUUCAAUAAAGCUAUUGUGUAUUCUCAAAACUGUACACCAUGUCCUUCAAUAAAGCUCUUGUGUAUUCUUAACACUGUACCACAUGUCCUUCAAUAAAGUUCUUGUGUAUUCUCAAAACUGUACACCAUGUCCUUCAAUAAAGCUCUUGUGUAUUCUCAACACUGUACCACAGGUCCUUCAAUAAAGCUAUUGUGUAUUCUCAAAACUGUACACCAUGUCCUUCAAUGAAGCUCUUGUGUAUUCUUAACACUGUACCACAUGUCCUUCAAUAAAGCUAUGGUGUAUUCUCAAAACUGUACACCAUGUCCUUCAGUAAAGCUCUUGUGUAUUCUUAACACUGUAGCACAUGUCCUUCAAUAAAGCUAUUGUGUAUUCUCAAAACUGUACACCAUGUCCUUCAAUAAAGCUCUUGUGUAUUCUUAACACUGUACCACAUGUCCUUCAGUAAAGCUCUUGUGUAUUCUCAACACUGUACACCAUGUCCUUCAAUAAAGCUAUUGUGUAUUCUCAAAACUGUACACCAUGUCCUUCAAUAUAGCUCUUGUGUAUUCUUAACACUGUACCACAUGUCCUUCAAUAAAGUUCUUGUGUAUUCUCAAAACUGUACACCAUGUCCUUCAAUAAAGCUCUUGUGUAUUCUUAACACUGUACCACAUGUCCUUCAAUAAAGCUAUUGUGUAUUCUCAAAACUGUACACCAUGUCCUUCAGUAAAGCUCUUGUGUAUUCUUAACAAUGUACCACAUGUCCUUCAAUAAAGCUAUUGUGUAUUCUCAAAACUGUACACCAUGUCCUUCAAUAAAGCUAUUGUGUAUUCUUAACACUGUACCACAUGUCCUUCAAUAAAGCUAUUGUGUAUUCUCAAAACUGUACACCAUGUCCUUCAAUAAAGCUCUUGUGUAUUCUUAACACUGUACCACAUGUCCUUCAAUAANCAACCCUGAGAGUGUAUCACACAACCCUGAGAGUGUAUCACACAACCCUGAGAGUGUAUCACACAACCCUGAGAGUGUAUCACACAACCCUGAGAGUGUAUCACACAACCCUGAGAGUGUAUCACACAACCCUGAGAGUGUAUCACACAACCCUGAGAGUGUAUCACACAACCCUGAGAGUGUAUCACACAACCCUGAGAGUGUAUCACACAACCCUGAGAGUGUAUCACACAACCCUGAGAGUGUAUCACACAACCCUGAGAGUGUAUCACACAACCCUGAGAGUGUAUCACACAACCCUGAGAGUGUAUCACACAACCCUGAGAGUGUAUCACACAACCCUGAGAGUGUAUCACACAACCCUGAGAGUGUAUCACACAACCCUGAGAGUGUAUCACACAACCCUGAGAGUGUAUCACACAACCCUGAGAGUGUAUCACACAACCCUGAGAGUGUAUCACACAACCCUGAGAGUGUAUCACACAACCCUGAGAGUGUAUCACACAACCCUGAGAGUGUAUCACACAACCCUGAGAGUGUAUCACACAACCCUGAGAGUGUAUCACACAACCCUGAGAGUGUAUCACACAACCCUGAGAGUGUAUCACACAACCCUGAGAGUGUAUCACACAACCCUGAGAGUGUAUCACACAACCCUGAGAGUGUAUCACACAACCCUGAGAGUGUAUCACACAACCCUGAGAGUGUAUCACACAACCCUGAGAGUGUAUCACACAACCCUGAGAGUGUAUCACACAACCCUGAGAGUGUAUCACACAACCCUGAGAGUGUAUCACACAACCCUGAGAGUGUAUCACACAACCCUGAGAGUGUAUCACACAACCCUGAGAGUGUAUCACACAACCCUGAGAGUGUAUCACACAACCCUGAGAGUGUAUCACACAACCCUGAGAGUGUAUCACACAACCCUGAGAGUGUAUCACACAACCCUGAGAGUGUAUCACACAACCCUGAGAGUGUAUCACACAACCCUGAGAGUGUAUCACACAACCCUGAGAGUGUAUCACACAACCCUGAGAGUGUAUCACACAACCCUGAGAGUGUAUCACACAACCCUGAGAGUGUAUCACACAACCCUGAGAGUGUAUCACACAACCCUGAGAGUGUAUCACACAACCCUGAGAGUGUAUCACACAACCCUGAGAGUGUAUCACACAACCCUGAGAGUGUAUCACACAACCCUGAGAGUGUAUCACACAACCCUGAGAGUGUAUCACACAACCCUGAGAGUGUAUCACACAACCCUGAGAGUGUAUCACACAACCCUGAGAGUGUAUCACACAACCCUGAGAGUGUAUCACACAACCCUGAGAGUGUAUCACACAACCCUGAGAGUGUAUCACACAACCCUGAGAGUGUAUCACACAAUCCAAUGUCCAGCAGUUCACCGGAUCCCAAUGUGUCACACAGUCUGCGUUGUUACGUACCGUUGUGUGACGUUUGUAAAUUUAACUUUUUUUAAAAUUUGGCUGUUGCGUCCCGCAAUGGUCUGGGGUAACCAGCAAAAAUCUCUUUCGGGUGGGAAAGCUUCCGCCUUAUUUAUAGGGAGACAGCUGGAACCCUCCAGAAAAGGACGCUCUAGAAAAUGCAUGACGUGAAGGGCAUUCUUUAGCUCAAAUGAGGAGGUAUUCGAAUGCCAUUAAACCUUUUCCCAAUCAAGGGCGGGUUGGUGAUGAUACAUCGCCACACUCCUCCGUCAGUGAGAGGUUGUUAUUUGUGUCCGUUAGAAAAGAUGGAUGCAAAUCACCGGACAAACUUCAAUUUGUUAUUGGUGGCAGCAAGGAAAAAAAUGGUUGCCAUCCCGGACAAGGCCCUUAAUUCGUUACGUGCCGUUGUAUUUUAUUUUAUUUUUUUUAUUUUUUUUUAUUAUUUUUUUUUUUUUUGUGGUACAUUUAAUCUGUUUUAAGAUUGAUUUGGCCCGUUAAAUCAACAAUACCAAACAAAGGGGCAGAAAACCAGUAGAUUCAAGCUAGUGAUAUUAACCAUAUUCAAUUUAAUUAUACCAUUAAAUAAUCAACAAUACCAAACAAAGGGGCAGAAAACCAGUAGAUUCAAGCUAGUGAUAUUAACCAUAUUCAAUUUAAUUAUACCAUUAAAUAAUCAACAAUACCAAACAAAGGGGCAGAAAACCAGUAGAUUCAAGCUAGUGAUAUUAACCAUAUUCAAUUUAAUUAUACCAUUAAAUUUAAAUAAAGAAUAAACAGUCCAAGAUACAGAAGUAAAGACAAUGUCAACACACAGCACAGCAAGUAAAAAUGUACAAUCCGUGAGAGAUACUAAGAUCAAUUUGCUUACACACAUAAAGAGUACAAUCUUGUAAGUAUAUUACGUCUCUUAAGUGUUUAAGAAAAAUGGUAGUAAACUCUCUCUCUCUCUCUCUCUCUCUCUCUCUUCCUCUCUCUCUCUGUCUCUUCCUCUCUCUCUCUCUCUAUAUAUAUAUAUAUAUAUAUAUAUCUAUCUCUUUCCUUCUUUCUUUCUUUCUUUAGGCCAGGAAAGCUGCCGCCUUAUUUAUAGCGAGAAAUUUGGAACCUUCCCUGAAAAGAAAUUGCAUCACCUGAAAUUAUUCUUCAGAACAAACUAGAAUGUAUUCGAACGUAAACAAACUUUCCCCAACCAAGGGAGGGGUUGGGUUAAUACAGCGCUACACAUUUAAUCGGUUAAAUCGAUAACAAAACUAAAAAGGGGGGAGAGGAGUGGUUGACCCCUCAGCUCUUCGUGUCGGUGAGCUCAUAUUAGGUCAGGACACGGGCUAUAACAAGCGUCUGUGAUGUUCAAGAUGACCUCAUGACACACUUGUUUGAGUGAGUUUAUGUAGGCGAAUGACGUCACUGUCUAGACUCGAACUCUCUUUGAUGGUUGUAUGUAGAUAAUUUCUAUUUGUUUCUCUUGUCAACAUGAUCGUUUGUGUCGCCUGAAGCGUGUUUGUCUAUACGCUGAAUUUAUCGAUACGUCAUUGAAAAAAAACAUAAUCCUGGGAUUAUGCGCUCAGCCAAUUUUAAAACCCGCCAUCUUGAUAUGUGUGGUUUUUUUUUGUUUUUUAAAUAUACUUUUAUGGAAACAAGAAUUUUUGUGUCAGUUUUCAUAGUCCUGAGCUGUAGUAGUAGCACUGAAUUAAAUAAAUCACUUCUGGGUGUGUUUCAUUUCUAACACUUCGUGUAUUUAAUUUCUAACACUUCUAUUGUUCUGAUUUGGCUGUAAAGUUAAUAUGGUCAAAUAUAGCACUUGCGUUAUUGGAGGAGAUAUUUUCAGCUGUUUGCUGAUUUCGGAUUUCUUUAUUUUAUAUCCCUACAAUUUCCUGCAAACCAGUUUGACUGAUUUCAUGAAAUAGCAAAAAACGCGGUAUGUGGAAGCUUGAAUUAGAGAACAGGACAAAAAGAUUGGGACGUUUUGGCAUACAGCCUUCUUUAGCACACAGGAUAAAUGAAGAUAUCUUAAAGAGCGGAGGACAGUAAACCAGUCAUGAAACAGCCAUUGUUUUCACCGGAAGUGGAAAGACAGGAAGCAAGAGAAUAUAAAUAUUGACAUUGUGAGAAAUGAGGUCGACACUAAUAAUGGACCAGAAUAUCCAGGGAUACAUAAAAACACAGCACUAAGAAGAAAUACAGCGACACGACAUAAAUCUAGACCUAAAUUAUUCAUUAUAAAUUAACAGUCCAUUGAAAAGUGUUUAAAUAUACAAUAACAAAUAUUCAACUAACUGGAUGUUUAAUAUUUAAGUACGAUAAGAUUUUGAUCAAUGUUGAUGUUUUAAGAAUAAUAAUUUUUUCAAAUUUUUUUUUUCUUUUUUUUUUUUCCCUCUUGUGAUAACCAAAGUCGCCGAUCGUUGGAGGUCCACUUGCCACAGGUGUCGGUCACUCGCCAAAUGUGUCGGAUACUCCCCAUACGUGUGGGUCACUUGCCGCAUGUGUCGGUCGGCGAUCACGCUACCAACCACGAAUUUAUGAAACAGCGCUUCAAAAAAAAAAAACACCAAUAAUAAUACUACAAUUGACAGAGCUUUCCAUGCACUGCUCACACACCUAUGUCUGUUACCUUGUCUGCAAACAUGUCUGCCUAUUCGCUAUUCUAAAUAAGUCUGUAUCCAUAACUUCUUGUGUCGGUCUAAAUGUUUCAGUGCGCAAUAGAAUUAUUAUCUUCCAAACUACAACUUGCAAUAACACAUUUAAACUAAAAUAAUGAUAGCAUUAUUAAUGUACGCUUUUGACAGCGGUUCUAAAAUUUUAAAAUAGAUUUUUCAAAAUUCUCCAAAUCUUAGCCUAAAAUAUUUAUACAUUACUAUCAGCAACUUCCAUUUCUUGUAGUCAUUUAACACUUUUGAAAACUCCUUUGCUGACGACAACUGUAAAUGCACAUUUUUCCACACUGCUACUGGAACUUAAGAUAGAGAAAUAAAUGAGAUUCGCAAAUACCUUAAGAACCCCCGUAGACGCCUGACGGCGUCAAUAAAUUUCAAUCUAGAGAUUCUCAAGAUAAACCUAUAAAUAAGAAAUGUGUUUGUGUGUUUAUUUCAUCUAGCUAAGCCGCAACCUUUCAGCGGAUCAAUGGAGUUACCCAAAUACAUAAUUAAAUUCAGAGCAAUUCUUCCCCUCACUAUGUCAGCCUGAUUGUGUUUACCUUGCUUACCGGUAGAUAAAAUAAAUCGACCGUGCCAAAAGCGGGGAGUUCUGCGUUCGGUGAAAAUUGUUGAGCUGAUGAAUCUAAUCAUUCGAGAAGAAAUCACUUUUGAAUGAUUUCGUGAACAUUUCAGGGGCGUAGCUACGUUUUACUUCCUGCCGGGCUGGACCGAGAUUUUUGCCGUCUCCAACCCCCACCCCACCCCACCCCCCACCCCCGCACUUCCACGAAAAAAUAACCCCCGCAUUUCAACUUACGGAAAUGCAACCACUCCAUGUAAAAGUGACAAGUCCACGUGCCGGACUGAACCCCCCCCCCCGUCCACACACACACACACCUCCUUCCUACGCCACUGCAUGUAUUACUUUGUUUCAGUCGUCUGCACAUCAGUGUCAUAGAGUUGGACUUUUUCAUGCAGGCUUCUUACGUCUUUUCAAAGUUUUGAUGUAACCUGCCAGCCUAUUCUCUUUCACGUGAUCAACUUUAAUAACGGGACCAUUGCUUAGUGAUGAAACCAUGGGAAAGAACUAAAUGCCAUUUCAGUGUUGCCCAACGUCCUCAACUAUACGGACUGUCCGUAAUUUUUUUUAAUUUUUUUUUUAUACCUAAAUGAGUUGUCCACAAGAGGCUUAGAACUUCAGGGAAAUCAAUUCUUUUAAAAAGGCAUUGUACAUAGAUGAUCGCAAUUGUUGAGGAUAAUAAAUGGGAGAGCACAGAGUGUGUGGUGUUUGUCUUGAUUGUUUUUACACGUUGGCAAGGGUUUGAGAAUCACUGGGUGUUAGAGUGAACACUUCUUGGUCCGUGAGUUGUGUCAUGAAUUGUAUUGUUGCGGCUAAAUGGUCACGGGGGGACAGAACCGGCAGAACAAACAAGUAUGGGGAUGUGAGGCAUGAGAUCAUAAGAGCUCACGGGAAGUUGUUUACGGAGCGAUUUCACGGGAGUUGUUUAAGGAGAGAGUUCAUGAGAAAGUUUGUGAUAUGGUGAUAGAUCGUGUUUUUCGGAUAGUCAUUGGUUAAGAGGAACUGUUGCAACCACGUUGGUCUGUGAGUCAUGCACCCGGAAUGAAGGUGAACCACGUUAAUGCAUAAUAUGUGGGUGCUCUAGUAUUCGGUGUGCCUGGUUCUUAGCUCAUAGGUUGACAGUGUUAGUACAUAGGGUGACAGUAUUAGUGCAUCAUAAGAUUACAGUGUUAGUACAUAGGGUGACAGUGUUAGUGCAUCAUAAGAUUACAGUGUUAGUACAUAGGGUGACAGUGUUAGUGCAUCAUAAGAUUACAGUGUUAGUACAUAGGGUGACAGUGUUAGUGCAUCAUAGGAUUACAGUGUUAGUACAUAGGGUGACAGUGUCAGUGCAUCAUGAGAUGACAGUGUUAGUACAUAGGGUGACAGUGUCAGUGCAUCAUGAGAUAACAGUGUUAGUACAUAGGGUGACAGUGUCAGUGCAUCAUAGGACUACAGUGUCAGGUUAUGGGGUGACAGUGUCAAAGUGUCAGGUCAUGGGGUUACAGUGUUAAUUCAUAGGAUGAUAGUGUUGCAGUGUACCUUCGACAACGUUGCCAGAAGUACUCGAUGGGUCUCGACUUGAGGAACGGAGUACUGUGGCGCAGGUGUUUGAUCUGAAUAUAGAGAAAUUCAACAUUGGUGAGAACUCUAUCUAUACACACUAAUUAAGUUUUUAAAAUAGAGUCACGGUUACUGCUCAUAUGAUGACAUGGUCAUAGGUUACUGCUCAUAGGAUGACAUGGUCAUAGGUUACUGCUCAUAGGAUGACAUGGUCAUAGGUUACUGAUCAUAGGAUGACAUGGUCAGAGGUUACUGCUCAUAUAACAUGGUCAUAGGUUACUGGUCAUAUGAUGACAUGGUCAUAGGUUAAUGCUCAUAUGAUGGCAUGGUCCAAACUAUGGGGCACUCCAAACUAUGGGGCACUCCAAACUAUGGGGCACUCUAAACUUAUGGGGCUAAAGCCAGAUAUAUAUUACAUAGACUGGGAUCACUCCAAACAAUAAAACAAAUAGCACAUGAAUUAUGAGGAAUCCAUACAUAAAUUGAUUGGGAGGAUAAAUGACAGUGAGAAUAAUUGACUGUAAGAAUAAUUGACUGGAAGAAUAAUUGACUGGAAGAAUAACUGACUGGAAGAAUAAUUGACUGGAAGAAUAAUUGACUGGAAGAAUAAUUGAAUGGAAGAAUGAUUGACUAGAAGAAUAAUUGACUGAAAGGAUAAGUGAGAGAAUUUUCCACAGAUUGUAGUCAAACACACAUCACUAUAGUGUCUAAGCGGGUGAACGUCUCUCUGCGACCAGAUUUCUCUACGUUGAUUUGUUUGGAGUGGGUCUGAUCACUUUUGAGUUGCCCCAUGUUAAAUCAGCGGCCCCCGGUCUUGUGUAAUGCGUACCCUAGUUGUUCUGACGUGUUCUGACAUUGUGUGACGGUGCCUUUUGACAGGGAAGGGGGGGGGUGGAUCAAAGAAAUUGAUUAUAAUUUUUUUUUUUCAAUUUAAUUUAUAAACGCAUUUAUAUUUUUCAGGGGGUGUUAGACAAUCGCUUAGUUCACACGAUUAAAUUUUCGUCAAAUUUCUUUUUGAAGGCAUUAUUUUGUCUAACAGCGUAGUGCGUUCAAAAUGAAAUUUGAUGAAAAUUUGACAAUUACAAAAUCCCGCUUAAAGUGAUUUGCUCUGUACCCGAGGCAUGAAACUAGAGGAGAAAAAAAGUCGAUUUGAGCCCGCCCACCCACCCUUUUACUUAGCCGUGAAGCAAACCCGUCCAACCCACGACAAUUUGAUCGGGGGGCGGGGGUUGGGGUGAGGGGCUAGACGCCCCUGGAUGUGAUCAACCACAAUCAAAUGAGUGAGAGGGUCAAGUGUGACAACAACAAAAUUCAUGUGCAAAUUUACAGACAAAUCUUAUGGAUUUGCGAUAAGAUAGAAACUCUUUAACAAUCGAAACUUAUCCAUUGAACUAUUGAUGAACCAUUGAACUAUUGAUGAACCAUUGAACUAUUGAUGAACCAUUGAACUAUUGAUGAACCAUUGAACUAUUGAUGAACCAUUGAACUAUUGAUGAAUUCGUCUACUGUGAGUUAAUUAAUGCCAUGACAGCGUGACGUCAUAAGUUUAAAGCGAAAACAGAACAUUAAUAUGUAUAUAUCGUGCGUUGCUCGUACCGUAGUACAGUAUCGCUCUCACUGUAUGUUAUCCCUGUCACUGAACCCUGUCAUUGUACAUUUUAUUCUACAUGAAUAAUAUCAUUUAUCUCAGUGGAUAGUUUAAGAUACUCUAUAAACCUGUAACCCCUAUGCCCUACGUUCAACCUAUCAAGUCAAAACUACCAUCAAGCCACCACAUGCCCUAAGGCCAACCUACCAUAAAGUCACCACAUGCCCCACGUCCAACCAACCAUCAAGCCACCACAUACCCCACGUCCAACCUACCAUCAAGCCACCACAUGCCCCACGUCCAACCUACCAUCAAGCCACCACAUGCCCCACGUCCAACCCACCAUCAAGCCACCACAUACCCCACCACCAACCAACCCACAAGCCAACACAUCUCACCACAUGCCCCACGUCCAACCUACCAUAAAGUCACCACAUGCCCCACGUCCAACCAACCAUCAAGCCACCACAUACCCCACGUCCAACCUACCAUCAAGCCACCACAUGCCCCACGUCCAACCUACCAUCAAGCCACCGCAUGCCCUACGUCCAACCUACCAUCAAGCCACCACAUGCCCCACGUCCAAUCAACCAUCAAGCCACCACAUACCCCACGUCCAACCUACCAUCAAGCCACCACAUGCCCUACGUCCAACCAACCAUCAAGCCACCACAUGCCCCACGUCCAACCUACCAUCAAGCCACAACAUGCCCUACGACAAACCUACCAGAAAAUCACCACACCAUCAUCUGCAGCUUCCAAACAUGAUUGAACUUUAACCCUGGCGACGAUCACACAAAGUGGCUCUUAACCACACAGCCUUUUAUUCGUCAUGUAUUAUUGAGCGUGGGACCUCGAUCGCCACUCGGGGGAAUAUUACUUGUUCACGAGUCUGCUUGAUUUGUCAUGGUCUAAUGUCAGUGAGAUCAAUCUCCACAAAGUGUCUAUCUAUGACAUUAAUCUCCACAAAGCUUCUAUCUAUGACAUCAGUCUCCACAAAAUAUAUAUCUAUGACAUCAGUCUCCACAAAAUAUCUAUCUAUGACAUCAAUCUCCACAAAAUGUCUUUCUAUGACAUCAGUCUCCACAAAAUGUCUAUCUAUGACAUCAAUCUCCACAAAAUGUCCAUGACAUCAGUCUCCACAAAAUAUCUAUCUAUGACAUCAAUCUCCACAAAAUGUCCAUGACAUCAAUCUCCACAAAAUGUCCAUGACAUAAAUCUCCACAAAAUGUCCAUGACAUCAAUCUCCACACAAUGUCCAUGACAUCAAUCUCCACAAAAUGUCCAUGACAUCAAUCUCCACAAAAUGUCCAUGACAUCAAUCUCCACAAAAUAUCUAUCUAUGACAUCAAACUCCACAAAGUGUCUAUCUAUGACAUCAAUCUCUAGGCUUGCCGCAUCAACCAUAGUGGCCAGUAGAGCGAUCUUUUCUACACUUAAUCUCUCAGCUCUCAACAUCCCUCUCACCCCAACCCUCCAUAACCCCCACCCACCACCACCACCACCCCCACCCUUCACCACCCCACCCCCCAUACAACUCUAUUGUUUCCUCGGCCAUGAACUUGUUGUUAUGACAAUCUAUAUCUGUACUGCUCAUCCUAUUUUAUUAUCGACUUUCGCUAUCUUUCUCUUUUUCUCUUUCUCUCUCCCUUUCUCUAUUCCUUUCACUCCCACUUUUAUUCUUUCUCUCUGUUUUCUUCUUCUCUUUCUCACUCUUUCUAAUUUUUUACUCCCUUUUUCUAUCUACAUUUUUGAACCUCUCUAUAUUAUUUUCUCACCUCUCUUUUCCCUCUCCAUUUUCUUUCCAUCUCAUUACCUCUCUUUUUCGAUCUCUUUUUUUUCUUUAUCUCUCUUUAUUUCGCUUUCUCUCUUUCUUAGACUCUCUAUUUUUACCUCUUUCAUCUUUUUCUUUCUUUCUCAUCUUUCACUCUUGUUCUAUUUUUGUUUCUCUCUCUUUCUCUGACUUUCUUUCUCUUCCUUUCCUUCCAUAUCCAAUUCUUUCUUUCUAUGUUUUCGAUCUCUCCUUCUCUAUACCCCUCUUUCCCUCACUCUAUUCCCUUCUCCAGUUCCCAUUCUCCCCUUCUGCUCUCUCGCCCUCUAUCUCCCUCUCUCACCCUCUCUCAGCUCUGUAACACUCUCUUUUUUUCCCCUUAUCCUCCUUUCAUCCCAUCCAUUCAAUUCGUUGUUUCCUUCCAGAUCUUUUCACUCAGCCCAUUUUUCAACGUCUGUCUAAUGUCACUUUCUCACAUUGUGUCUUUGGUCAACAUUGGGUCAGCCGUGGUCCGUCCAUGGAACAACCUUGGGUGUACUCCCUUUGAUAGUCCUCGAUUCCGUAUCAGUCUUAUUUGUUAAGCUGACACAUUUGACUCAACAUUCACAAGAAGGAGGAUUCUUUGAUAACAAGAAUAUGAGUUUGCUAUCAGCGUAUUUACAAGAAAUGAAGCAAAACCUAAAAAUAAAAAAAAUUUAAAAAACUUAAAAUCAGAAAACUCAACACAUUAAGGGGAAAUAAUCAGCCAUUACUUCGUGAACAUAAUUAAUUUUGAGUUAUGUCCCUUGUUUACCUCGUUGAACCGCGGUAGAUUUUUUUGUUCGCCAUCUUUUACAUCUUUUAGUUCGUACAUUGUAACGUUACAAGCAUUCCAGCUGAAACUUUGAUAAAUAGAAAAUGUCAGACCACUAGCUUUCCGAAGACGGCAAGACUAUCCUCAUAUCUUCUUAUCUUCUUAUCUUCUUAUCACUAAAAGCAGCAAAAUUUUAAAACAUUUUAAGAGGUUGUUUUUUUGUCCAUAGUGUUUAAUUUUAAAUAAUUGUUCUUUCCAAAUGAACACAACACUCACAACACAGCUUUCAACAAACUGCAAAACAAUAAAUACAAAUUUAUUUUAAUUUAAAUUAUUAUUAUUAAUUUUAUUUUUUAACCAAACAUGAUUUAACUCUCGUCUCGUAAAUAACGAUAGCUGACCCCAAGAGAUGUAGAUUAAAUGAAAGAGGCAUCGAUGAUUAGGUAAUAACGGUCGCUGCAAACAAACAUCGGGAGAACCAGAGGCGGAGAAAAUAAACUCCGCCGUCCGUCAAGAGUGAGAAAGAAAUCAGAAAAGAGGCUUGGCUGCUGUUUCACCCCCCCCCCCUCUCCCAAACUAUACGUCAUAUUCCUUCAAAUAUCCACUUAUUAAAUCAGUUAGACCAGGAUUCCCUCAACGGAACACCGACUCCACCAUCGUGAGACCCUUUGUUUCAUGGCGAGACCAAGAGAAAAGCUAUACGCAUGGAAUGAAUAUAUGUAUAGUUUCUUAAAUCUACAACAAUCUUUCAAAACAUGGACAUUAUCCAUAAAGUGGAACCAUAGUAUCUUGAUUUCUGAUUUAAAAACAUUCAAACAGUUUUGACACGCAAUCCCAUCGAUCUCAAGCGUAUCGACUCAACGAGACAAAUAUAAACUCAGUUACUUUGAAUACUAGCCUGUGACCUUGUCCCCGACCCUUGAAUUGUCUACGAGACACAAUUUGACUGUCUACGAGACACAAUUUGACUGUCUACGAGACACUAUUUGACUGUGUACGAGACACAAUUUGACUACGAGACACAAUUUGACUGACUACGAGACACUAUUUGACUGUCUACGAGACACUAUUUGACUGUCUACGAGACACUAUUUGAUUUCUACGAGACACUAUUUGGACUGUCUACGAGACACAAUUUGACUGUCUACAAGACACAAUUUGACUGCCUACGAGACACUAUUUGACUGUCUACGAGACACUAUUUGACUACGAGACACUAUUUGACUGACUACGAGACACUAUUUGACUGUCUACGAGACACUAUUUGACUGUCUACGAGACACCAUUUGUCUGAAGUGACUGUCUGCAUGACUUUAACUAACUUCGUACUUGUCACACACACACACACACAAAAAACAACAACAUUGUUACAGGAACAGACUGGUACAACACCAAGCCAUGCAUGUGAUCGCACUACUUGUACACUAAAUUACAAAGGCCAUUAAAAAUACUAGAAUAUUUUGAUUAUAGGAAAGCCAAGCAAAAGCUUAAAUCAAACAAACCCUGGAAAUUCUUUAUAAAAUGUUAUAUCGAGCAAUUGGGGGGGGGGGGGGGGGGCGCUGAAAAUUUGCAAUGCAUACAAGUAACGUGCUUUUCUGGAAAUUCUUUAUAAAAUGUUAUAUCGAGCAAUUGGGGGGGGGGUGGGGGGCGCUGAAAAUUUGACAUGCAUACAAGUAACGUGCUUUAUAGGAAUCCUAAUUAGUACUCCCCCCCCACGCACUUUUUUUCCACGCCCCUGAACUCUAUCAAAAUUCUAAUGACCCACCCACUUAAACACCGCAGAUUUAUUUCACCAACUAUUUCAGGCAAAACAAUAGAAAAUAUUACGCACCAAACUCACUUGCGAUAUAUUUGUGUGUUUUAAGACGCUCAUUGAGCGCAGUUAUCGGGAAUUUAUUUCAUGCGACCGGUGUCAUCAUAUUACCUUCAUCUUGAACAACAGCACAAACUUACUUUUGGGUGUAGGGCUUGGGGGCUAACAAUUUGACAGAAUUUUUUGUCAUCGGCAACAUUUCUUUUUACCAAGCUUCAGCUCGAUAGGUUGAUGGGAAGUGAGAUAAUUAGCCGCCCGAAGAUUUAGCCAGCCAGGUAGCCAGCCAGGUAGCCAGCCAGGUAGCCAGCCAGGUAGCCAGCCAGGUAGCCAGCCAGGUAGCCAGCCAGGUAGCCAGCCAGGUAGCCAUGAACAAAAGCCAAGUUAAUAUAAAGGAUUUUUCUAAAGUUUUAAAAUUUUCAAAUCCAUUAUGCUUGAUGUGACGUUAUCUGGGUUGGGAUGGGCGCAAGGGGGGGGGGCUGUACGUGGGGCGUGGUGCAUUAAACAAAAUGAUCACGUCCCGGCGUGCUGAACUCAACACAAUGACGUCAAUAAAUCUGGCAAUUAGGCAAAAAAUAAGACCUGACAUUUUGUAGAAAGGCGCAGAGAAUCAAUGAACACAAAGACAUUAGCCCUGGAGAUCACAGGGAUUCUCGUGCUAGAUACAAAUAAAAAAAGACGGCCAAGUAAAUGGGCGUGUCUCUAGGUGGGCUUUAAGGGCGGGGCGUUGGUAAGUGCCACCUCCUUCAUAGAGGGAUGAGCCUGAGCUGACGGCGAUCAUGAUGUCGCUAGCAGCAUCUAGACAUCAUGAUGUCGCAAGCAGCGUCCAUCUAGACAUCAUGAUGUCGCAAGCAGCGUCCAUCUACACAUCAUGAUGUCGCAAGCAGCGUCCAUCUAGACAUCAUUAUGUGGCUAGAAGCGUCCAUAUAGACAUCAUGAUGUGGCUAGAAGCGUCCAUAUAGACAUCAUGAUGUGUCUAAGAGCGUCCAUCUAGACAUCAUGAUGUGGCUAAGAGCGUCCAUCUAGACAUCAUGAUGUGGCUAGCAGCGUCCAUCUAGACAUCGUGAUGUUGCUAGCAGCGUCCAUCUAGACAUCAUUCUGUGGCUAGGAGCGUCCAUAUAGACAUCAUGAUGUUGCUAAGAGCGUCCAUCUAGACAUCAUGAUGUGGCUAGAUGCGUCCAUAUAGACAUAAUGAUGUGGCUAGAUGCGUCCAUAUAGACAUAAUGAUGUGUCUAGAUGCGUCCAUAUAGACAACAUUAUGUGGCUAGAAGCGUCCAUAUGAAUAUUCUUAUGUGGGAUUGUGGGUAGAAGCGCGAAAAUGUGGAAAAUAAUGUGGAAAGUAGUGUCCUAAUAGAGAUCGUGAUGUGGAUUGGGGCGGGAUAAUGGAUAUCGUGAUGUGGUUAGGGGAGUCCUAUUAGAGAUCGUGAUGUGUAUAGGGGCCGGAUAAUGGAUAUCGUAAUAUGGAUAGGGGUGGGAGAGUGGAUAUCGUGAUAUGGAUAGGGGCGGGAUAAUGGAUAUCGUGAUGUGGAUAGGGGAGGGAUAAUGGAUAUCGUGAUGUGGAUAGGGCGGCAUAAUGGAUAUCGUGAUGUGGAUAUGGGCGGGAUAUGGAUAUCGUGAUGUCGAUAGGGGCAGGAUAAUGGAUAUCGUGAUGUGGAUAGGGGCGGGAUAAUGGAUAUCGUAAUGUGGAUUGGGGCGGGCUAAAGGAUAUCGUGAUGUGGAUAGGGGCGGUAUAAUGGAUAUCGUAAUGUGGAUAUUGGAGCGAUAAUGGAUAUCGUGAUGUCGAUAGGGGCGGGAUAAUGGAUAUCGUGAUGUGGAUAUGGGCGUGAUAAUGGAUAUCGUGAUAUGGAUAUGCGCGGGAUAAUGGAUAUCGUGAUGUGGAUAGAGGAGGGAUAAUGGAUAUCGUGAUAUGGAUAGGGGUGGGAUAUGGAUAGCGUGAUGUGGAUGGGGUGGAAUAAUGGAUAGCGUGAUGUGGAUAGGGGCGGGAUAAUGGAUAUCGUAAUGUGGAUAGGGGAGGGAUAAUGGAUAUCGUGAUUUCGAUAGGGGUGGGAUAAUGGAUAUCGUGAUGUGGAUAGGGGCGUGAUAAUGGAUAUCGUGAUGUGGAUAGGGUCGGGAUAAUGGAUAUCGUGAUGUGGAUAUGGGCGGGAUAAUGGAUAUCGUGAUGUGAUAGAGGUGGGAUAAUGGAUAUCGUGAUGUGGAUGGAGGCAGGAUAAUGGAUAUCGUGAUGUCGAUAGGGGCGGGAUAAUGGAUAUCGUGAUGUGGAUAUGAGCGGGAUAAUGGAUAGCGUGUUGUGAAUAGGAUUGGGAUAAUGGAUAUCGUGAUAUGGUUUGGGGUGCUCAGCUAGGUUUAUGAUUGGUCGACCUCGAACCACAAAUCCUCGGUUUGCGAAUUUUUAAGUUUAUGAUUUUGACCUACAGAAAUAGGUGUAAUGCACCUCUGGCUCUCUGAAAUCCGUAUUUGAUUAUCCACUGUCCCAUUUUCUCUGUACCACCGUCUCUGUAAUACCUUCUCUGUACCACCUUCUCUGUACCACCUUCUCUGUACCACCUUCUCUGUAACACCUUCUCUGUACCACCUUCUCUGUACACCGUCUCUGUAGCACCUUCUCUGUAGCACCUUCUCUGUAGCACCUUCUCUGUACCACCUUCUCUGUAACACCUUCUCUGUACCACCUUCUCUGUACACCGUCUCUGUAGCACCUUCUCUGUAGCACCUUCUCUGUAGCACCUUCUCUGUAGCACCUUCUCUGCAGCACCUUCUCUGCAGCACCUUCUCUGUAGCACCUUCUCUGUAGCACCUUCUCUGUAGCACCUUCUCUGUAGCAGCUUCUCUGUACCACCUUCUCUGUACACCGUCUCUGUAGCACCUUCUCCGCAACACCUUCUCUGUAACAUUUUCUCUGCAACACCUUCUCUGCAACACCUUCUCUGCAACACCUUCUCUGCAACACCUUCUCUGCAACACCUUCUCUGCAACACCUUCUCUGCAAAACCUUCUCUGCUACACCUUCUCUGCAAAACCUUCUCUGCAAGACCAUCUCUGCAACACCUUCUCUGCUACACCUUCUCUGCUACACCUUCUCUGCUACACCUUCUCUGCUACACCUUCUCUGUAACACCUUCUCCGUAACGCCUUCUCCGUAACGCCUUCUCCGUAACGCCUUCUCCGUAACGCCUUCUCCGUAACGCCUUCUCCGUAACGCCUUCUCCGUAACGCCUUCUCCGUAACGCCUUCUCCGUAACGCCUUCUCCGUAACGCUUUUUUUUUUUUGCCCCCCCCCCCCCUUUUUCACCUCUGUCUUGUUUUAUUUUGUGUAUGGCUGUCGUCUGAUCAUUGCUAAAUCUCAAGGUCAUCUAGGUGGGGGGGGGGAGUUUGCAAGUUUGACCGGUCCUCUUUGCUGUUCAGUGUACGUACGGCCUGUGUGCAGAGGUAGAGCAGGGCUACCACUCAUUUUUUUUUUAAUUCCUAAGAUUUUGUCAAAAUAUUUCCCAAGAUUUCCCAUGAUCAUGAAAAUAUAUGAUUUUUUUUUUUUAAUCUUGGGAAUUUUUUUUUAAAAAAGAGGUUUUGUCCUGAAUGUGGUAGUGAAUUCCCAAGAUCUUGGGAAAAUUCCAAGGUUUGGCAGCCCUGGUGGAGCAGGGGAUAGACAACCCACUUUCUGUUUGGACCAAGUUAUUUUGAGGUCUUGAGUCCGUCAGAGUUUCCCUUCUUUGAAGGUGUUAUUCGGCACGUGACACACCUCGUUCCAUCCACCGUGUUCAUCUUGUUUAUUCUUUUCUUUCAUUUUUAUGUCUAGGUAGGAUAUGGAUGUAGUAUUAUAUCAAUUUAGUUUACAAUUAUCUCCAUAGUUUGUUUGUUUGUUGUUUUUUUUUAAAAUUAUUGUUGUUUUGAACCGAUGCAUAAACAUUUGAAUUUGUAUUUUGUCUAAUCACGAUUAAAGCUUAAUCAUAUAUAGUUUUAUUUACACAGAUCGCUUGUGUCUCAUUAAUCUACUUCAAAUCUGUAUCUCAUUCCAAACCUUUCGCAACCAGGAACUUAGACUUUACAACGAUAUAUGACGUAUUCUAUGCAAUCUUCAAUUUUAGACCCAAUUCCUUCAAGUGGUUUUCCUAUUCUUAGACCUUGAUUUCACAGUUUUGAUUGCUGCAUGUCAAAGUUGUAUCAUACCUGGUCAAAAAUGUGAUUUAUUCUGUUUAAAAAGAGAUGAAACGUUGGGCCUGGCGCGGGAAGCUAGGCGCGGGAAGCUAGGCACGGGAAGCUAGACACGGGAAGCUAGACACGGGAAGCUAGGCGCGGGAAGCUAGGCGCGGGAAGCUAGGCACGGGAAGCUAGGCACGGGAAGCUAGGCGCGGGAAGCUAGGCACGCGGACGAAAGAAAUGAACGAACCACUGGCUGAUUCUGUCACACGAGUUCAAUGAGAAAAUCGUUGAAAUUGUUGUUAGGUGGUUCAGCAAUAAGUUAACAGCUCAGUGGUCGGGUUGGAUGAGCAGGAAAGAUAAGGCAAGAGGCGGUGCAUGCGCACUGAAUAGGGUGUGGCCAAUCAAUAGUUUCAUCACAUGAUGUUUUCAGUCACGAUUGCGCGUGUCUGUUUGUUGGUUUUUUUUUUUGGGUGAGUUUGAAAUCUCAGCUCUGUUGCUUAGCCUUGUGACACGACCAAACAGCUCAGUGCCGUGCUGGUGUCGUGAUUAUGUCAUGCUUAUGUCAGGCGUAUCAACUUAUCGCUGUCAGGGCGAGGAUCGAUAGAAACAUCAUAGGAGCACCAUACAAUGUUAGUAGAGGGCCAUAUUAUGACAGGUGAUCACCAUACAAUGUUAGUAGAGGACCAUAUUAUUACAGUAGAGCAUCAUACAAUGUUAGUGGAGGGCCAUAUCAUGACAGUAGAGUAUCAUAUAAUGUUAGUAGAGGGCCAUAUUAUGACAGGUGAUCACCAUUCAAUGUUAGUUGAGGACCAUAUUAUUACAGUAGAGCACCAUAAAAGGAUAGUAGAGGACCAUAUUAUGACAGAAGAACACAAUACAAAGUAGAGAACCAUAUUAUGACAGAACACCAUACAAUGCUAGUAGAGGACCAUCUUUUGACAGAGCACCAUACAAUGCUAGUAGAGGACCAUCUUAUGACAGAGCACCAUACAAUGCUAGUAGAGGACCAUCUUAUGAUAGAGCACCAUACAAUGCUAGUAGAGGACCAUAUUUUAUGACAGUAGAGCACCAUACAAUGCUGGGUGGUGUACAUCCAGCCUCGCGUCAAAAUCCAUGAGCGGCAGCCGUAAUGCUAUGUGUGAUGUCUUAAGAAGAAUUAAUUAAGAAAUGACGAUAAAUAAAUACAUAAAUUAGUAAUGUAUUAUUUGAUAUGGUAUCUCGUUAAAUUUAUUCCAUAUCUAUAAGUAGCCCUCAAAACAAUGGCAGCGUAAAUGCUUGAACUCCCUAUCCACUAAAUUAACUUGACACAACGUUCAUGAAAAUAACUCGCUUUCUAAGAUUCCCCAGUUAGUGCUGACUUCUUAGAAAUUUUAUUUUGGGCUCCUAUUGAACACGGCGCUGCAGCCAUACCUGCCUAAAUACUUAUCUAGACAAUUAGUGUCUGUGAUAAACAAUCAUUUCUUUAUUUGUAUCCUUUUCUUGAAUAGCUUUCCCCACACCGUUGUGUUCAUUAUGCAUUAUGGCCGGUCUUAAACAGCCCUGUUCAAGGUUAUGUGUAUACAAAUUUCGAAUUGUGCAGCCCUGUUCCAGGUGUUCUUAUACCAGAACUGACUCAACUAUUUUAAGUACCAAUUGUGACAAGAGGCCAUGAUGCCCUUAUGCCUUUAUGCCCUUAUGCCCUUCUGCCCUUCUGCCCUAUGCCCUUCUACCCUUAUGCCCUUCUGCCCUUAUGCCCUUAUGCCAUUAUGCCCUUAUGCCCUUCUGCCCUUCUGCCCUUCUGCCCUUAUGCCUUCUACCCUUAUGCCCUUCUGCCCUUAUGCCCUUCUACCCUUAUGCCCUUAUGCCCUUAUGCCCUUAUGCCAUUAUGCCCUUAUGCCCUUCUGCCCUUAUGCCCUUAUGCCCUUAUGCCCUUAUGCCCUUAUGCCCUUUUGCCCUUAUGCCCUUCUGCCUCCCUUCUGCCCUUCUGCCCUUCUACCCUUAUGCCCUUAUGCCCUUAUGCCCUUAUGCCCUUAUGCCCUUAUGCCCUUCUGCCCUUAUGCCCUUAUGCCCUUAUGCCCUUAUGCCCUUAUGCCCUUCUGCCCUUAUGCCCUUCUGCCAAACUUUCUCUUUGGAAAGUUGAUUCCAUGCCGAGAAAACACUACAAAUGUUGAGUACUUACUAAAGGAAAAGAAAAUGCCUAAAUUAUUUCUUUUACAAUACGUACAGAAUGCCUAGCACGUAAUGAGAUAAUGGUCUGCCAACCCUAAGACCCACAGAAUGCCUAGCACAUAAUGAGAUAACGGUCUGCCAACCCAAAGAUCCACACAAUGCCUAGCACAUAAUGAGAUAACGGUCCGCCAACCCAAAGACCACAACAUAUCCCUUAACCCCCCCCCCCCAACCAUACGCACACCCUGCUCAAAUAUCCCACAAGCCGCAUCAUUAAACGAUCAAUUCAGGGACCUGGCUUUCACUUGCCGCUGAUCGUCUGCCNCACACAACGCCUAGCACACAAUGAGAUAACGGUCCCCCAACCCAAAGCCCACAACAUAUCCCUUAACCCCCCCCCCCCAACCAUACGCACACCCUGCUCAAAUAUCCCACAAGCCGCAUCAUUAAACGAUCAAUUCAGGGACCUGGCUUUCACUUGCCGCUGAUCGUCUGCCGGGUCGUUCCACACAAUCAAGUGUAAGCAGGCGAUGAUGUAUCCCUCUUGUGGACGCUCGGGUCGUCUGCUCGCAUCACGAGCGCGUGGUCAAUCCAUCUCAGCGUGACACAAUUUUAGCGGAUACAGCUCAUCGGGCCCUCUGGGGCGACGGAACUUAAGUCACGAUUAUCUCAUUUGGGUAGUGCGACAGACAGGUAGAUAGAGAUCUAAUUACACGGGUAGAUGCGGAUCUAAUUACAUUAUUAGAGACGGAUCUAAUUACACAGGCAGUUCGGAUCUAAUACACAUAAUUAAUGCCGCUAAACCUGGGCCUGAUUUCGACACAACGAUCUGUUGACACAAACAAUGUGGACUAUUUACACAAAGCGAGUUUUUAUUAAGACGUUGAUAUGUUAAUGCGUUGGCUGUGUCCACAAAUCUAUUCGCACAUUUAUUUUGACCAUGGGAAAUAUUUUGAUAAUGGUGGAAGAGCUGGGGCGGGGGGGGGUUUGCUCAAUGUUUAAAACUUAUCAUCUAUUUAAUGGUAUGUUACAGAGAACAUGGGAGAAAAUGCCAUAGGCUAGAGACAUAAAAACACGAUUACACUUGAGGAAACGCCCCUGUUUUUAUAGACGGCAGCCCUAUUGGUCUUCAUCCGUAUCCGGAAAUUUGUUUGAAAGAAAUUUCGUCGACGGAAAAUUGUUCGAACGGAAGUUGGAUCGAAGGGAAAUUUGAUCGAACGGAAGUUUGGUCGAACGGAAUUUAGAUCGAAUUUUUAUUUCAGUUCACACUAAUGAAAUUUGCGUCUAAUUUCUUUUUUUACGCACUACACCAGGGUCUGAAACCAUUUUGUCUGAGAGAGCCAUAGACACCACAUAAUUUGAAAAGUAAUUCUGUGAGAGCCAUGGACACCACAUAUUUUGAAAAUUAAUUCUAUGAGAGCCAUACAUUAUGUUUAAAACUAAAAAUCCAAGUAAUUGUGUGCAUUUUGUGUAAUUUCAACACUAAAAAUGCAAUAAUUAGGUCUCUGACUUCUUUUUAAUAACAUUGUGAUGCUGUUGCUAUCCAAUAAUGAGGAUUUGUUACCAUUAAUGCCACUUUUUUUUAUAAUCGACCAUAUGUCUGCGAGCCAGAUGCAGCCAUCAAUAGAGCCACAUCUGGCUCGCGAGCCAUAUGUUCCCGACCCCUGCAAUAUACUAUAUAGUGAAUCAAAAUAAUUCGAUAACAAAUAAAUUUGACGAAAAUGUAGAUCGUGUGAACUGAAGAGAAAAUUCGAUCAAAUUUCCCUUCGACCAACUUUCCGUUCGAUAGAAUGUCCGUUCGAUCAAACUUCCGUUCGAUCAAACUUCCGUUCGAUCAAAUUUCCGCUCGAUCCGACUUCCGCUCGAUCCAACUUCCGUCGAUCAAUUUUCCUUCGACGAAAUUUCUUUCAAACAAAUUUCCGGUAACCGUUUUCAUCGGGUGUUCUAAAUUAAUGGUUGGGGCUGGGAUUUUGGUAGACAACAGGACCAUGGGGGGGGGGGGGGCGGGGUUAGGGGGACAGGGACUGAGAGGGUCGGCGGGGGCCCCCAGGGCAAUUUACCGGGGAAAUAAACAGUUUAAGGUUUUUUUUUUUUUUGGGGGGGGGGGCAGGGUUAGAGGGACAGGGACUGAGAUGGUCAGCUGGGGCACUCAUGGCAAUUUACCGUGGAAAUAAACAGUUUAAGGUUGUCACAAUUAUAACAAAUCAGCUUGUCAAGUGGAUAAACAGUUACUGGUUUUUUUUUUAAACCUUCUAUUCACUGAUGACUGAUUCAGUUGUCAUCGACGUGACUUUCACUGAAAGGCGUGCCACACAUGUAAGUUUGUCACUGGCAUGUCCGUCACGCAUAUCAUUUAUCACCGAAUGUUCCGUCGGUCAGAUAUUCUGUCACUGUUUUGUCUGUCAUACCUAUCGUCUCUGUCAUUUGUUUAUAUUUAAUCUGUCACAUGGCGUUAAUGUAUCCGAUUGUUAUAGAUUUGUUUACACUAACUGCCUCGACCCAAACCUGCCCCCUCUCCACACACACACACACACACACACACACACACACACACACACACACACACACAGACACACACACGCCUUGCUCCGCACCCAUUUUUUUUUUAUUGACCACCCACUUGUGACACAUACAAAGAGAGACUUUUAUAUAUAAUCUGUCACGUGUCGUUAAUGUAUCCGAUUGUUAUAGAUUUGUUUACACUCACUGCCUCGCCCCAAACCCCCCCCCCCUCCACACACACACACACACACACACACACACACACACACACACACACACACACAGACACACAAACGCCUUGCUCUGCACCCAUUUUUUUUUUAUUGACCACCCACUUGUGACACAUACAAAGAGAGACAACAAGCCGUUGUCAUGGCGACUCUGCGGCUUGGAUUUCCGAACACUAUAUUAUUUAAGCCACGUUUCUCCUGUGCCGGCACAGUCUAUUUUUAGCCUAGCAUUUUUUUAUGAGGACGCCUCCGUAAAGACCCGAUGAAUACAUUUCAGUGGUGGAUCUAUACAGUGUAAACAAAGCUGGUGUACAAUAAAAUAUAUUUUGGGCUACAUUUGUGAGUAAAAGAAAUAUAUUUUUGUUAUCCUCUAUGCAUCCGCAGGCAGUGGCGUAGCUAGAGCUACUUUCGACCAGGGUGGACUAAGAGUUUUACCGCCUUCCUUCCAUGAAAAAAAACUCCGCAGUUGGCCGAAAAUAACGUCUGUCCAUUUAAUUUUUUUUUUUUAAGUGCCGCCAGGGGCAGACCACCCACUUUGUCCCCCACCUUGCUGCGUCGCUGCCCACACGUCAGUUUGUUGUACUGUGAAAUAACGUAGUUGAUGCUCCCCUACAGUGCACAUAUCCCCCAGAGUGCAUCCAGUGACACAACUAGGGGAGCCAAUCGGGCGACUGCCUCGGGCGCAAGUUUGGAGGUUAAUAUUUUAUGACAUUAUAUAAAUGGAGCGUGUGUGUGAAUGUGUUAGGGGGUCGACCCCCCACCCCGUGUGGGAUUUAGACAGGGUGCGCCGCAGCAUUCAUCUCUAUCUUAUCACUGGUGCUCCACAUUGUUUCGGUCAAUAGAGGGGGUCACCAACAAGGUGUUCGACAAGCUGAACUGGUUCCUCGAUGUCUUCAAUGGUGCCAGACCACAAGAGAAGGUUGUAUAGCUGACACAGACCACAAGAGAAGGUUGUGUAGUUGACACAGGCCACAAGAGAAGUUUGUAUAGCUGACAAAGACCACAAGAGAAGGUUGUGUAGUUGAUACAGGCCACAAUAGAAGGUUGUGUAGUUGACACAGACCACAAGAGAAGGUUGUGUAGUUGACACAGGCCACAAGAGAAGGUUGUAUAGCUGACGAAGACCACACGAGAAGGUUGUGUAGUUGACACAGACCACACGAGAAGGUUGUGUAAUUGACACAGGCCACACGAGAAGUUUGUGUAGUUGACACAGACCACACGAGAAGGUUGUGUAGUUGACACAGGCCACACGAGAAGGUUGUGUAGUUGACACAGGCCACAAUAGAAGGUUGUGUAGUUGACACAGACCACAAGAGAAGGUUGUGUAGUUGACACAGGCCACAAGAGAAGGUUGUAUAGCUGACAAAGACCACAAGAGAAGGUUGUGUAGUUGAUACAGGCCACAAUAGAAGGUUGUGUAGUUGACACAGACCACAAGAGAAGGUUGUGUAGUUGACACAGGCCACAAGAGAAGGUUGUAUAGCUGACGAAGACCACACGAGAAGGUUGUGUAGUUGACACAGACCACACGAGAAGGUUGUGUAGUUGACACAGGCCACACGAGAAGGUUGUGUAGUUGACACUCACUGUGUUCUUGGUUAAGAAAUAGUCAAAAGUGUACGCUUUGUUUCCAUUCAAUGAAUUAGAGCUCACCAUUUUCUUUUAUAGACUUUGACAAGUAUAGAGCAAUUACAACAAAAAUGUGGGUUUUUUUAAUUGUUUUCUUUGGUUGUUUUGUUUAGCAUUUAAAAAUUGAGCAUCAUUACGUAUUCAUGGCAGAACUGUUUUUUAAUUUUUUUUAAUUUUGUGAAGAAAAAAAAAAGUGGGGGGGGGCGGUAAUGGCGUUAAAAUAAUAUUCCUACAUUUGAAACCUAGGAAGUUAACAAACUCUCUAAUCUGUAAUGAAACAAUCAACGGCUGGCAUUUGUUUUUAAAAUGGAUAGUCACAGAAUGAGUGCGUAGGUUUUUAUGAAACGGUCAAUGGAUUAGUAGAGGUCACUCGGGUCAGUCUGGAUAAAUCUCAGAAUAUUUCGUUGAAUCUAUUGAUAAGUGUAUAAAUCUUUCUCUGGGGAUCUUUCGAUCUUUGAAUAUUUCGCUAAAUAAAGCGGUGAACUUUGCUCUCCUGGUUCAAUUAGAAAAACCUCCAGGGUCUUGCACCACACAGCAUGAACAAGUUGCUGACUUUCGAGCAGUGUUUCAGAGUAUGAAACUUUUUUUGAAUUUCCGAUUCUAAAAAUACGGAGAUAGGUCGACGGGCUGUUUCGUUUAUGGAGCGCAACCGGAAGUGAUUAGAAAACGAAACAUUUUGUGCAGGGACAAAUAAAGUUACACAUGUGCGCAUUGCGUGCAUCUACGUCAGUUUCUUGUACGUCUUGUUUAAUCUACCGCCCUAUGUCGCAGAGACCAACAAUUUGUCUCCACGCCUUGGACUCAACGGUAAUAUUUAUUUUAAAUUUAGCAAGGCUUGGCGGCUGGUCGAUGAUGAUAUGUUGCAAGAUAUAUCUUUGGUCAGGAGCGUCUAUCCCCCCCUCAACCCACCCCUGCCCCUGGAACCUUGGUCACUGCUGCAUUUUAUUGGCUUGGUUCCAGAUGUCACAAUGAAUCAGAGCCGUCACGUGACUUUGUGAGUUCCACCUGACACUUUACGGUGUUGUGCCCCCCCCCCCCUCUUGCAUCCAACGUUGCCGGUACUGGCUAAAUGAAACAAAGAAUUGGAUAAAAGUUAAGCAAAGUUAAACAAAUUUUAACAAUUUUAAACAAAGUUAAACAACGUUAAACAGCUGUAACAAAAAGAACGAAUACCACCUGUUAUUUAAAGGUACUAGUAAAUUAACUCCGGCAUUGACUGGUCGCGGAUUAAAACCAUUUUAUGAGAUAUUCAAGGGCUAGUAAAAAAAAAAGACAAAAUAAUUAUUAACCCUGGCAUCGGUCCGUGGUGCCAUUUGAAACUUUUCCACCAGUGUUAAAUGUUUGGAAACACUGCUAAAGAGCAAGGAGUCCCAACCUGUUGUAUCCAGAGAGGGGUCACUGAAAUUGUCAGGGGACAGGCUAAGAAAUUAUUAGAAAUACUGCCUAUAAUUUUCUUGUCUGGAACAAAAUUUGAUAAAAUAAAAUUGCCUCCUACAGGAUUAUAACUCCAAAGCCAAGUACAGUCGAACCUGCUUAUCUUGACUUCGGUUAACUCGCCCACCCUGUUUUGUCGACGUUUCUGAAGUGGAACCGCCAAUUUCUCUCUUUUACUUAGCAUUUUCUCCACGGUUAUGUCGAUUCUUGUAUGUCAAAGAACCCUAAUAUCUCGAGCACUAAAGGUGGCCAAAUUUGCCACUUAACCUAGGCUAUCUCGAUCCCCAUGACCAAUCGCCAGCUUUUGAACUCCACAAGAAGAAAUAGCAAACAACAAAUAAACAAGUUUUUCACAAUUAAAAAUAAUUAUUUAUUUCUCAAAAUACAGGACUUGUGUUUAAGAAUGAACCUGGAAGUAAUUUAAAUAAACAUGUUUUGAUUCGAGGUUUAAAAACCCGGUAGAGUCCAUACUAUAAAUGAUCAUAAUUUGCCGUGCGCGAAACGUUGUCAUGGGCAGCCUAUUCACGGUCACUUGCAUAAUGGCUAUGUCGCGGCACUACGUCAGAGUUUCAUUCAUAAGAGUUUGCCCUGUGCAAAAGCUAUUCAACCAUUGGUCUGGGAAGGAUUUAAUUAAAUAGGCAUGCGCCAAAAUUGAAAGUUCAAAAUAAGUAGUCCCUAAAUAGUAUUUUUUAGUAAUAAGAGGAUGCAUUGCCUUAUAUAAACUAUAAAACUGUAGUCAUUGCGCAAGACAUGAUCAGCAGAAUGAGGUCACAAAAUGUGGAGGCUUCGUCCAUAGUAGAAAAUACCAAAUGAACUCGCACUCUAAAAAUUCGUAGCUAAAAAAUUACUAAAGUUAAAAAGUGGAUUCUGAUUGUAUUUUUUAAAUUACAAAUUUGCUCUCAAUAAUUGUAAUAUUUAAAAAAAAAUAUAUUUUUUUUACUGAAGUACCUGCAUUUAUUAACGCACAUAAUGUACAUAAAUAAAUUUCAAGCACAUGUUAAUAUAUUGCCGACAUAUCGGUUUUCGGUUAUCUCGAUCAUCGGUUAUCUCGAUGCUUUUUUGGAAAACCAUGAGGGCGUCGACAUAACCGGGAUUCACUGUACUGGUUUCAAGAGUUCCAUAUGUAAAAACGACUACACCGCUGUGCCACAUAUAAUAAGGGAAAAUAUAACACUCAAGGCGUGCUGUAUCCCAAACAGCGUUAGUGAAAUCAUCAUGGGUGAAAGGGGCAUAAUCGGUGGAAGGGGUGGGAUAAUCAGAUGACCCAUGAAAUUACUUAACUAGUAAUUUAUAGAAAUCUUUUCUACUCAUUUUUUCCACAAACCAUUCCAUGCUCCUGUAAUAUUUGCACCUUCCUGCAGUCGCAGUUGGAGCGCCAAUACCACGCCCCUGACACCGACGCUACUAUGAAAAUUGAACCAUUAGUAUUACAAUAAUUUACGCUUAAAAUAAUGGUUAGAUGGUAUUAACUUUUUAAUAAAGAUAGUGAUCACAAGCCCGUUUAAUUCGCUGGUAGCUCAAGAACCCUUCACAUUUUCAGCAAAUCAAUUUUUUUUUUAUCAAUUGAGUUUUCACAUAAUUAAUUUUAGUAGCUCUAUAAUUAUUUGAUUUUUUUUUUUAGUUUUAAUUCUAAUAAAUCAGUGUGUGGUCGCUGGCUGUGCGGUUAAAUUUCAAAAUCAUACAAGACCAAUGAAUCCUUGUUUGUAGCGAUUUCCCUUUACAUGGGACAUACAGUCUGCUCUAUCUUUUGGACAUACAAUCUGCCCUAUCUUUUGGACAUACAAUCUGCCCUAUCUUUUGGACAUACAAUCUGCCCUAUCUUUUGGACAUACAAUCUGCCCUAUCUUUUGGACAUACAAUCUGCUCUAUCUUUAGGACAUACCAUCUGCUCUAUCUUUAGGACAUACAAUAUGCUCUAUCUAUAGGACAUACAAUCUGCUCUAUCUUUAGGACAUACAAUCUGCUCUAUCUUUAGGACAUACAAUCUGCUCUAUCUUUAGGACAUACAAUCUGCUCUAUCUAUAGGACAUACAAUCUGCUCUAUCUUUAGUACAUACAAUCUGCUCUAUCUUUAGGACAUACAAUCUGCUCUAUCUAUAGGACAUACAAUCUGCUCUAUCUUUUGGACAAUACAAUCUGCUCUAUCUUUUGGACAUACAAUCUUCCCUAUCUUUUGGACAUACAAUCUGCUCUAUCUUUAGGACAUACAAUCUGCUCUAUCUUUAGGACAUACAAUCUGCUCUAUCUAUAGGACAUACAAUCUGCUCUAUCUUUUGGACAAUACAAUCUGUUCUAUCUUUUGGACAUACAAUCUGCUCUAUCUUUUGGACAUACAAUCUGCUCUAUCUUUUGGACAUACAAUCUGCUCUAUCUUUUGGACAUACAAUCUGCUCUAUCGUUUUGACAUACAAUCUGCUCUAUCUUUUUAUCUAAGUGGGUUGAAUGGUUGGACCUUGAGUGGGUUGAAUGGUUGCACAUUGAAUGGGUUCAAUGAUUGGAUAAAGUUCGUUGAAUGAUUGGACCUUGAAUGGGUGGAAUUGUUUGACCUUGAAUUGGUUGAAUGGUUGGGCAUCGAAUGGGUUGACUGAUUGGACUUCGAGUGGGUUGAAUGAUUGGAACUAGAGUGGGUUGAAUGAUUGGACCUUGAAUGGGUUGAAUGAUUGGACCUCGAAUGGGUUAAAAGAUUGGAUCUCGAAUGGGUUAAUUGAUUGGACCUCGACUUGUUUGACUGAUUUGACCUCGAAUGGGUUGAAUGAUUGGACCUCGAAUGGGUUGAAUGAUUGGACCUCGAAUGGGUUGAAUGAUUGGACCUCGAAUGGGUUGAAAGAUUGGAUCUCGAAUGGGUUAAUUGAUUGGACCUCGACUUGUUUGACUGAUUUGACCUCGAAUGGGUUGAAUUAUUGGACCUCGAAUGGGUUAAUUGAUUGGACCUCGAGUGGGUUGAAUGAUUGGACCUCGAAUGGGUUGAAAGAUUGGACCUCGAAUGGGUUAAUUGAUUGGACCUCGAGUGGGUUGAAUGAUUGGACCUCGAAUGGGUUGAAUGAUUUGAACUCGAAUGGGUUGAAUGAUUGGACCUCGAAUGGGUUGAAUGAUUGGACCUCGAAUGGGUUGAAUGAUUGGACCUUGAAUGGGUUGAAUGAUUGGACCUUGAAUGGGUUGAAUGAUUGGACCUCAAAUGGGUUGACUGAUUGGACCUCGAAUGGGUUGAAUGAUUGGACCUCGAAUGGGUUGAAUGAUUGGACCUCGAAUGGGUUGAAUGAUUGGACCUCGAAUGGGUUGAAUGAUUGGACCUCGAAUGGGUUGAAAGAUUGGAUCUCGAAUGGGUUAAUUGAUUGGACCUCGACUUGUUUGACUGAUUUGACCUCGAAUGGGUUGAAUUAUUGGACCUCGAAUGGGUUAAUUGAUUGGACCUCGAGUGGGUUGAAUGAUUGGACCUCGAAUGGGUUGAAAGAUUGGACCUCGAAUGGGUUAAUUGAUUGGACCUCGAGUGGGUUGAAUGAUUGGACCUCGAAUGGGUUGAAUGAUUUGAACUCGAAUGGGUUGAAUGAUUGGACCUCGAAUGGGUUGAAUGAUUGGACCUCGAAUGGGUUGAAUGAUUGGACCUUGAAUGGGUUGAAUGAUUGGACCUUGAAUGGGUUGAAUGAUUGGACCUCAAAUGGGUUGACUGAUUGGACCUCGAAUGGGUUGAAUGAUUGGACCUCGAAUGGGUUGAAUGAUUGGACCUCGAAUGGGUUGAAUGAUUGGACCUCGAAUGGGUUGAAUGAUUGGACCUCGAAUGGGUUGAAUGAUUGGACCUCGAAUGGGUUGAAUGAUUGGACCUCGAAUGGGUUGAAUGAUUGGACCUCGAAUGGUUUGAAUGAUUGGACAUCGAAUGGGUUGAAUGUUUGGACCUCGAAUGGGUUGACUGAUUGGACCUCGAAUGGGUUGACUGAUUGGACCUCGAGUGGGUUGAGGGAUCGGAUCAGGUUUGGGGCAAAGGGUAAAUCUCAAUUGGGUUUAAUGAAAGAUUUUGUGGUGGGGUGUAUUUUUAGUCGGCUGACAAGAUGAUAGAGAGGGAGUCUCCAACUAGACUUCCCAUUGCAGGUGAAGAACUUUGGGUCGAAGUAAUCGUCCUCGGACUCAUCGCCAUGAUCUAUAUCUUGAAAUGCCAAACUUGUUACUAAGUGUCGGCAAUUUUAUUUCCUCGAGCCUAACUGUCAGUUGCCGACAGAGAGAAUCAAUCAACCGUAGCUUGCACCCGUCAUAUUUACCUGUUCAUAUUGGUUUUUGGAUGCCGCUAGGUGUACGCCCACUUCCUCCUUGGAUCUGCCCCUGUAUUCUCUUUUUCCUGCCUCCGUGAUACUAUAAAUGUAACCUUCAAUGUUUCAUCUCUCAACUGGUUAAAACAUGUCUGCUUCUCUCAAUUGGUUAAAACAUGACUGCUUCUCUCAACUGGUUAAAACAUGGCUGCUUCUCUCAACUGGUUAAAACAUGGCUGCUUCUCUCAACUGGUUAAAAGAUGGCUACUUCUCUCAACUGGUUAAAACAUGGCUACUUCUCUCAACUGGUUAAAACAUGGCUGCUUCUCUCAACUGAUUAAAACAUGGCUACUUCGCUCAACUGGUUAAAACAUGUCAUAAAAUCUUUGAGAUGUUUAACAGCUUCGUGGCAUUUCAAAUACUUUUUAAAAACAUUCUCAUGUUUAUCUCCUGUACACAGCAAUGCAUGCUAAUGUUAAAUCUCCAAUACAAAUAAACUUCCCAAUUUGAAGGCAGGAAUUGUUUGAUGAUGUGAACGGCAACAGCUCUGUGAAUGGUGGCCGUGGGGUGGCGCUGUAAACAAACAAACAAAUGAACAAAGCGCGCCGGUUUGGUCUUCGAAAAGCCAAGCUGCCCAGUCUUAGCAGGUAUCGAAAUCAGUGUCUCUGUGUAGUUGGUAUCGAAAUCAGUUUCUCCGUGUGGCUGGUAUCGAAAGCAGCUUAUCUGUGUGGCUGGUAUCGAAAGCAGGUUAUCUGCGUGGUUGGUAUCGAAAUCAGCUUAUCGGUGUAUCGAGACAAGUCUUCGCUGUGUUAUUUCAUUUUAGUUUACCAACACCAUGGAACAAACCUGGCCAUGCAUCAUGAUGCUGAUUCGUUGACCAGUAGGUGGAGUUUCGGGGUACCAAAGGAAACAUAUUCGCACGUCCGAGUAUCGAAGUAUCGACGUAUAGUUACGGUCAACUUUCUCAAAGCUCUCGCCAUUGUUGCCAGUUGCCACAGCUUGUUUGUCACUGUCGAGUCACGAGGUUUCUCUUCAUGGCGCGUCAUCACAAGAUGGAAUCCAGAUAGCAUACCUAGGGAUACACAUUUUUAAUGCUCCCAUCAUUUCCUCUCUCUGUCUCUUCCACUUCCUGUCCUUCCCCCCUCUCUCUCUCUCUCUCUCUCUCUCUCUCUCCCUUUCCCCUCUCUCUUUCUCACUCUCUUUCUCUCUCUCUCUCUCUUUCUCUCUCUCUCUCUUUCUCUCCUCCCUCUUCAUCCAACUUCUCUUUACCUCUCCAUUCCCCUCUCUUUCUCUCUAUUCCUCUCUCUUUAUCCCCCUUCUCUCCCUCACUUUAUCUCCCUAUCUAAGUUGCUUUUUCUCUCGAUCCCUCUCUCGAUCUCACUCCUACCAUUUAUAGCCCUCUUUAUCUUACUAGUUCACUCAUUCGUUCUGUUACUCAUUAUCAUCUUCACACAAACUAUCUCCCUCUUUCGAUCGCUCUCCUUAUCCCCCCUCUCUCUUUCUCACUUCACGCUUCUCUCUCACUCUCUUAACUAGUUAAAACAUGACUGCUUCUCUCAACUUGUUAAAACAUGGCUACUUCUCUCAACUGGUUAAAACCUAGCUGCUUCUCUCAACUGGUUAAAACAUGGCUAUUUCUCUCAACUGGUUAAAACAUGGCUACUUCUCAAACAUAACCGUUUGUGCCAUUACAUAACCACCUCUUUCUUACAGAGGAGUUAAACAGCAUUACUGCCUUCUAAGGCGGGCCAGGUGUUUUGUCACCCUUCUUCCACACAUAAAAAGCAUUUGCCAUUGGCCUAACGUACCACCCCGCUCUAUAAAAGAAAAAAGUGCCCCAGGGGUGGACCACUCCCUCGGCAUCCCAUUCAUACGCCACUGCUUUCUUAUACAACCUCCGUCUCCAUACAUAACCAUCGCUCCAUACAUAACCAUCGCUUCCCUUACAUAACCAUCGCCCCAUUACAUAACCAUUGCCCCAUACAUAACUAUUGCCCCUUACAUAACCAUCGCCCCUUACAUAACCAUCGCCCCUUACAUAACCAUCGCCCCUUACAUAGCCAUUGCCCCUUACAUAACCAUUUCCCCUUACAUAACCAUUGCCCCUUACAUAACCAUCACCCCUUUACAUAACCAUUUCCCCUUACAUAACCAUCACCCCCUUACAUAACAUUGCCCCUUACAUAACCAUCACCCCCUUACAUAACCAUCACCCCCUUACAUAACCAUCACCCCCUUACAUAACCAUUGCCCCUACAUAACCAUUGCCCCUACAUAACCAUUGCCCCUUACAUAACCAUUGCCCCUUACAUAACCAUCCCUUACAUAACCAUCACCCCCUUACAUAACCAUUGCCCCUUACAUAACCAUCACCCCCUACAUAACCAUCACCCCCUUACAUAACCAUUGCCCCUUACAUAACCAUUGCCCCUUACAUAACAAUUGCCCCUUACAUAACCAUUGCCCCUUACAUAACCAUUGCCCCUUACAUAACCAUUUCCCCUUACAUAACCAUUGCCCCUUACAUAACCAUUUCCCCUUACAUAACCAUUUCUCCUUACAUAACCAUUGCCCCUUACAUAACCAUUGCCCCUUACAUAACCAUUGCCCCUUACAUAACCAUCGCCCCAUUACAUAGCCAUCGCCUCCUUACAUAACCAUCGCUUCUCUUACAUAACCAUCGCUUCCCUGACAUAACCGUCUUAAAGAUGACGAUCUCUCUCCUCACCUAGUACAAAGAUAGCGCUAAGUUCGACCACCCAACAAUUACCUAACGAUCUACUUCAUAUACCGCUUCCUUGUUUAAACAAGGAUAAUCACUUACUACAGUUUCCUUUUUUUUUUUUUUUACUCGAUACCAAAUUUCCUCGACUCCAGGUCUACAUUUCGACUCCUAUGACGUGUAUUGCGUCAUGCCGUGCUCACCUUGUACUGAUGAUAAAGCACAAACAAUCAAAGGACUUUUGAAGACUUUCAGUCCAGGAACGUAGUCGAAUACAUUAUUAUUACUACCGACUACCCUCUCAUUGAAUCCAAACCACGGAUUCGACACCUGUUUAUUUAUCGUCCCUUUGUUAUAUCGAUAUCACAUGAAGACGGUUAUCGAGUGUGUGAGUGUGUCUGUGGGAGAGAGGGGGGGGGGGACGACACUCCUCAUCAGGGAAACGAGUCUAUUGUUGNUGUGGGAGAGGGGGGGGGGGGACGACACUCCUCAUCAGGGAAACGAGUCUAUUGUUGGCAGUGAUACCACCCAGGACUCGAGGACAUGCCGAGCUCGCCCCCCCCCCCAUACUCCACACUUUUUCCCCGAGUGUUUUAUUAUUGGUAUCUGCGCCCUGAAAGAUGGCGGGUACAGCGUACGUGCGUCAUGCCUGGCAUCCAAUCGCUGGAUGGGAUCAUUGAUCCGUACGUUUUUUUGUGUCUUGUUUAGGGGACUAUCGACGAACUGGAACAAAAAAUAAAUUCUACGACUUGUGAUUCGUUUUAUAACAAAAUUUCCUCUCACCUCAUUGGUGAAGAGUUAUUCGCCUGAUUGGUGAAGAGUUAGUCAUUAGUUGUGUGAAAAUUGUGCUUUCGUUCAAGGAAUUCACCUGGAUUUUUUUUCUCAAAGAAAAUGUAUUUCGCUACGAUUUGUUUAGAGAUUACGUUCCAUGUUUCAAAGACGUAGAAGAUAGUUAAAAUUUUGGAUUUUAAAAUUUUUUUGCGGUGUGUCUUCGAGGAUCUACAAAACAAACUUUUGAUUCAAUUUUUUUUUUCUUUUCUCAUUUUCAAAAAUUUUUUAAACAUUUUUUUAGUUUAAGUUUUAAUACAUCUAUAAAUUAAAGCUGUUGUUGUAGAGGUAAUAGUUUUAGAUAGUUGCAAAGUUAUUUAUUGCGUAAUUUAUUUAUGGCUGAUGUAAUGGUAGAUAAUGAGGACAUGAUGUAAUAUAAGGAUAAUAUAAUGGUGACAUGACGGUGACAUACUUGUGAAUAUUAUGGUGAUUAGAUACAUUUUUACAGAAGUUUCACAAAGUUGUUGGGGGUUAUGCUUGCCGUAAGAAAAAGGGGGGUGGGGGGGUGUAGGCACUACGUCAGGGAUAAUCAUUAUUUUGGUAUUUAUCUAUGUAAGGCUGUAAUCUCGGCUGUAAUGUCUUAAUAACUUCAUCAAACAGCGCGUGCAGAUGUGUGUUUUUGAGGACCCGUUUGAUAAAAUUCCUAUUCCUAAAUGGGAUUUUUAAAAAAACUGAUUUUCGUGAAUAUUUUAUUUUUUACAGAAAGCCAAUCAAUGGAGAUCGCACUGAGAGUGCGCUAUUUGAAUGCAUGUCUUCUCAAAUAACUCUAGGUUUUCGUUGUUUGGUCCCUAUGUUUUAGCCAUUGUUUGGUCUCUAUGUUCUAGCCGUUGUUUGGUCCCUAUGUUUUAGCCAUUGUUUGGUCUCUAUGUUCUAGCCGUUGUUUGAUCCCUAUGUUUUAGCCAUUGUUUGGUCCCUAUGUUUUAGCCGUUGUUUGGUCUCUAUGUUUUAGCCAUUGUUUGGUCUCUAUGUUUUAGCCGUUGUUUGGUCUCUAUGUUUUAGUCGUUGUUUGGUCUCUAUAAUUUAGCCGUUAUUUGGUCCCUAUGUUUUAGCCGUUGUUUGGUCUCUAUGUUUUAGCCGUUGUUUGAUCCCUAUGUUUUAGCCGUUGUCUGGUCCCUAUGUUUUAGCCGUUGUUUGGUCCCUAUGUUUUAGCCGUUGUUUGGUCUCUAUGUUUUAGCCGUUGUUUUGGUCUCUAUGUUUUAGCCGUUGUUUGGUCUCCAUGUUUUCGCGAUGGUUUGCUGGGUUAUUUCUAAUAGUAGAAAUGUACGACUCAUUUAUUCAAUUUAAUUGAAUCCAUUUCCAGAUAUCAUUAGAUCCACGUCCAAUGCAGAAUUCAAUCACAUUCUCUAUACACACAUUUCACAUUGUCUAUACACACAUUUCACAUCGUCUAUACACACAUUCACAUUGUCUAGGCACAUAUUUCACGUUAUCUAUGCACACAUGUCACAUUGUCUAUGCACGCAGUUCCCAUUGUAUAUACACACAUUUCACUUUGUAUAUACACAAAUUUCACAUUGUCUGUACGCACAUUUCCCAUUGUAAAUUCACACAUUUCACAUUGUCUGUACGCACAUUUCACAUUGUCUGUACGCACAUUUCACAUUGUCUAUAUGCAUAUUUCACAUUAUCUAUACUCACAUUUCACAUUGUCUAUGCACACAUUUCACAUUGUGUAUGCACACAUUUCACAUUGUCUAUUAACACAUUUCACACUGUCUAUGCACAAAUCUACCAUUUCUAUAAAAAUUAUGGAUUAAAAUUAUCCUUGGAAAAGCCCACAAUUUGUUAAAAUUUGGGACUAAUGAGAAAAAAAUAUGGAUUCGGUGAUCCCGGACGAUGCCCCCAAUUUGUUACGCACUGACUUGUAUUGGGAGAAAUUAAUCUCAUAUUUUAAUUUUAAUUGGCUCGUUGUAAGCAGUGCCUAACAAAGGACGAUACCAUAGAAUCAACAAUAUUAAAGAUACGACCCAAACAGUUUCUAGUUACAAUUAAUUAAGAUUUAUUAUGUCUUAAGGUAAUUACAAAAGAAAAGAAAAGAAAAUUACAAUCUUCAACUUACAGUAUGGUAGAUCUUGUACCGGUACACAGUUAAUACAAUUAGAAAUAAUGAUGCCAAUAAAUAAUGCGAAAUAAACACAUAAGUAGGAGCACACAAAUACACAAAGAAUAAAACACGCCUCGUAAUGUUAAGAAAAAUUAUUAGAAAAUCUCCCUCCCUUGUCCGUGCCUGUCAAUCCCUUAUAUAGGUGGGUCUACCGACGCCUAAGCCCUGCCUUCGACAAGCUUCAUGACGUUUCUAGAACCAUCCGAAUCAUUCUACAAAACACUACUUGGAACAGAUUAAUUAUUUUUAGUAGAUUAGCGGUGUAAACAAGAAUAUAUCAAAGGCCUAAGCCACACCCCUUUGUGAACACAGCGUCUCAUGCGGGAUCAAUCAGAGGGCACGCACGAGAAAUAUUAUGUAAACAAGCUCUCUAUAACAACACAUUUCACAUUGUCUAUUAACACAUUUCACAUUGUCUAUGCACAAAUCUACCAUUUCUAUACGCACAUUUUCCAUUGUCUAUACACACAUUUCAGAUUGUCUGUACGCACAUUUCACAUUGUCUAUGCACACAUUUCACAUUGUCUAUGCACACAUUUCACAUUAUCUAUACAUGCAUUUCACGUUAUCUAUACACACAUUUCACAUUGUCUAUACACACAUUUCACAUUGUCUAUACACAUAUUUCACAUUAUCUAUACGCACAUUUCACAUUACCUAUACGCACAAUUCACAUUAUCUAUACGCACAUUUCAAAUUGCCUAUACACAUAUUUCACAUUGCCUAUGCACACAUUUCACAUUGCCUAUGCACACAUUUCACAUUAUAUAUGCGCACAUUUCACAUUAUCUAUGCACACAUUUCCCAUUGUCUUUACAAACUAUUUUUGAAAUAUUUUUUAUACAAGUUUUAAUUCUGCUAUUUCAUUUUUAGAGAAACCUUUUCAAUGACUUAAAAUAGAUAAUUUAGAAUAUGACGGUACACAUAUUUGUGUGGUGUGGUGGGGUGGGCCCGCUGAAAACCCUGACAAUAAACGAUGUUACUCCUAAUGCGCCACGGUGACCAGAAGUCUUUCCAAUAGAAACGUUUCACAAUGACGUCAUAUCAUUUUAUUUUUACAGAAAGAAAAGUGUCGGUGGGGGGGGGGGGGGGGGGGGGGGGGGAAGGGGAUUUCCUUUUUAAACAAAUUGGUGUGGGGGCUGCGGUGGACCCAAACAUUGGUAUAUCUGCCGUAAAUAAAUUCAAAUUUCUUUCUACAACAUAAAUUCAACAUUCUUUCUCUAACAUUUCAUGUUGUCUUGAACCUCACCCCACACAGAGAACAUUGUAUGUAAUAUGGCCACAGAGAACAUUGUAUGUAAUAUGGCCACAGAGAACAUUGUAUGUAAUAUGGCCACAGAGAAAAUUGUAUGUAAGAUGGCCACAGAGAACAUUGUAUGUAAAAUGGCCACUGAGAACAUUGUAUGUAAUAUGGCCACAGAGAACAUUGUAUGUAAUAUGGCCACUGAGAAAAUUUUAUGUAAUAUGGCCACUGAGAACAUUGUAAGUAAUAUGGCCACAGAGAACAUUGUAUGUAAUAUGGCCACUGAGAACAUUGUAUGUAAUAUGGCCACUGAGAACAUUGUAUGUAAUAUGGCCACUGAGAACAUUGUAUGUAAUAUGGCCACUGAGAAAAUUGUAUGUAAUAUGGCCACUGAGAACAUUGUAAGUAAUAUGGCCACAGAGAACAUUGUAUGUAAUAUGGCCACUGAGAACAUUGUAUGUAAUAUGGCCACAGAGAACAUUGUAUGUAAUAUGGCCACUGAGAACAUUGUAUGUAAUAUGGCCACAGAGAACAUUGUAUGUAAUAUGGCCACAGAGAAAAUUGUAUGUAAUAUGGCCACUGAGAACAUUGUAAGUAAUAUGGCCACAGAGAACAUUGUAUGUAAUAUGGCCACUGAGAACAUUGUAUGUAAUAUGGCCACUGAGAACAUUGUAUGUAUUAUGGCCACUGAGAACAUUGUAUGUAUUAUGGCCUACGACAAGUAAAACAGAUUUCCCUGUUAGUUAGGCUAAUACAAGUUUAUCGAUUUUUAACAAAAUACUAUGUUCCAGAUAACACUAUGUUCCAGAUAACACUAUGUUCCAGAUAACACUAUGUUCCAGAUAACACUAUGUUCCAGAUAACACUAUUCUAUCUUAAACCGAUUCAACCGUUUGGACUUUACCGCGUAUAUCCCGGUCCGAAGCGUCUUCCCGUGGUCUGAUAAUUAGUGAAUGUUUCAGUCUCCGGUCUCAAGCAUGUGGUCCCAGUUCUGUGGUCCCUGGUCUGUGGUCCCUGGUCUGAGGUCCCUGGUCUGUGGUCCCUGGUCUGUGGUCCCUGGUCUGUGGUCCCUUGUCGUGGUCCCUGGUCUGUGGUCCCUGGUCUGUGGUUCCUGGUCUGUGGUCCCUGGUCUGUGGUCCCUGGUAUGUGGUCCCUGGUAUGUGGUCCCUGGUAUGUGGUCUCUGGUCUUUUAUGAACUGGUAUGUGAUCCCUGGUCUGUGGUCCCUGGUCUGUGGUCCCUGGUCUAUUGUCCCUGGUCUUUGGUCUGUUAUCUCUUGUCUUUGGUCUCUGGUACCUGAUCUGUGGUCCCUCGUCUGCGGUCCCGGGCACGUGUUCCAUGGUCUUUGGUCUCUAGUCUGUGGCACCUGAUCUGUUGUCCCUCGUCUGUGGUCCUGAGCUUGUGGUCCCUGGUCUCUGGUCGUGCGGGUUUUUCUGUAGAUCACCGGCUAAAACAAUAUACUAAAAUAAAUCUUAGUUCCAAAUUAAUUUUCUUUUCAAGCGGCGUUUCCAUCAAAUGUAAAUAAUUCCAAACCAAUCCAAUUGCUUCUGUGCACGUGUGCUGCCACCGCAGGCCAGCACAACUUACAGUUUAGGUUGUGCAGGACUGUCUUACAGUAGCAAUUGUGUAAUGCAUCUGGAUGGCGGGUCAGUUUGUCUGUCUAAAAUACGGUCGCCUCUAAAACUGGAUGACACACGGGAUGUAGUUCCACUUUUUUAAACUAGCCGUUGACGUCAUGCAUGCCAAAAAUAUGUCCAAAUAUUUGAAUUAGAACAUGGGAAAUAAUUCAGUGGUUAUAAAUGAUGGGUUACAAUUUAGAUGGUUAUAAAUGAGGGGGCUAUAAACUUGGUGUUAUAAUAAAGGGGUUAUAAAUAAUUAAGGGUUAUGGUGAAAUAAAUCUCGUCAUGGACCAAUUACGACAGAAUCCCGUCGAGCAGCUGAAAUGUCAUGUACAGGAGGUGGGAGUCAUUCAACCGUGACAGCCACACCACCACUGACAGACAGGUCAAUGCCAUGCCACAAUGAUUUGUGCUUAAGAUCGUCCAGAGUUGAUUGUUUCCAGUGGUAUGUUGGUGUGCAGAGGCUAGGACCGGGGAUGGGGCAAGCAGAGGCUAGGACCGGGGAUGGGGCAAGCAGAGGUUAGGACCGGGGAUGGGGCAAGCAGAGGCUAGGACCGGGGAUUCGGCAAGCAGAGGCUAGGACCGGGGAUGUGGCAAGCAGAGGCUAGGACCGGGGAUGGGGCAAGCAGAGGCUAGGACCGGGGAUGGGGCAAGCAGAGGCUAGGACCGGGGGUGGGGCAAGCAAAGGCGGGGCCCGGGGCAGAAUCUAAUUUUUCUAAAUAUUUUUAGAAGACCUCUGAAGAAGGCGCACGGGAGUCUCCGCAACAUCAUGUGUGGCACUACAGCCUGCCCCCCCUCCCCCCACACUUUUUCUGGUUCUUCCAUUCGAAUGGGUCCAUGGCUUUCCGCCUCCACGCGCGGACCCCCAGCCGAUGUAAGUCCUUUUCUACGUCUUUAGUCCAUCUCAGUCUUAAUCGACUGCUGAUCCGUCUGUCGCUAGGUUUCUGAUUACUUUUGCCGCGCUGCUAUCCGGCAUACUCUCAAGAUGUCUCGUCCAGCGUAGUCUGCAAUUUUUUAAUCGUUGCAACCAUGUGUCGGUCUUCAAACAAUUGCUACAAGUCUUGGUGUUUGUACCCAUUCUCCCUCCAUUAUUAUCUGUCCAGGAUACGUGUAUUUUCCUGAGAAGCUGCCUCUCUCAUAUGUUGAACAGUUUCUUCUAUGCCUUUCUUAAACCGAAACAUUUGCUAACCGAACUAAUUGCUCACAUUGAAACCAAUUGAAAUGUAUUUGAUCUUUCCAGCGCUUUGGAGUGGUCAACAAUCGACCAGAGGAAAGAAGACAAAACUGGGUUUUUGUUAGCGACUCGUCUUUGUUGGUUGUGCCAGACGGCUCUUUGACCUUGGAGGGGGGGUCACUCGUUGUCUGGUUGCCUGGCUUACAUAUGCAUCCAUCUGGUUACAAGUAACAACUUACAUCCCGGAGUGUGUUAGGUCUCUCCUUGUAUGUGUUAGGUCUCUCCUUGUCUGUGUUAGUUCUCUCCUUGUCUGUGUUAGGUCUCUCCUUGUCUGUGUUAGGUCUCUCCUUGUCUGUGUUAGUUCUCUCCUUGUCUGUGUUAGGUCUCUCCUUGUCUGUGUUAGGUCUCUCCUUGUCUGUGUUAGGUCUCUCCUUGUCUGUGUUAGUUCUCUCCUUGUCUGUGUUAGUUCUCUCCUUGUCUGUGUUAGAUUAUCUCCUUGUCUGUGUUAGAUUCUCUCCUUGUCUGUGUUAGAUUCUCUCCUUGUCUGUGUUAGAUUCUCUCCUUGUCUGUGUUAGGUCUCUCCUUGUCUGUGUUAGGUCUCUCCUUGUCUGUGUUAGUUCUCUCCUUGUCUGUGUUAGUUCUCUCCUUGUCUGUGUUAGAUUAUCUCCUUGUCUGUGUUAGAUUCUCUCCUUGUCUGUGUUAGAUUCUCUCCUUGUCUGUGUUAGAUUCUCUCCUUGUCUUUGUGCCCAGUUCAUUACUCAAAUGGUAUUUCCUUACAACCUUUAAUUGCGAUCAUCACCCAAAUCUUUUAAUGUUAUUUUUUUAUGUCGAUGAAACAUGAUAGAAUGAUAACUUUGUAACUCAUAAGUAAAUUAAAACUGACCAUGAAUUUAACAAUCGAACUCAACUAUCAAAUACUUAAUGUGCAUGUUUAUAAUAUUAUUUAUACAUAUAAAAUAAUUUAAUUUUAAAUGUAUUAAUGUCAAUGCUGUGGACGCCCGAAUAUAUUUAACCGUCCAGUCGUGAGUGAUCCUAAUUAUGUUAAGUUUCCCGUAAGCGGUAUGACAUUGACUUGAUGAGAAUUCGGAGAACUUCUGCGACCUUUAACGCAUAAAAAUCACAGUGAGACACACACUGUUAGUACCUAUUGGAUCCUGGUCUAUUUCCAGCCGGGGGGUGUGGGGGGGGGGGGGGCACCCCCCCCCCCCAAAAAAUCUUAAUUGCCCCCCCCCCCCCCCCAAAAAAAAAAAAAAAUCUGAAGUGCCCCGGGGGGAAAAUUUCUGAAAAAAACACUGAGAGUGAGGCUAACGAAUUGAACGCCUAUCCCUCACUUUAAACAAAAUACAGCUGAAGUCAAGGCUACCUAGCACUCAUGUCGAAAUAGUUUUAAUCAAUCAUUUUAUUUUAAUUUUACAUACUCACAAUUAACUGAUUAUAUCACGUAAUGGAUGUACGGUAAAAAGAUCAAAUUUAAUACGGAGCUUGGUCUUAGUUGAUCUUUAUCAAAUUUAUGGUUGAUCCCAGAUUGACCCAUUCCUGAAUUGUUUCUUCCAGCUCUUUAAUCGGAAGGGAAAACAAGAUGGUAGAUUUCCUACUACAACUUCCGCUACCGUCCCACAAUUCCCCGUUACACUAGAUGAACGAUUUUUGCAAUUUAUUUUCUUUAUAGUAGGUCAAUUCUGAACAUUUUAUCUGUUAUCUUCUUAUUAAAAGCUUGCGUUAAAAUUUAUUUACAAUGUAGUUCAUAUUGCCACGAUUAAUUAUUGAUUUAGAGAACAAAGAUAAACUACAAAUAUUUAGCUUAAGGGAAAAAAAACAAAGAAAAUGAUGUUAAAAAAUAUAAUUAAUUUUAUUAAAAAUCAGCAUUACAUAACUAUUGACCGCCAUUGUUGUUCUGUGCUUCUUUAUUGAUUAUUUACAUGGACCGACCCACCCCCCACCAAGCCCCCCACCCAGACCCCCCCCCCAACAAUGUUGAUGAACGUCAAUUAUUUCGGGCAUUAAACGUGACAACAUGCCGUUGCUAUUGGCAACCGCUGCCUUCGAUUUUAAUCUGCUUCCAUUUAUCACAUCUUCCUACCGCAUGACUCUUUUAUUGGUUUAGUUUAACGUUUAAUGGGGGGUAAAAUCAGGGUUUUUAGGGGGGAGGGGUGGUGUAGGGCAGGGCGUUUAGGGCAGGGCGUAUAUGGCAGGGGGUUCCUAGAUUUUUGUGUAUUUGUAAGUUUUCAGCUAUUGAAAUUAUUUUUUAAAAUGUACUAUUCGUAUAAAUUAUUUUGAUUCAUUUCUAUGAUUGCAUGCAAUUGUGAUGGAAAGAGGUUGCGGGGGGGGNAAACACUAAGCCGACCCACGACGACACCAACCCUAGCUACGCCACUGAGGGUUGGGCGGGGGGGAGGGGGUUGGCCAAACACUAAGCCGACCCACGACGACACCAACCCUAGCUACGCCACUGAGGGUUGGGCAGGGGGCUAGUGGGUGGCCAAACACUAAGCCGGCCCACGACGACACCAACCCUAGCUACGCCACUGAGGGUUGGGCAGGGGGCUAGUGGGUGGCCAAACACUAAGCCGACCCACGACGACACCAACCCUAGCUACGCCACUGAGGGUUGGGCAGGGGCCUAGUGGGUGGACAAACACUAAGCCGACCCACGACGACACCAACCCUAGCUACGCCACUGAUUGCAUGUCAUCGUUCGCCAGAAUAAAAAUGAUCUCAUAUGAUAAAUAACUUCAUGAUAACAUACACUCCAACAUCCAAUAUGUAAAUUUUCCUAACUCUUCUCCCCCCCCCUUCCCCCUCCCAGGAAUCCCCACCCCCCUCAGUUUUGUUGGUGGGGCUCAAGCUACCGUCAUGAAGAUUGAAAUUUUAAUUUUGUCGCCAGUUAAGUCCACGAGAUUCAAUACUGAAAUAUCAAACCUACAAUACGACUACUGUGUUUGUAUUGCAAUAAAUACCUGUAAAAAUAACAGCAGUAACUAUUUUAAAGAAAAUUGUUGUGGCCAACAUGACAUAACAUGACAUGACAUGACAUUGCUUGCCCUAUUUUAAACGUAAGCUCAUCUGGAUCUCGGAGACUAAAUGUCUAUCUAUAAUCUUAGCAUUGCCCCCCUCACCCCCUUCUUUUCCAGUGGGGUGUAGGUCCCAUCAGUGGCGUAGCUAAGGUUGGUGUCACCCGGUACGGUAAUCUCGUGAUGUUACUACGGUACGGUAACUCCUGAUGUUACACCCGGUACAGUAAACUCGUGGUAUUACACCCGGUAAGGUAAACUCGUGAUGUUACACCCGGUACGGUAACCUCGUGGUAUUACACCCGGUACGGUAAACUCGUGCUUUACACCUGGUACGGUAAACUCGUGGUAUUACACCCGGUAAGGUUAACUCGUGGUAUUACACCCGGUACGGUAAACUCGUGGUGUUACACCCGGUACGGUAAACUCGUGGUAUUACACCUGAUACGGUAAACUCGUGGUAUUACACCUGGUACGGUAAACUCGUGGUGUUACACCCGGUACGGUAAACUCGUGCUGUUACACCCGGUACGGUAAACUCGUGAUGUUACACCCGGUACGGUAAACUCGUGCUGUUACACCCGGUACGGUAAACUCGUGAUGUUACACCCGGUACGGUAAACUCGUGGUAUUACACCCGGUACGGUAAACUCGUGAUGUUACACCCGGUACGGUAAACUCGUGAUGUUACACCCGGUACGGUAAACUCGUGCUGUUACACCCGGUACGGUAAACUCGUGAUGUUACACCCGGUACGGUAAACUCGUGCUGUUACACCCGGUACGGUAAACUCGUGCUGUUACACCCGGUACGGUAAACUCGUGCUGUUACACCCGGUACGGUAAACUCGUGGUAUUACACCCGGUACGGUAAACUCGUGAUGUUACACCCGGUACGGUAAACUCGUGGUAUUACACCCGGUACGGUAAACUCGUGAUGUUACACCCGGUACGGUAAACUCGUGGUAUUACACCCGGUACGGUAAACUCUUGGUAUUACACCCGGUACGGUAAACUCGUCGUGUUAUAUCCCCCUCCUCUUGACUUUCACCAUGGACUCCUUCUUGUUAAAAUAAGUUUACAUUAAAACAAUGACAAGAUAGAAAAACGAACUAAUUGAAGACCAAGAUGUAAAUGUAUUGGGAACUGUAACAACGUUAAGUUAUAGUUAUUUUUCUUUUACAAUAAAUUUGCUAUAUUUAAAAGUUUUCUUUCCUGGGCUUCAAAGCUGCAAACCUGUCAAUCACAUGAUCAAUAUCAAUAUCCUUUAGCGUAUCACUUUCAUUUGAUAUCAGAGCCAGAUCAGAAAGCCUUGGCUGUCUCAUGGUGGAUCGUAAAGAGUUCUUGAUAAGCCUUACUCUUGAAAAACUCCGCUCACAUGAAGCCACAGACUCACAGGUCGUAAGAAACAAUUGAAGAUUUGGCGAGAGUAUUUGAAGAGAUUCUAGGAAGUCCCUUUCAGCUGUGAAUUUCAAAACAUCAAAUAUUGACCAGUCCAUGGCUUUGUGAAAUUCAAUAUCAGUAAAUAUCAGCUGCCUUUGGGUGUAUUCUAGGCCUUGGUAUUUCUUUUGAAAGAUCAUCUUCUGAUAACUCAUCAUAGAAGGACACCAAUAACUUUUCUUCAAUUGCUGAUAGUAGACUCUUGGGUUGAACAGCCCCAAACAUAUCUCCUACUUCCUUUAUCGCAGAUGAUCUGAUCUGGAGUUCAGAAUAAAAACGAUCACUCCAGCAUCUCCUUACUGUUUCUUCUCGCAGAGAGAGAGUCCAGCAUCUAUUAAUUGUUCCCCUGCCAUUCUCUUCUUAAACAUUAAUCUUCUCUUUACCGAAAUUCCAUAGGGUCUGAUUUUAAAUGCGCCUUUUCAAUAGCACGUUCCACUAAGUGACAGUGCUUCUGGUGCAGAAACAAUCUUAAGGCCUCUAGGUUUCGUCACCACUUUGUCAAGCCUUUAGCCUGCAGAUAAUCCUGUGUAACAUUGACUUCCUCAAGUAGAUCAGCCUAAAAGGUAAACGUAGCUGACAAACGUGACAUCACAGACAGCAUGUCAAAGACCUUCGAGCUCAAAUAUUGAGGGGCGAUGCUAGUGACAAAAAGGCAAAAUUGUAAAUAAACACAACCAUGUUUCCGGCCACCCGCUGCUCUCGAAACACAGCAGAGUAAAUAAACACAACCAUGUUUCCGGCCACCCGCUGCUCUCGAAACACAGCAGAGUAAAUAAACACAACCAUGUUUCCGGCCACCCGCUGCUCUCGAAACACAGCAGAGUAAAUAAACGCAACCAUUUUUCCGGCCACCCGCUGCUCUCGAAACAUGGCAGAGUAAAUAAACACAACCAUUUUUCCGACAGGAUGUUACCGACUGGCUUUAUUUCUUGGCGAGUUAGUUGUCCGAGAGUUUUCUUAUGAAGCGGUCGCCCAGAUGUUAUAACAAGGUUCUUAAAUAAUGUUUGUUCCACACCGAGCCUAAUAGUUUUUGAGAAUCUUAGGGGGACGGGCAUCCUGCUGCCAAAUAGUUGGGUUUCCUGAUUAUUGUGUUCUCCGGGGUGGACAGUCCCUCCUCGCCAACCCACCCACCCCCCUUUUUUUUUCCUACGCCACUGAACUAAACGCAACUCUUACUACAAAUAGACACGAAUUGACGAAUUAUUCCAACAACAUUUAUGUCGCGGGUUUAAAUCUUAACCCAUGUCUUCAAGAUCCCCACCCCCACCCCCGACCGUGUCUGUUCCGCCUUUGACUAAUACUCUGCCUAUGACGAGGCUAUCUGCCUUGUGAAAACGGAGGUUGUAAUGUUGCCGGCAAAGCGUGCCAAAGAUGACACGGUGCAGCGUCGUGCAAACACACGACAACGGGAGAAACCCCUUCAAAGAUUUUAACCCUCCAGUAAUCGCCGGACAUUUGUGUGGCGUCGUGGCGUCUGGCGAGUUUUACCGGUGCUGGAUUCGGAAACAAAGUAUAUUCUUUACAUUUGUAUAGUAUCGAAUAAUUCAAACUCUACUCUUUCGGCUGGGUGAGGGGUUUCAAAAUGUAUCUAAAGACAAAUUUUUUUAAUACCCCCCUGGUAAAAAAUCUGUGGUUUGAAUGAAUGAAGUCAGAGUCCUAGACUACGAACAACAAUCUGUUUAUGACUGAAUAAAGUCAAGAGUCCUAGACUCGGGUCGACAAUCUUUGUAAGACUGAAUGAAGUCAGAGACCUAUACUAGGGUCAACAAUAUGUGUAUGAUUAAAUGAAGUAUCAGUCCUAUACUCUGAUCAACAAUCUGUGUAUGAAUGAAUGAAGUCAGAGUCCUAGACUGGGGUCAACAUUCUGUGUAUGAUUGAAGUCAGAGUCCUAGACUCGGGUCAACAAUCUAUGUAUGACGGAAUGAAGUCAGAGUCCUAGACUUGGGUCCACAAUCUGUGCAUGACUGAAUGAAGUCAGAGUACUAGACUUGGGUCCACAAUCUGUGCAUGACUGAAUGAAGUCAGAGUCCUAGACUUGGGUCAACAAUCUGUGCAUGACUGAAUGAAGUCAGAGUCCUAGACUUGGGUCCACAAUCUGUGCAUAACUGAAUGAAGUCAGAGUCCUAGACUUGGGUCAAAAAUAUUUGGUGUAUGACUGAAUGAAGUCAGAAUCCUAGACUCAAGUCCCUCAGAAGUAUAUUUGCCUGACAGCCUCGAUACACUUUUUAAAUCUAGUGAAGCUAAAAUCGUCAAAUCCCCUUGUUUCACUCUCCCAGCUAAGCUCAGAACAAGCGAUCCCAUAAUUGUGCCAUCGAUCUGCGGGCGACGAAAAUCAAUGAGAAUUGCGAUUGAACAAAUUGUUUGAAGUUGAAGGUAAACGUUUGUUUUCUUUGUCCUGGCUGACCUUCACGGGCUGACCUUUGCGCGAUGACCUUCACGGGCUGACCUUCACGAGCUGACCUUCGCGGGCUGACCUUCGCGGGCUGACCUUUGCAGGGCUGACCUUUGAUGGCUGACCUUUGCGGGCUGAUCUCUGGCGUGCGUGCAGGGGCGGGUCCACGGUAGAAUUGUUUAAAAUAUCUUAAGAGAGAAAUUAAUUUUUCUGUUUCACGUCAUAUGCAGGGCCAGGAAUAACACCAAGGUUCUUAAACAAUGUUUGUUCCACACUGAGCCUAAUAGUUUUUGAGCACCCUAUGGGGCGGGCAUCCAUCCUGCUGCCAAAUUGUGUUAAAAUGUUAUAUGGCUGGUCUUGUCACUUGUACAGCUGAUGUCUCUAGGCAAGUGGUUCUCAGGCUUUUUAUUACCGUGACUCCUUAAAAUCAUUUGCCCAGUUGAGGCGACCCACACCUAGGAUUAUUUCUUGAAAUGAUAAAAGGGUGUUGAGAAGUCAAGGGGGCGGAGGGUAUAUUAUAUUGACUUAUCUGACUUCUCAAUAUUUUUUUUUCAUUUAUAGGCUUAUCUUGCAUUUAUCUUGAUAUUUUUUUUUCAUAAUGAAACUUAAUCAUUUUAUACAACAACAAAAAAAACACUGUAUACAAUUCGUUGUGAAUUUUCUAACCUUUUUUUUUAAUGUUCAAAAGAAUGAAAUGUUUAAUUUUAAAUGUUUUACAGUACAAUCAACAAACAAAACUUACCGUAUGUAAGAGAAAGAUGAAAACUUAAACGUUUCGGGGGGGGGGGGGGGGGCAAAAAAAAAAAAAAAAAAAAAAAAAAAAAAAAAAAAAAAAAAAAAUCCCAUUAAUGUCAUACAAAUUAAAAGACAUUGUCAAAAAACGUGAAUCGAUUAGUUGCUGGCCUCUAUCAAAUUAAUUAUUUUUAUAGAUGUGUAGCUGUAGUACAAUCACAGUGCAAACAAUUAUAAAUUAGCGGGACUACAGAGCAUAAUUGAAAUUUUAAAUGAAAGUCAGUGGUAGCAGUUAGAUAAAAAUUUCAGAUUAUGUAUCCAAAAAGCAAAAAAAAUUAACGCAAAUGUUUGAACUUAUCCAGCGGUUCCUGGUAUUUUGUCUGGCGACCCUCGAGGGGGGUCUUGACACACAGGUUGAGAGCCACUGCUAAGCACUACACUAAAUUGUUCGUUCUAAUUUGACAAGGUCUCAUCUGACCAGUUCUCACCUGACCAGUGCUCACCUGACCAGUUCUCACCUGAUCAGUUCUCACCUGACCAGUUCUCACCUGACCAGUGCUCACCUGAUCAGUGCUCACCUGACCAGUUCUCACCUGACCAGUUCUCACCUGAUCAGUUCUCACCUGACCAGUGCUCACCUGAUCAGUGCUCACCUGACCAGUUCUCACCUGACCAGUUCUCACCUGAUCAGUUCUCACCUGAUCAGUGCUCACCUGACCAGUUCUCACCUGACCGGUUCUCACUGACCGGUUCUCACCUGACCAGUUCUCCUCUAACCGGUUCUAGCCCGAACAUGUUUACGUUUCAGCCUGCAUGUAAAACCUGCACAACACACCUGUCACGUGACUGCACAUGACACCAGUACGUUCCUCACAUUCGGUGGUGGACUCAGAGGACUAAGGGUGGGGGUGAGGGGCGUGCGAGGGGAGUGGCUCUCUUAACUUAGCAAAUAUUUCCACCCCUGCCCAACUGCCCCUCUCCCCAUGACAUGAAUUCUCGGAUACACCUCUGUUGACAUGAUCCUGUUAUUUGGCGCACAAUUACACGACAGGUUUUGCCUGUGUUUACUUGGCUCACAAUGUCAUGAAAGGUUGUGACUGUGUUUACUUGGCUCACAAUACCAUGAAAGUUUGCGACUGUGUUUACUUGGCUCACAAUAUCAUAAAAGCUUGUGACUGUGUUUUCUUGGCUCACAAUAUCAUAAAACCUUGUGACUGUGUUUAGUUGGCUCACAAUAUCAUAAAUGCUUGUGACUGUGUUUACUUGGCUCACAAUAUCAUAAAAGCUUGUGACUGUGUUUACUUGGCUCACAAUAUCAUAAAAGCUUGUGACUGUGUUUACUUGGCUCACAAUAUCAUAAAACCUUGUGACUGUGUUUACUUGGCUCACAAUAUCAUAAAACCUUGUGACUGUGUUUACUUGGCUCACAAUAUCAUAAAACCUUGUGACUGUGUUUACUUGGCUCACAAUAUCAUAAAACCUUGUGACUGUGUUUACUUGGCUCACAAUAUCAUAAAACCUUGUGACUGUGUUUACUUGGCUCACAAUAUCAUAAAAUCUUGUGACUGUGUUUACUUGGCUCACAAUACCAUGAAAGUUUGCGACUGUGUUUACUUGGCUCACAAUAUCAUAAAAGCUUGUGACUGUGUUUACUUGGCUCACAAUAUCAUAAAACCUUGUGACUGUGUUUACUUGGCUCACAAUAUCAUAAAAGCUUGUGACUGUGUUUACUUGGCUCACAAUAUCAUGAAAGUUUGCGACUGUGUUUACUUUGCUCACAAUAUCAUAAAAGCUUGUGACUGUGUUUACUUGGCUCACAAUAUCAUAAAAGCUUGUGACUGUGUUUACUUGGCUCACAAUAUCAUAAAAGCUUGUGACUGUGUUUACUUGGCUCACAAUAUCAUAAAAGCUUGUGACUGUGUUUACUUGGCUCACAAUAUCAUAAAAGCUUGUGACUGUGUUUACUUGGCUCACAAUAUCAUAAAAGCUUGUGACUGUGUUUACUUGGCUCACAAUAUCAUAAAACCUUGUGACUGUGUUUACUUGGCUCACAAUUUCAUAAAAGCUUGUGGCUGUGUUUACUUUGCUCACAGCGCUAUGAAAUAUUGAGGCUGUGUUUUUUUUGGAUAGCUGAUCGUAAACACUGGAUAUUGAAAUAUAUGUUCCAAAUCAUAAUGUACGUUGUUGUCUGAGAGGGGAUGGGGUGUACAUUGUGGUCUGACGGGGUUCACAUUGUGGUCUGAGAGGUGCACAUUGGGGUCUAAGGGGGCGUACAUUGUUGUCUGAUGGGGUUCCCAUUGAGGUCUCAGUGGCAUACAUUGCGGACUGAGUGGUGGGCAUUGUGGUCUAAGUGGAUGCAUAUUGUGGUCUGAGGGGUGUACAUUGUGGUCUGAGGGGUGUACAUUGUGGUCUGAGGGAUGUACAUUGUGGUCUGAGGGUGUACAUUGUGGUCUGAGGGUGUACAUUGUGGUCUGUGAAGUGUACUUUGCAGAAUGAAGAAUGUACGUUGGAGUGGACCAGACGGUAAUUGAUGAACAAACAGACUAGACGGUAAUUGAUGAACAAACAGACUAGACGGUAAUUUAUGAACAAACAAACUAGACGGUAAUUGAUGAACAAACAGACUAGACGGUAAUUGAUGAACAAACAGACUAGACGGUAAUUUAUGAACAAAUAAAACUAGACGGUAAUUGAUGAACAAACUGACUAGACGGUAAUUGAUGAACAAACUGACUAGACGGUAAUUGAUGAACAAACUGACUAGACGGUAAUUGAUUAACAAACUGACUAGACGGUAAUGUUUGAACAAACUGACUAGACGGUAAUGUUUGAACAAACUGACUAGACGGUAAUUGAUGAACAAACUGACCAGACGGUAACUGGUGAACAAACUGACCAGACGGUAACUGAUGAACAAACUGACUAGACGGUGACUGAUGAACAAACUGACUAGACGGUGACUGAUGAACAAACUGACCAGAGGGUAAUUGGUGAACAAUUGAUGAUUAUUUACCAAAUAUUUAUGUUGAGUAUCCUCAGUGUUAAAAUUAUUUUAAGGCAAUGUUACCUGAGGUUUACCUUUGCUGAAAGUCAUCUUGAGUGAACGUCAUCUUGACUGAAUGUCAUCUUGAGUGAAUGUCACAUUUAGAGAAUAUCACAUUGAUUGAGUGUCACCUUGACUGGAUGUCACCUUGACUGAAUGUCACAUUGUGUGAAUGUCCCAUUGUGUGAAUGUCACAUUGUGUGAAUGUCACAUUGUGUGAAUGUCACAUUGUGUGAAUGUCACCUUGAGUGAAUGCCACCUUGACUAAAUGGCACCUUUAGUGAAUGUCACCGUGGCUGAAUGUCAGAUAGAGUGAAUAUCACUUUGAGUGAAUGUCAUAUUGAAAGGAUGCCACCUGGACUGAAUGUCACGUUGAGUAAAUUUCCUCUUGACUGAAGUUCAUCUUGAAUGAAUGUCACCUUGACCUAAUGUCACCCGGAUCUCAUAAAAGUUUGCACCCCUCACAGUUACGCCAGCAUAAUUUAUGGAAUGUCUUUUUUUUUAACCUCAACGUGCCCCCCGGGGUUGUCUCCCCCUUGGCACCCCUUUAUGUUCCCCAUUUACUUUUACCAUAAAGUAAGUGAGGUUGUAACUAUGCAAUCGCCGAGGUAGCUGGAUCGUGUUGUCGCGUUGAUCAACAAUUCACAUCUCUGUCCCGUCAAUGACAGCAAUGUUUUUAAAACAUUCACGUGUCGAUACAUUAUUUUGACUUGUGAUUGACGUGGGGCGUGGCUCACAAUGGGAACAUUAUCAAGUAACUAGCAGAGGCGCCGCCUUCGCCAAUAUUUACUCUCACGGGGUGACAACUCGGCAACAUACGGACAUCCGAGAGCAGUCUGGGGAAAAUAUGCAUCCAGGUCUUCCUUUUUCUACGAGCAGCCAUAUGUCUGAAUGGGCGUUCAGUAGCAUCGCCGUGCGCCCCGCGCAGGUCCACACGGUGGUGCGUCAAUCUGCUGAAUUAUGAUGUGUAAGGUGUGUAUCGGUGAAAAUUCCUGAUGGAACGCAAACAACACGCACUGUGUCAUUAAACCUUUUCACAUCCCAGACACUUUCCUUUGACCACCCGGAUCUCCGAAUCCUGCCAUUUCCCGUAGACUGAAGUGCACAAUCUCAGGAAUACAUCCAUCAAAAAAUCCUUUCAUAACAUCCUUCAUAAUUACCGACUUCUCACCACUUAUGACAAACAACAUCGCUUUACUGCAGUAAGAAUACUUAGUUGAAGUUAAUUGGGCUGCCAACUACAGAAGUUGUUUUCCGUGGCCAAAAAGGAGCAUAAUAUUGUUGUGUCACGGUAAAUACACAAGUGUUUGAACAUUGUAGAAAAUCGUGGGUUAAUAUUGUUUAUAAGAUUUGUCCCAGACAGCCAGCCGGAUGGACAGACAGAUGGAUGAAUAUAUGGACAGACAGACAAGGCAUACAGAGUGCAGCGAGACAGCCGGACCGACAGACAGAACAAAAAGAAGACAGACUGCUGGAAGAACAGACAGACCGGACAAAAUAAGACAGGCAGACUGCUGGACGGACAUACAGACAGAGACUCCUGGAAGGACAGACAGAAAGACAGACAGACAAGAAAGACUGAAACGACCAAAAAAAUAACCUAAACAAAAUCGCGUAAAAUUAAGUUCCAACUCUCAAAUAACACGUCAUAUUUUGUAUUGACAGACUUAGUUUGUUGAUUGCAAGACAUGUUGAGUAGGACAACAUGGUAGACCAAACGUGAAUUAAUGGUUCAAGAGUUGCGAGUGUGUGGGUGAGAUGAGUUAAUUGAUCCUGACUCACUACAUCCGUAGAUGAGUUAUCUUCAAAGAAGUUUUUUUUUUCUUUGGUGUUAUUUUUUGCCACUGAAGUAGAGUGCUGAGCAGAGUUCUCGGUCCUUGGCCAGGUUAUGUAAUCGCUUCCCUGAUUUGUUGGUCACAUGUCGUAACCUAUCAUCACUGGAGCAAUUACUCGGAAAGGGGGGGGGGGACUGUUAACAUCGAGUUCAUGAGCCGGGGGAUUGAAUUAUUCCAGGCUCUGAAAUCGAUUACGCCAUUCCUGAUAACAGUGUGUAACACGACCGAGAACUCGCGUGCUUCUUUGUGAGUUAACUCCCACUUUGUCGUUGGCAUCGUGUCACGGUAUCGCCGACAAGUAGGCCUUGUUUCCAUGUAAUCGAUACUCUGGGGCGUGGUGGGGUGGUGGGGGUGUACACAUAAAGGUGACGCUAUUGAUUUGUGAUGUGAUUAAUAGAGCUCGGAUUGUUGUUUAUACAGAUGUUUGAUUGGACAUAAACUGACAGCGGUGUGGACAUUUGACAGUUCAAAGUAAGGAGCCGUCGCUAGCAGAGGUCAGAGGUCGCUGCAUAGUGGUGUUAUUCAAGCUGGAGCGGUCAGUUUAAUUAUUGACCGUGUUUCUUUGAUUGUUGUAGCCCCCGGGGGGGGGGGGAUAUUUUUGUUUGAUGACGUCAAGACUUCCAUGAUGUCAAAGAAAACAACAACAACAAAAAAGGGAGAUGAUCAACGUGUUAGUUUACCUGACGCCGGCGAUCCUCUUUCCGGGAAUAUCCCGUGUCUUCAAACUGCAAGCAGCCGCUACGGUCUGUCAUAACAUGCAUGCAUCAUUAAGUAUAAACAUAUUAUAGAUUUUACACACUUGAAGAUCAUUGAGUGUGCAAACCUUUAAACUAAUAACAAAACAAUUCUCUGCAAACAAUUAUGCUGAUUUAUGUGAAAUAAUUUAUUCUAUCUGACAAGAAUUGAAUAAUGAUAAUGUAUCAUCAUCAUCAUCUGUGAUUAUUUAUAGUUUGUUCUGAUAAUGUUUUAAAACUAUUAUUGAUUUCGAAUGACCUUUUUUUUUUAAAUCACGAAAUGGAUCUCAUCGAAGUUUAACUUUAUUGUAUAUUUAUUUUUACCUUACAUUUCUAUUCCUCUUGGUGACUUGAUGGGGAGCAGGAUCUAUUUGCCCCCCUCCCUGACUGUUUGAGCAUGGGGUGAGUGCCCCCCACUAGCCCUUCUCAAGGCCCAGGUUUGUUGAAUUACUAUGGGGCCCUAGUGUCCAGGGCCUCCUAUGUUGUUAAGAUGGCCCUGACAACUAACACUAACCAUAUGACACAACUAACCAUAACACUAACAAUACGACACAACUAACCAUAACACUAACAAUACGACACAACUAACCAUAAAACUAACAAUACGACACAACUAACCAUAACACUAACAAUACGACACAACUAACCAUAACACUAACAAUACGACACAACUAACCAUAACAAUACGACACAACUAACCAUAACAAUACGACACAACUAACCCUAACACUAACCAUAUGACACAACUAACCAUAACACUAACAAUACGACACAACUAACCAUAACACUAACAAUACGACACAACUAACCAUAACACUAACAAUACGACACAACUAACCAUAACACUAACAAUACGACACAACUAACCAUAACACUAACAAUACGAAACAACUAACCAUAACACUAACAAUACGACACAACUAACCAUAACACUAACAAUACGACACAACUAACCAUAACACUAACAAUACGACACAACUAACCAUAACACUAACAAUACGACACAACUAACCCUAACACUAACAAUACGACACAACUAACCAUAACACUAACAAUACGACACAACUAACCAUAACAAUACGACACAACUAACCCUAACACUAACCAUAUGACACAACUAACCAUAACACUAACCAUAUGACACAACUAACCAUACACUAACAAUACGACACAACUAACCAUAACACUAACAAUACGACACAACUAACCCUAACACUAACCAUACGACAAGAUUAAGCGAUGCGUUAAGAAUUUACUACGUCCCAUUAAACAGAACCGUUUUCCCUGUGUAAUUAGGGGCGUGGAUUACAUAAUUGAUUACAUAAUUGAUUACAUAAUUAAAUGCUAACAAAGACAUCGUCAACGGGACACUAAUUCGCAUUCAAACAAGAUCUUAUUUGUAUGAUCACCUGUCACAGAUGUUUGACUUCACGAUAUGUGAUUGCGCUUUCACCUUUAAGUUUAAGGCUCAUCAAACACUAAUUACGCCACGGUAUGUUUGGAACACCCCAACUAGCUGGUGUCACUAAGUUCCUAUCCCCAAUGGUAUGUUGCUAGCUUUAAACCAUCACAGCCGGGCCCGAAGAAACAGGGUGACGUAGGGAGCCGAACAAAUAAGGCGACAUAGGGCCCCGGUGAAACGAUGUGAUGUAGGGCCCCGGUGAAACGAUGUGACCUAGGGCCCCGGUGAAACGAUGUGACGUAGGGGCCCGGUGAAACGAUCUGACGUAGGGCCCCGUUGAAACAAUGUGACGUAAGGUCCCGGUGAAACGAUGUGACGUAGGGCCCCGGUGAAACGAUGUGACGUAGGGGCCCGGUGAAACGAUGUGACGUAGGGGCCCGGUGAAACGAUGUGACGUAGGGGCCCGGUGAAACGAUGUGACGUAGGGGCCCGGUGAAACGAUGUGACGUAGGGCCCCGGUGAAACGAUGUGACGUAGGGCCCCGGUGAAACGAUGUGACGUAGGGCCCCGGUGAAACGAUGUGACGUAGGGGCCCGGUGAAACGAUGCGACUUAGGAGCCAAGUGAAACGAUGUGACUUAGGGGCCCGGUGAAACGAUGUGACAUAGGGGCCCGAUCAAACGAUGUGACUUAGGGGCCCGGUGAAACGAUGUGACGUAAGGGCCCGGUGAAACGAUGUGACGUAGGGGCCGAAGGAACAAGGGGUCGGUCCACCCUGGGAGACUGAUACUUUUGGUUUGCGGCACUUUCGGUCCACUUCAUAGACUUUAUAUAGCGUUUCGUUUUUUCUCUUGUAUUCUGGAUGUGUUGUGAUUUCCGUUAUUUAGGGGAGACGAAGUCAGGUACCGCCCCGGGUGUCACAAACUCUAGCUACGUCACUGAUCACAGGGACCGCCCCAGGUGUCACAAACUCUUGCUACGUCACCGAUCAUAGGUACCGCCCCGGGUGUCACAAACUCUAGCUACUUCACUGAUCACACGCCCCUUUCAUUAAUCACUUAAAGAGAUGGGGCACAACGGUCCAUUGGUGUUUUGUCUGUUUUUACCACCAUGAAAAGAUUCGGUACUGCGAUACCAAUGAAAAGAUUCGGUAUUGCGAUAACAAUGAAAAGAUUCGGUAGUGCGAUACCAAUGAAAAGAUUUGGUACUGCGAUACCAAUGAAAAGAUUCGGUAGUGCGAUACCAAUGAAAAGAUUCGAUCCUGCGAAAUUUUCUUCUUUUUUUUCCUGUCGCCAAACGACAACCGACUUUUAAAAAAAAUAGUUUUCCAUUGAUUUCCUAUCCUUAUUUUUUAAAACGUAAUUUCCCUUUUGUAAUAAUAAAAAAAUCAAUACUUUUUAUAUCUCUUGUGCCAUGCGUCCUUCUCGCCAAGUCCUCGCUAAAUGUCAACCGGAGAAGUCGACAUGUUGUCAGUUUGUCAACCUACGUAAUAUGUUGUGUGCCAAUCAAUCUAAUGUUAGCAGCUGGUGGAUUUAACGACAUCAACCAAAUCGAACGUAACUAUGCAGAUGACCGGUCUAUUGGGACUCAACAGUUGUGAUCAGGGCUUCUCAAGCGGGAUCCCGAGAUUAUUAAUACCAUGGGCAGCAAACUUUUAAGAGAUGUCACAGUAUGACCUCUGGCACCGGAAAAAGGGAAGAGGGGGGGGGGGAUUUAAAAGGAUAAUUGUGAUAAUUGUGAUAAUUUUCCCUCUCUCUCUCUCUCUCGUGUAAUUUGUUAUUUAUGUGUGUGUGUUGGGAAAGGGUUGGGGGGGGGCGGGGGGGGGGGGGGAGGUCUCUAUUUUUGGUACAAUUUUUUAAGAGGGGGGGGGGGAUUUAAAAGGAUAAUUGUGAUAAUUGUGAUAAUUUUCCCUCUCUCUCUCUCUCUCGUGUAAUUUGUUAUUUAUGUGUGUGUGUUGGGAAAGGGUUGGGGGGGGGCGGGGAGGGGGGAGGAGGUCUCUAUUUUUGGUACAAUUUAUUUUCCCAGUUCAUGGAAUAUCCAAGUUCAUAACCGACGACUCCACCUUUCAAUAAGCUACAACAGCGCCACCUUUAAAUAACCUACAACAGCGCCACCUUUAAAUAACCUACAACAGCGGCACCUUUAAAUAACCUACAACAGCGGCACCUUUAAAUAACCUACAACAGCGCCACCUUUAAAUAACCUACAACAGCGGCACCUUUAAAUAACCUACAACAGCGGCACCUUUCAAUAAGUUACAAUGUUUAACCGAUUCGUUUGUCCUACGAGAACGUGGUUCUAAUAUUCAUUUAACUCGAUCACGUGACCCGUUUACCUGUCUCAGCUCACCUUAUCGUUCAUUUGUACACGUCACUGAUAAAAAAAAUUCACUGAGGUUUUUUUUUUUUUUUUUUAAUCGGCAUUAAGGUUGGGUGUAAAAAUCAAUAAUUACCCAUGCCGGCCAUGAUAUGUCAAUUUUUUUAAUUAUUUUGUUUUACCCGUUUACCUGUCUCAGCUCACCUUAUCGUUCAUUUGUACACGUCACUGAUAAAAAAAAUUCACUGAGGUUUUUUUUUUUUUUUUAAUCGGCAUUAAGGUUGGGUGUAAAAAUCAAUAAUUACCCAUGCCGGCCAUGAUAUGUCAAUUUUUUUAAUUAUUUUGUUUCGUUUACUGGAGAGAUAGUUCAUCAAAGAACAUGCUAUCUUGUCAUUUAAUUUUCAAAAUGGCUCUUUCGAUAGAAGUUUGCAAACAUUCUAAUAUUUUGGUUAUACUAUGUGUUGUAUCAAUCUAAAAAUAAAACAUUUAGGUCAUAUCUUCUUAUCUGAUGUUUUCCCAUUGGUUCACUCCAUGCUUUGGCCUUUUUUUUCUCGUUAGAUCGUUAUUUCUCUUUUUUUCCCCGUUAGGUUUUUUCUUUGAGCGAUUUCAAUCUGAUCUGGAUUAACAUUUAUUGAUUCGUUGCUUUUAGAUUCGUGUUUUAACACUCCCAUUUAAACUCCUACUAUUUAUAGAACUGCUAAGCGGCGUAACUCGGUAAGCGUAGUGUUUCUCCACUUCCGGAAACUAGCUGCUAUAGCGCCCUCAUUGGGGUCCAUAAAAUCGGAUCGCGUUAAUUUCGAGGUCGCUUUAAUGCGGGGGUUUUCUAUACUCCGAGGAGUAAUUUUUUUUUUUUAUUGUUCGUCCGUCGAGGAUCGACGAGGACCAUCGAGUCGUCUGGUGACUGAUGACUUGCGCGGGUGACUUUGUUUUAAAGUGAAGAAGAGUUGCGCGGCGUCUACCUCACUCUCUCGUCCGAGCCCACCAGAUCCAGUGGCAAGACUCUACGUCAAGACGACCAGGGAUGGGUUCAGUUGCAGGAAUUGUCAUUGCAUGCGCCUUACGGGACUCCAACUCCUGGUUUGAAUUCAGAGUUUCCUUCUCUUAGAUGAGUUUCUGACCAAGGUUAUCGAGUCUCAUCCACCCGGGGUGAUGUUUUUGCUUGACCGGCCUUUGGCUGGACUUGAACGCCAGCCCACCAACUUGAGGUUUGCUCAGUUUAGACUAUUUGGCCACCCAGUCACCCCCAAGGAAUAAAUAGGAAGAUAUGAUAUGUCGUUUUUUAACUGAAUUUAAAAUCAGUUGAGGGGCUGGUUGUGAAAUUAUAUUGGGUUUUAAAAGGAAUAAAUUAUGUUUUUACACAUUUUUUAAAAAUUGCUUGUUCAAAAAAAAAAUAUGUGCGAUAGAACACGUUACACUUUGGGGAGCUAUGUUACGACCACGUUAGAUCGGCAUUGGUGCUAUGGCGUUACCGCACUUGUUACCGCACUUGUUACCGCACUUGUUACCACGGGGUGACAUUGUAUUUUCUAACUGACAUGAAAAUAGGGCCACUUGUUAAAAAAAACAGAACAUUGUUGUAGGUAAAGCCUAGAAAUAAUAAUUACUCAUUGACCACGGGCAGAAAGGUGAAAUAAGUCAUUUAAAACUUGUCCCUCUAUUUGAUCUACGGCUCUAAAUAGAGGCCUAUCGUUUUAUUGGAGAACCUCUUAUAAAUAAUUGUUGCUUGUGGUUCGUCCUGCUACCUCUUCAAAAUUGCCCUCAAUCCCAAUCUUCACAUGUUUUAUAGUAAAAGUACUGAGUAAAUAAAGGAUGUCACGUGGUGAGCUUCAUUCGUGACGUCUGAACGCUGGCAAAUAGGUUGAUUAUUUUUUUCUUUAGAAAGGAAUGGAAUUUUUAAUGUCCCUGGUUUUUUCCACAUUUUUGUUCUUGGGUUGCACACCACACAGAAGUGGAUCAUGAGGCCGUCCUUUCACUUCAGGCAUGUGUGAGCCAGUGAGUUGUUGUUUUUUUUCCGCAGCCUGGUACAGGAAGGUAUUGCUAUUUUCGUUAUGCUGCGACUGUUGUUUCGUAAGUCUUUGUUAUUAAAUAAACGACCAGCAUCUUCUCUGUCGACGGUUUUUUUUUGUACAACGUCAUCUCUGUUCAGGGAUCUUGGAUUCUUCCAAUCAGCGGGUUAUUUCUUGAAACCAGAAGGUUGACGAAGGCAAUGCCCUCUCACUAAGACACAGGGACGUGGAUUUCCUUGCAUAUUAUAGAAAAUGAGAAGUUGGCUCUUUUUAAAUUUUUUUUUUAUUAGCUUUUGGAUCCGCCGGAUAUUAGCUCAAAAUUCUAUUGGGUCCAUUGAUCCUUUGGUCUUCAUAGGUCUCCGCUCUUUUUGGGAUAGUUUGUUUCUUGCGUCACUGUUUGUCUACGGUAUUUCAUGUUCAUGUGCCUCCGUAUAAACGAUUCGUUCUUUAUUUUGUAUUUAAUAUUUGGACGUAAGACUUGUCCAACGGAUAGCGUGCCAUUAAUAUUAUUUCUGUAUCCAUCACUGGAUAUGAUAUGAUCAUUUCAAUUAGACCAGUGGUUCUAAAAGUGUGGUCAGAAAUAUACACAGGAUAUAGGAAAACCUGAAAAAGGACACAAUACCAAAAAAACACCAAAAAAAACUGUGUUCUUCUUCAAGGUUGUCCUGGACCCUGUGUAUAUUUCUUAUUGCUUCAACCUUAUUGCAGUCCGACCCGUAUUUGUCUUUAAACCUGUGGUCCACGGAAACCAUGGAGGUAAGUGGGGGGGGGGGAGGGGGGGCGCCUUGUGAUAAGAUGUCAGUGGUACCGUGAGCUGCAUUUUUUCUUUGUAGUAAAUUUUUAUUUUUACUUCAUAUAACUGGCAAGGGGGUCAAACGAACUAAAAUUGUUUAAGAACCCCUGAUUUAGACUGCUGGCAUUUUUUGUUUCUGCUUCCUCGAAAUAUUUUAUAACUUUCUAUCGCCAGUUUUGGGUGAAUGAAUUUGUGAAUAAACACGUGGCCAGACCUUUAGCUAGGCGUUGAUUGGUCAUCAUCACACGUGCCCAAAACAAACACGCUAACAAAAUAAUUCACUCUUAGGGAACGCUUCAAAGUCGACGUCUGCUUUACAAACAUACACACAAAUUAAAGGCCUAACGUUUUUAGAAGAAAAAAAAUUAUUACGAUGCAAUCAACUUUAAAAUGAGCUUCAGGAACUUCCUAUGAUAAAUACUUUUGCUUACUCAUUUCAGCCAAAUGUCCAUUCUCUUUGGAUAAAUCCAUCCAUCCCUGUGGCGUUACAGCUAAUGUGGGGCUUUCGCCUGACCCACUACUUCCUUCCACUCAGGCCUAACUAAUGCUUUUCUUUUCCAUGCUUGGAUUACAAGCUGCUGAGGAUCUUUUUCCAUAUCCUCCAUCCAUCUGAGCCUAGAUUUGCCCUUUUCCUCUGGUGCUUUGGUGUUGUACCCUAUUCACUCCUAUGUCAUUCUCUCUAAGCCCCCUGCCCAGCGCGUAGCAGAACCUUACUUUUUUAAAACUGUAACUAGCGUGGGAUCCUGAUAUAGAAUGUACAAGAAGUACUACAAUUCCUGGUUGGUUCGUAUUCUCCAUCCAAAUUCACCCUAUUUUUUGGUCCAUAUAUAUCUUUGGAUAAAUUCUCUCGACAGUGGAAUACUUUUUGGAUAAAGAUAAUAAAAAAAAACCGAACCAACAUCAAAACGCGUAGUUGCCUAUAACUUGUUGGAUUUUUUUGUUCAAAUUUUAAUUUUCUAUAAUUAUAUUUUAAUACCAUUAAAAUAAGUCAUCAUUUUACAUCCAUCAAACAUAAGCAAGAAUGUCUAAACGAAACAUUAUCAACAGAUUUCCACGUUUGUACUACGUCUGAAUAUCAUGCUCUAGUAGUCUGGCUAGAUUCCGGUCUAGCUUUAAAACCAGUCUAAAAUGUGCGUGUUUUCUUAGAAUGGAUCGGGAAAUCCCUCAGUCACGAGUCAUUCUGUGAUUAUACCCAACGAUCACAAUGGAGGUCAACCUAACAUUAACUUAAGGAGGACUGCGCAAUCCUCUAAACCAAAAAUUGUUAACGCCAUCACACUAGAAAAAGGCACGCGCCUUAUGUUCAUGGUGACAGCUGAGGGCGUUUCGGUGAACUGAUCCACACCCAGUAUAUCAAUUAUGAGCUCGCCGGCGCUUAUGAAGGCGGCGGCGCGCGGUAGAGGGCGUGGUCAGGCCAUGCCCCAAAGGGCCAACAACUCGACCUCUAACAUGAUGACUGUCUUGUCUCGCAUCAAGGUGGACAUUCCCCUGAACUCCGGACGAGGUGGAAAAUGGGGUCGCAGACGACCGGGCUCCACGAGGUACAGCUUCAUGUCCAACGCAUCACAGGAUUCUGAGGGAUCUAAGCCUGCGGUGAGUCUGUCUGUUAGUAUGUCUGUUAGUCUGUCAUAUUACAUCACCAGAUUCUGAGGGAUCUUAGCCAGCGGUGAGUCUGUUAGUCUGUCAUAUUAAGUCACAUGAUGGAAUACAUGUGUGGAUCAAAGCAAGUCUUGAACUAUUCAUGUUCGUAAAUUAGUACAAUGUGUACUUUGCUAAUUGGUAUUAAGUUUUUCAUUAGUUUGUGUGCAUGUUGUCACAAUGGUGGAAUUUUAUGUACAAAUUCUUUGUAUAAUAUAUAUAUAUAUAUAUAUAUAUAUGUAUCUAUUCAGGUGUAUAUUGAAUAUCAAUUGUAUAAUUAUUUUUUUUAUUCGGAACGUAUAAAGUCAAUAAAUAUACUUCUUAAUUGAUUGGGUUAAUUAAGGGAAUUAAAGGACAUUUGGAACAAGCAUGAGUCCAGUACUAUAGAACCUGACUCGGCUAUGGGUACUGUUCAACGUGGUAUUGUCCUAUGUGGUACUGUCCUACAUGGUGCUGUCCUACAUGGUACCGUCCUACAUGGUACCGUCCUACGUGAUACUGUCUUAUGGGAGAACGGUCUUAAAUGGUACUGAAACUAAAACGAGUUGCAGCCUAUACAUUAUUUCUUUUCAAAUAAUAGAACUGUGUUUACUGGAGCGUCUCACAAUGAACAUAUUGGGCUAUCUGUACACCCUUCCAUUUGGAAAUACUUGGCGUUGAAGGGGUUGUACCGUUUUGUGACUCGCUCAUUACAGAUAGGUCCACACUUACUUAGCCCAGUACGGGAAAAAAUCACACCAUUUAAUGGUAAUCUUUCAGAAAUUGAUGUUUCGACCAGUGGCAUGCAUCUGUUACACUACGUCAUGCAUCUGUUACACUACGUCAUACGUCAUGCAUCUGUUACACUGCAGCCGAGGAAAAGUAUUUCCCAUUAAAUCUGCUUGCUCUCGGUUUAGUAAUUGCCGUUUCUUCUUACUGUGAAUUUAUGUCAAUAUUUCAAAAAACCAAAUGAUUGUAAAAUCUAUUUCAGCGUUUUAUUCCAGUUGCUCAAAGUCACAGCCGUUUUAUUUAGUGGAUGGGUAGGGCGGUGGAUCCCACCCUCCCCUUCUUUUGGGUGGGUAGGGCGGUGGAUCCCACCCUCCCCUUCUAGUGGGUGGGUAGGGCGGUGGCUCCCACCCUCCCCUUCUAGUGGAUGGGUAGGGCGGUGGAUCCCACCCUCCCCUUCUAGUGGGUGGGUAGGGCGGUGGAUCCCACCCUCCCCUUCUAGUGGGUGGGUAGGGCGGUGGAUCCCACCCUCCCCUUCUAGUGGGUGGGUAGGGCGGUGGAUCCCACCCUCCCCUUCUAGUGGGUGGGUAGGGUGGUGGAUCCCACCCUCCCCUUCUAGUGGGUGGGUAGGGCAGUGGAUCCCACCCUCCCCUUCUAGUGGGAGGGUAGGGCGGUGGAUCCCACCCUCCCCUUCUAGUGGGUGGGUAGGGCGGUGGAUCCCACCCUCCCCUUCUAGUGGGUGGUAGGGCGGUGGAUCCCACCCUCCCCUUCUAGUGGGUGGGUAGGGCGGUGGAUCCCACCCUCCCCUUCUAGUGGGUGGGUAGGGCGGUGGAUCCCACCCUCCCCUUCUAAUGGGUGGGUAGGGCGGUGGAUCCCACCCUCCCCUUCUAGUGGGUGGGUAGGGCGGUGGAUCCCACCCUCCCCUUCUAGUGGGUGGGUAGGGCGGUGGAUCCCACCCUCCCCUUCUAGUGGGUGGGUAGGGCGGUGGAUCCCACCCUCCCCUUCUAGUGGGUGGGUAGGGCGGUGGAUCCCACCCUCCCCUUCUAGUGGGUGGGUAGGGUGGUGGAUCCCACCCUCCCCUUCUAGUGGGAGGGUAGGGCGGUGGAUCCCACCCUCCCCUUCUAGUGGGUGGGUAGGGCGGUGGAUCCCACCCUCCCCUUCUUUUGGGUGGGUAGGGCGGUGGAUCCCACCCUCCCCUUCUAGUCGGUGGGUAGGGCGGUGGAUCCCACCCUCCCCUUCUAGUCGGUGGGUAGGGCGGUGGAUCCCACCCUCCCCUUCUAGUUGGUGGGUAGGGCGGUGGAUCCCACCCUCCCCUUCUAGUGGGUGGGUAGGGCGGUGGAUCCCACCCUCCCCUUCUAGUGGGUGGGUAGGGCUGUGGAUCCCACCCUCCCCUUCUUUUCACCCUCCCAAACCUGCCUAUCAUUUGAAAAAUACUAAAUCUGAAUAUGAUCAGUUUGUUCUCUAUAAAUUAGAUUUUACAUAGGUUACUUAUUGCCCCCCCCCCCCAAGCCCUCUCCCUUUUCUUCUCGGAAAAGAUGAAAUCGUGACUAGUUUGAAUAGCUCAAGAACUUAUAGUAAGUUAUAGUACAAGGAAUUUUUGACAAGCUAUAAGUUUUUUAUGAUGGUAUUAGUAGGAGUACUUAGUAUUUGGAGUACUAGGAGUAGGAGCUCACUAGUUUAAACUAAGCUUUUUGGUUGGUGAUAAUCCUAAUUAUUAAAUUAUGUUAAUAACUAAUUGAAAACGAAAGAUUUUAACAGUAAUGUCAGUAUUGGAUUCAAUUAUCAAUGCCUACAAAAGAAAUUCUUCUAAUUCUCCAAACUCGUAUUUAGCUGUGCCUGUUUGUUACAUUCAUUGUGGUUGUUACAUUCAUUGUGUAUGUUACAUUCAUUGUUUAUGUUACAUUCAUUGUGAAUGUUACAUUCAUUGUGUAUGUUACAUUCAUUGUGUAUGUUACAUUCAUUGUGUGUGUUACAUUCUUUGUGUAUGUUACAUUCAUUGUGUAUGUUACAUUCAUUGUGUAUGUUACAUUCAUUGUGUAUGUUACAUUCAUUGUGUAUUUUACAUUCAUUGUGUUUGUUACAUUCAUUGUGUAUGUUACAUUCAUUGUGUUUGUUACAUUCAUUGUGUAUGUUACAUUCAUUGUGUAUGUUACAUUCAUUGCGUAUGUUACAUUCAUUGUGUAUGUUACAUUCAUUGUGUAUGUUACAUUCUUUGUGUAUGUUACAUUCAUUGUGUAUGUUACAUUCAUUGUGUAUGUUACAUUCAUUGUGUAUGUUACAUUCAUUGUGUGUUACAUUCAUUGUGUAUGCUACAUUCAUUGUGUAUGCUAUAUUCAUUGUGUGCGCUACAUUCAUUGUGUGCGCUACAUUCAUUGUGUGUGCUACAUUCAUUGUGUAUGCUACAUUCAUUGUGUAUGCUACAUUCAUUGUGUAUGUUACAUUCAGUGUUCAUGUUACAUUCAGUGUUCAUGUUACAUUCAGUGUGCAUGUUACAUUCAGUGUGCAUGUUACAUUCAGUGUGCAAGUUACAUUCAGUGUGCAUGUUGCAUUCAGUGUGCAUGUUGCAUUCAGUGUGCAUGUUGCAUUCAGUGUGCAUGUUGCAUUCAGUGUGCAUGUUGCAUUCAGUGUGCAUGUUGCAUUCAUUGUGGAUGUUGCAUUCAUUGUGGAUGUUGCAUUCAUUGUGGAUGUUGCAUUCAUUGUGGAUGUUGCAUUCAUUGUGGAUGUUGCAUUCAUUGUGGAUGUUGCAUUCAUUGUGGAUGUUGCAUUCAUUGUGCAUGUUGCAUUCAUUGUGCAUGUUGCAUUCAUUGUGCAUGUUGCAUUCAUUGUGCAUGUUGUAUUCAGUGUGCAUGUUGCAUUCAGUGUGCAUGUUGCAUUCAGUGUGCAUGUUGCAUUCAGUGUGCAUGUUGCAUUCAGUGUGUAUGUUGCAUUCAGUGUGCAUGUUGCAUUCAGUGUGCAUGUUGCAUUCGUUGUGCAUGUUGCAUUCGUUGUGCAUGUUGCAUUCGUUGUGCAUUCAAACCUUGUUGACCAUGUCAAAUCCCAUUGAGUAUAAGCCUUUAAGUUUCACGCCCACCACAGUGUAGGAGUAAUUUUUUUACAACUUAGUCGCAGAAACGACAUUUCAGGUUUUUUUCGGGGUUUGGAGAAAAGGGGGGGGGUGGGGGGGGGUGGAGCCACACACACCAAAACUUGUCCGGCUUGUCCGUUCAGUUGUUUAUUACUUGAUACGCCACAGCACAUGGCAAUUUAAAUAAAACCUGCAAAUUCAAGGGGGGGGGGUAGAAAAUGCCCCCAGCCUUACCCAAAUGACGUCCCUGCUUGAAUGGCAACCCAUCUACUUGAAGGCGAACUCUGAAUUCAAACCCGCCAAUCAGUGACGUGGACAGCAUGAAGAGCACAGUCAGACACCAACAUAAAGAGACACAGUGAGACACAAACAUAAAGAGACACAGACACAACCGAUAAGGAGCACAGUGUGACACAAACAUAAAGAGCUCAGUGAGACACAAACAUAAAGAGACACAGUGGCACACAGGAAACACUGCUCGUCACCCAUUGCGCCCUCAUCCUGCCAUUGGAUCAAAAUAGACAAUGACGAGAGAGUGAGGCUGCCGAACGGCGCAAUCCUCCCUCACCUUAAAGUUAAACAAAAUACAGCUCAGGUCAAGACUACUACUUCCAGUCGAAUAGAGUGCCUAUGGCACGUGCUCAUGCGAACCCUCACCUUAAAGUUAAACAAAAUACAGCUCAGGUCAAGACUACUACUUCCAGUCGAAUAGAGUGCCUAUGGCACGUGCUCAUGCGAACCCUCACCUUAAAGUUAAACAAAAUACAGCUCAGGUCAAGACUACUACUUCCAGUCGAAUAGAGUGCCUAUGGCACGUGCUCAUGCGAACCCUCACCUUAAAGUUAAACAAAAUACAGCUCAGGUCAAGACUACUACUUCCAGUCGAAUAGAGUGCCUAUGGCACGUGCUCAUGCGAACCCUCACCUUAAAGUUAAACAAAAUACAGCUCAGGUCAAGACUACUACUUCCAGUCGAAUAGAGUGCCUAUGGCACGUGCUCAUGCGAACCCUCACCUUAAAGUUAAACAAAAUACAGCUCAGGUCAAGACUACUACUUCCAGUCGAAUAGAGUGCCUAUGGCACGUGCUCAUGCGAACCCUCACCUUAAAGUUAAACAAAAUACAGCUCAGGUCAAGACUACUACUUCCAGUCGAAUAGAGUGCCUAUGGCACGUGCUCAUGCGAACCCUCACCUUAAAGUUAAACAAAAUACAGCUCAGGUCAAGACUACUACUUCCAGUCGAAUAGAGUGCCUAUGGCACGUGCUCAUGCGAACCCUCACCUUAAAGUUAAACAAAAUACAGCUCAGGUCAAGACUACUACUUCCAGUCGAAUAGAGUGCCUAUGGCACGUGCUCAUGCGAACCCUCACCUUAAAGUUAAACAAAAUACAGCUCAGGUCAAGACUACUACUUCCAGUCGAAUAGAGUGCCUAUGGCACGUGCUCAUGCGAACCCUCACCUUAAAGUUAAACAAAAUACAGCUCAGGUCAAGACUACUACUUCCAGUCGAAUAGAGUGCCUAUGGCACGUGCUCAUGCGAACCCUCACCUUAAAGUUAAACAAAAUACAGCUCAGGUCAAGACUACUACUUCCAGUCGAAUAGAGUGCCUAUGGCACGUGCUCAUGCGAACCCUCACCUUAAAGUUAAACAAAAUACAGCUCAAGUCAAGACUACUACUUCCAGUCGAAUAGAGUGCCUAUGGCAUGUGCUCAAUGCGAAGAACGAUCAAUAUUAAUAAUAAAUAAUAAUAAAAAAUACUACAAGUUUUGGCUUAUCUUCAGAUGCAAACAUUUCAGGGAAUCCAAGAAGAUCUCAGACGAUCUGAACCUACUACCCCCUCCCCCCCCCCCCCAAUCCCACACUCUCAACCAAUACCAAAUGUUUCUGAGCCACAAUGGGGGCUAUUUAUUGACAAUUUAAUAUGACGUAAGAGUUUAGAACAUUGAUGACUGAUUCUAUUUUCAGUUUGUUGACAUCGAAGAAGAGUUCCUCCACGCUGCCGAGUUCGGUGACAUCCCGAACGUGAAAAGGAUCUUAGCCAACUAUGCAGAUCUCAACAUUGACUGCAUUGAUGCCUUGGGUCGGACAGCCCUCAGACUUGCGGUCAAAAAUGAACAUCUUGAGGUAACUAAAACUUCGUUCUUUUUUUUGUUUUGUACCCUUGAACCAUUAAAUAUCCUCGAAGUGUCUACAUCUUAGUAAUAAUCUUAGUAAAAUAACUUGAUCAAUAUCCAAACGUCAGUUCGUCGUCUCUUUCAACUCUGAGAGAUUGUGUGCCGAUGUCAUGGUGACCUCUAAGAGUAAGAGUUACAAUCACAGUCUACCACUGUCCGUAACUACUGUCCGAAGUAGGGAUAUAAAAAUUUAAUCUGUCAGUUUCAUUUAAUACAUAAUUCAUAGUUUUUUUUUAUUUUAAUUAUUGACUUUUCUAGUAUCCUCAACUCAACUUUUUUUUUUUUUAAUUAGUCGAAUACAAGCAUGGUAUAUUGGUAUUCGCGAGACUCACACUUCACAUUAAACGGUUGUUACACAAUUAAGAUUAUGUAAAGAAAAAAUUAAACAGCCCCUAGGCCUAUAUAUCCUUUAUAAAAAUUUGAUAUCGAGCCAUUGGGGGGGGGGGGGUUUGAUGAAAAUUUGACCAAACAUGCCUACAAGUUAAGCACUUUUUUACGAAUCACAAUGACCGCUCCAUCCCGCCACCCCCAGGCUCACAACCGCACUUUUUUGGGGGGGGGGGGGGGGUUUGAUGAAAAUUUGACCAAACAUGCAUACAAGUUAAGCACUUUAUUACGAAUCCCAAUGACCGCUCCAUCCCGCCACCCCCAGGCUCACAACCGCACUUUUUUCCACGCCCCUGAACCAUAAUAAUAUUCGAAUGACCCACCCGCUUUGACACUUAUUUACAGUUGCACAGAUGCCAGUAUAUGUAUGCAGCAACGAACACUACCAGAGAACUACUACCAGAACUGGAGUUUUAUUUCAUCAACUAAUUUAGAGAAACAAAAGAAAAUACUACGAAACAAACGCCAUUCCCAUAUUUUUUUUAAGCAGUUAUCGGGAAUUUUAUUUCGUGAAAGCAGUGUCAUUAUAUUUCCUUAUCUUCCCCGUGAAACACGGGAAAAACUGAUUUUGGGUGUUGGUGUUGAAAAUUUGAUAGAAUGUCUUAUCUGUCAUCAGCAACAAGACUUUGUGAUUUCAGCUCGAUAGAUUGGCGGGAAGUAGGUCAAUUAGCCGUCCGAAGAUUUGGCCACGAACAAUGGCGAAGUUAAUAUAUACAAUUUUUUAAAUAAAAUAAAUGUUUAUUUCAAAUGUUUCAAACGGCCAUAUGGUAGCCUGUUUACAAUUUAUUUAUUCUAAACGAUAGGCCUACCGGUAGUUUCAUUAAACAACUCUAAGGUGGAGUUAUUGUUCAUGUGUCGCAGGUGGUGGAAGUCCUCUUGGAGAAAUCCAAUCAACAUCACAUCUAUGAGGCUGUCCUCCAGGCCAUUAGUGCGGGACACACACAGAUUGCAGAGACCAUCCUCAAGCACAGGAGAUACCUGGAGAUGUGGAAAGAGAGAAGAAAACUGGGUGACACAGGUUGGCUGGAAAACGUAUAUUGUGGGCUGACUAAGGGCGGGACUUGCAAUCUAUUUAAAUGGGCUUCUUUUCUUAUUUCCCUUGACUUGUUCUUUUCAAGCGGUGGUGUAUUUUUUAAUCUUCCUAUCCAAAAUUAAACGACACAAACAUAAUUUUUUUUUAAGUCGUUAUAAAUAUUUCACUCUUUAAUUCAUUUUAAUUUAAGCCUGUUAUUUUAAUAAACCAGAAAUAAUCCGCCAAACAAUAGCGGUGUCAAUGUUUGAACUUCCCAUCUUCUAAAGUAAAGCUAAAUGACAAAACAUGCAUUCAAUUUCAAUUAACUGGCUUUUUACGAAUCACAUUAAUUAGUUGUAACUUCUGGGGAAUUUUAUUACUAUCGUAUUAAUUUGUUUCUAAUGUUUAAAUUAUAAAAAUAAAGCAUGCAUUUUAAAUAAUUUAUACGCUGGUAAGCCUGUCGUAUUAUAGGCUUAUACUUAUAUAUUCAUAUUGUCAGAUUUAAAUUGAUUCGAUUUCAAUGAAAAAGAGAAAUCUUACUAUCUCAGUGUUUUUAAGAAUUCCACCAGAAGGAGGAAAUGUACCUUGCGCGGCUAAUGAACUCAAAUUUAUACGCUGCUUAAAGCUCUUUUUUUUUUUUUUUUUGGAAAAGGGGGGGGGGGGGGGUAAUUGAUUUUUUGUCGCUAUUGAACAGUGUAUUACAAACAUGCCUACCUAGAGAAUUAUUAUUUGGGAUGAAAUGGUUUGAUUUGUAAUUAUAAAAUAAGAAACUUCAAUCUAAUCAAAUCACAUAUUCAUAUUUAAAUUAAAUUCCAUUUUCUGUUUUCCAGAUGGAUUCUACAAGACAGCAUUCCCAGAUUCUCAGUUCUCCCCAGAUAUCACUCCACUUAUUUUAGCCUCACAGAAAAACCAAUAUGAAAUUGUCCAGUUGCUUUUACUAAGGGGAGAGACUAUAAUGAAACCACACAAGUUUAGCUGUGGGUGUCAGGUAAGUGUGUAGUUCCAAGUUUAGCUGUGUGUCUGCUAAGUGUGUCGUGCUUGUUUAGCUCUGCACUGUGUCUGUCAGGUAAUAUGCUGUUACUCUUAAAUUUACAAUGGCAUAGACAUAACAUUUUCAGACUACUACUUUAAGAAUUUAUUUGAAUUUUGGAGUGAUUUUUAACUUUCCUAAUGAGUUAGUUAGAUAUAAUUAAGCACAUUAUUGUCAUUAUAAUUAGAGAUAUUCAUAUUCUAUCUUGUCAUAAUUUUAAACUCAUUUGAAUACACUUAAAGGAAUGUCGCAACAGAAUGAAGUUUGACCAGCUUCGCUUGGCCAAAUACAGACUGAACGCAUACAGAGGACUUGCCAGUGAGGCCUACAUAUCUUUAUCCAGCAAAGAUCCAAUUUUAACAGCUUUUGAACUUGCUGCAGAACUCAGGAGAUUGUCAAGGGUGGAGAAACAUUUUAAGGUAAUAUACACAAAAUAAGGUUAUAAGAUAAUAAAUAAAAUAGUAUAUUUUCUUUACAUGUUUAGAAUCAGACUUUUAAAUUUUGCUUGUUUAUAAAAAUUUAAAAAAUUCACUUAUUUUACCUGGAUCAAAUGGGAAAAACAUUUCAUGAUUUUGUUUUUACAUAAUACGUAACCCAUGAUAGAUGAAAUAAUUAUGUUUCCCCAAAUAUUCUGAACAGCGUGAGUACAGAGACCUGGCCGACCAGCUUAGUGACUAUGUGGUCAAGUUAUUGGACAGAAUAAGGACACAGAAGGAGCUGGAGUUGGUGCUGAAUAAAACAGGAAAACCUCACCAAGAAAAAUUUGAAAGUUUGGCAAGAUUCAAGCUGGCCUUGAACUAUAAAGAGAAAAAGGUGAAUAACUAAUUGAUGUUGAAGAUACUUUUUUACUUAGAUUUUGACUUUUUUUUUUAAUUACAUAAUUUAUUUACCCAAUUUUCACCAAGAUGCUCCAGAAUACAUCAUGGUCAUUAGAUUUGCCUAUAAAAUAUCUUAUUUUUGCCAAAAUUAAAAUCAACAAUUUACCACAAACAACUUUAUUAAUUUUUUAUAUGCAUAAACUUAGUUCCAUCAAAAGUAAGAACAUUUCAUUCAUAAAUUAGGCUUUCCUGUGAUUGAACCACAGACCCUAAUAGUUUUCAUAUUUUAUAAGUUUAAAGAAAUGAUAAUAUAGCAUUGUUUUUAAUAUUAGGACUUAAAACAAAUAAGGUUUGUAUAGUAUAUUUAAGACAAUUUGUUCUUGCCAUUUCAAGAUAAGUUAAAAGCAUUUACUUAAGUUAUAUACAAGCUGAUAAAAGAAUCUUUGAUAACUAUAACAAUGGUCUUUUUCAGUUUGUCGCACAUUCCAGCUGUCAGCAACGAGUGGUUCGAAUAUGGUACAAUGGAAUGGGAAAGUUGGAACGAGCCAAUUGGCCCAAUCGUCUCCUAAUGAUUUCAAUGUUUACCAUUGCAUAUCCCUUCCUGGUCUUGCUCCAUAUAUUUUUGCCAAAUUGCAAGGUACUUGUUGCUACUUACAUUCUAUAGUCAGAGAAUUUCACUUUAAUAUAAUAUCAUUUGCUGAUACUAUUACUUCCAAAACUGGUAGUACAGAGCUUAAACAUUACCUUUAUAUUUUGAAUGGGCAAUACAAAAAAUGUAUUUUGCUUAGGUAAUUAACUUGUUAAUAAUUGUAAUGUAUUUAUAUUGCUCUUUUGGUAUUUCUGAAUUAGAAAAAACACCCAAUGCUGGAUAUUUUAUAGAUCUCUUGGCACCCUGUGUUAUUUUUGUGAUCAGAACAGAAGAACUUUGAAUUUGGAAUUUUUCUCUCCAGGGAGCAAAAGUAUUGCAGUUCCCAGUGGUCAAGUUUCUAUGCAAUGCUAUGUCUUUUCUGGGAUUUCUUUUACUCAUUGUGGUUUCCACCAUCGAAUCAUCCCAGAGUGUCAGCAAAUACCGCACCCUUGGCACAGAGUAUCCUAGACAUCAUGAAGUGUAAGAUUGUUAUGUAAUGAAAAUAAUAAAUUUAUAUUUUAUUUUAUUUAAAUUUAUUACAUUUUAUCAUACGUUAAUUAUAAUAAGACUUGUCAAGAGUGAAGGCUGCGGAGUAAGAUUUAAAAUUUUGCAAUUUGAUUUUUUUUACUUAUCCAUUGCAAGUAAAGAAAACCAGAAAAAUAAUAUCCAAAAUAAUUUCAUUGAUUAAAUCAUUUUUAAGGUAGUGGUAUUGGAUUUAAGAGUCAAAUAUAUUGGUUAUUAAUCUGUAAUCCUGAUAAAAAAUCUGUAGUAAUUGCUCAAACAUUUCAUUUACAAAUGACAGCUAAAUAAGCACAUUUAGAUCCCAUAAUAAAAUUAACUUUGAUAGUGAUAGAGCAUGAUAAAGUUUUAAAUACCUGACUGUCUUUAAGGCAAAAGUCUUAAUACCUGUGUGAUGUUAUAACCACUAAAAGAUCUUGAAAAAGGACCAUUCGCACACAGGCCCCAUCUGUUUAUCAUAAUAUCUAAAUAAAAAGUUAUGUAUGUAUAAUAUGAUUUCUCAGAAUCAUAAUGACAUUGUACUUUUCUUAUGUUACUGUUAGCAAACCAAAUUUUCUCUUCUUCUGCAGAUAUGGUAAUUUCUGUGAAAUAUUUAACAACUCUGUUUAUGGACCAGACUUUCCUUUGCGUGCAAGUUUUCCUAGUGUGACUGAAAUUUUGAUGAGUUUAUGGAUAGUAGGUAAGUUUUCAAUAAGUACUUGUGAUGAGUUUAUGCAAUGUAGGUAAGUUUUCAUUCUGUACUUGUGAUGAGUUUAUGCCAUGUAGGUAAGUUUUCAUUCAGUACUUGUGCAAGCAUUUGAAAUUGACCAAAUUUGUUCAUUCUCAUCAAUUCAUUAAAAAGAAUUAUUCAAGUAUCCUUUAAACUGAGUUAUCCUAAACAAAAAUAUUGCAAUAUGGUGGGGUGUCUUCUGAUCUAAAAUAUUGCAAAUCAGAAAAUUUUUAACAAAUGAAUUCCACAUUAUUUCUAAAACAUGAAUUAUCGUAUUCUUGAAAUGGUGUCCUGCAGGUAUGGUGUGCCAAGAAUGUAAUCAGCUGUUCCAUAAUGGAUUAAUUGAACACAUGUUGGAUCUUUAUAAUCUUCUUGAUGUUGUUCUGAUCACUGUGUAUUUAGCAACCUUUUCUCUCCGUUACUGGACAAUGUACAAGGUAAUUUGUUUGUUUUUUCACUUGUGGAAGAGGGAAUCUGUUAAUUAAAAAAAAAAGGUGCAGCUACAUCAUUGUGUUACUGAUCAAGAGACAAAUAUAUACGAUUAAAAGCACAGGCGCUUUAAUAUUGAUUUACUCAUAAAUGGCAUCCCAUAUUAUUUAUUUUUAUUAAGAUGGUACCGUAAUAAAGAUUACUUAUUUUUACAAAUUUCUUUGCAGUUUCACAUGGCAUUAUAUUUUAUGGAAAAUCCAAAUAAUUUAUUGGAUGAACGAGGAAUGUUGGAAAGUGUAUAUUGGCUAAAUACAGGUAAAAUCUAAUGUCCUUACUUUGAUCUUGAAUUAUUUAACUUUAAAGCUGUCUCUUUAAACUUCUUGCAGUGGUUUAUAAUCACUGUAAAGAGUUUUGAGUCUUAACUGAACAAAUCUUUCUUAGGUAGCAACACAAAGAAGUAGCAAAGACAAUUGUUUCCUUCAGUACUAUGAAAUAGUAGAAUCACUUCAUUUAUGAGGGCAAUGGGAAAGGAGAAUUAUAGGGUAAUCUACAUUGACAUUAUUGAGAUCUACAAAAACAUGUGUAAUUUUUCAUUUCAAUACAUCUGUUGUUUUUUAUUGUAAUGUCUACUGAAGAGGCAGCUAGCUGAAAAAUCUGUUUAAUUGUUGUGUCUAUUUUUCAAGCCUAAACGUAUCUUGUUACACUAUUUAUUUUCAUUGGUGAUAUUUGAAAUGUCAGGUGUUUAGCUGAAUUGAAUCAUCCAGUUUGUCUUUAUUCAUAAUAUUAUAGACAUGAAAAUGCAGACAUUUCAUUGUGUUUAAUAACUGGUGGUAGGAUUGAAUCGCUAGUUGCAUUUUUUGGGAAAUUCUAAUCUUGUUUUUUAAUAUAAACUUUCAUUAACCUUCAUUACAAUAAUGUUAAAUAGACUACUCAGUUUCUUAAAUGUGUUAUUCAUAACAUUUAUACUACCAUACUUACCCCAUCAUUUAGUUUAACAUUAUUACAGUUUUAUUGUGCAUUUUAUUUAACUCGGAAUAACCAUUUUAAUCCCAUACUCAAUUUUCUUAUAUUCAGUUAUAUGUUGCAAUAAUUUGUUCCAACAGAUCGAAUCUUCUGGACUCCAACAGAUCCCAUAAAUCUAUUGGAAGGUUCAUUUGCUGUAGCAAAUAUUCUCAGUGUCUCGCGUAUUUCAUAUCUGCUUCCUGCCAACGAAAUUCUCGGGCCUUUACAGAUCUCACUGGGUCGUAUGUUAAAGGUAAGAUCUUGUUAGAAAAUGGAUCAGUAUUUUACUGGUAUAUCUCGUUUGGUGAAGUAAUUUUUACCACUUUAUCUCCACAUUUUAAAAUCUAAUAAUACGUGAUCACCCUUGAUUGAAAAUAUUUCAAAUAAACCAAGCAAAUGCUAACCUCUUUUAUUUCUAUUCGUAGAUUGAUUUUAAACUAAUAAUUAACACUGAUAUUUAAGAUCCAUUCUUCAUUGAACUUUUACAUCUUACUCAGAAAAGCGCUAUCCAAGUAAUGAGUGUCUUUUACUUUGAUCCUGAUAUUAACAUAUUUAGUGUAUGGAAACUGGUUUAUCAAAUCAAUAAUCAGAUAAGAACAGUAUAGAUUAAACUUUGAAUUAGACGCCAAUCUGUGCAUGAAAAUCAAAGCCCACGCUGCAAAUAUUUGAAUAUGAAACCAAACAAUGAUGAGAGAAACUGUUUACAAACAUCUCACUAAUCAGCCAUUUGUCAAUGUAGCUUUUAUAAAUGUCAGCAGCAAUUAGUUUUCCGUUGUGGUAGAUAGAACAUUGAUUAACAUCAGAGAGACAAAGUAUUGUCAAAUGCAAGAACAAGAUCAGGGUACUAAUUUGUCAAAUUUAAUUUAAGAUCAUGUUUUGGGAGUUGAUUUUUAUUUUCCAACAUUGAUGCAAAAAUGAUAGAAGAAUCUAUAUUUAAAAGCAUUGACAUGGUCCUGGUUUAUAAUGCAACUAUUUUUGACUGGAUUGAGAAUAAACUUUAUUUUGAGGAUUCUGUAAAAAGACUCCAAUUUCAAAUACGACUUGUGUGUAUUUUAAAACACUGCUCAGUUUGGAGGCAAACAACAUGUUUGUAAUUACAUUUAUAACCAAACAUUAAAAUUACAAAUAUUUCCUUAAUUUCUGUUUUUUACCACCAAAAAGCAGGAGGAGAGGCAGUGUAUUAUUUUUAAAUCUUUUAUUUACAUGAUGAUUGCUAGUCAUAGCAUUCACAGGGUAACCAUGCAAUUUAAUCAAAACAUUUCAUUUAACAUCAGAUUUAGAAUAUCCUUUUUAUAACGUUAAACUACAAUUAAAACUGUUAAUAUUUCAGUGCUCUUAAGAAAAAUUUCAUGUGGACAAAUAACAAUUUGCUGUUGUACUUUCUUGUUUUAACUUAUCUUGCAAAUAUCUCAUGUUUUUAGGACAUUGCCAAGUUUGGAGUCCUCUUUGUGUUGGUGAUAUUCGCCUUCAUGGUUGGACUUCACAACCUCUAUUGGUACUACAGUGAGAGGGAAGACAUAGAACUACAAUUCCCAGACAGACCUGAGCCUCAAGAUGUCAAGGCUGCAGAGAAUUUUGGCGGGUGAGUUUUGAUAGUGAACUUUUUAAUACCUACUGUUAUGCCAUUAUAUUAGUCAUUACCCAAGCCUCAAGUUGUCAAAGAUGCAGAAAAUUUUGGCGGUAGAAUUUUGAUAGAAAAAUUAUUGCAUAUGCCAUAUUAUUUAAUGAUAAAAGACUUAACCUGAGCCUAAAUAUAUCAAGGCUACAUAAUUUUUUGUAGGGUUAAGAUAGCAAACUGUUGAAUAUGCCAUAAUAGCGGACUUUUCUGUUUGCAAUGAGUAGAUCAAGUUCCAUCAUGACAACAGCCCUCAUUGUUUUGUUUGUUCAGUUACUGUAGUUGAUUUUGAGAAAUCUAAAUUGUAUUUUUCUGGUAUAAUAGUUUUUUUUUGGACCUGAAUGUGUUUCCUCAAUAAUGUUAAAAGUUUCAAAUGUUUGCAACUCUCUCACAGAUUAACUCUACAUUAGAGUAAAAUGCAUAAAGGUUAUGUUGAUAAGUCUUGCUAGUACUAGUACUGAAGCUGGCUUUAAUAAAGUCUGAAUUGUUGAACAAUUUGUUAAAUAUAAGAAAACAUUUCUCUGAACUUAAACUUUAACUUUAACAGUUUUCAGGGGAGUUUUCACCUGGGGGCCUUUUCCUAAAGGCCACAAUAUGAUUGAAAUAAGAGAAAACAUUUUUUUUAUAUCCCAACAGUCCUGUUUUUGUUCUUAAAAUAGUUUGAGAUCACAUCUUCAUUUCAUAGCCUUAUAUUUUACUCACUAAUUCAGUUUCAUUCCAUCCACAGUGUUUUUGCAACAUUCCGAACAGUUUUCUGGGCAAUGUUUGGUAGAGGUGAACCAGAUGCUGUACAGCUGGGAGGUUACAACAACACUUUCACAUCUGACAUUGGCUAUGUCAUCUAUGGUGCUUAUAAUGUUGCCAUGGUUACUGUGUUGCUCAACAUGCUCAUUGCCAUGAUGACAAGAUCCUUCACUCUCAUUGCGGUAUGUGAUUACUUACUUUACUCACUUAUGCCUUUCUACUCCGUCUGGGGCAUAGGCCGUCUACAAUAACUUUCCACUCCUCAUGGUCCUGUGCUUUCCUUUCCAAUUGCUUCCAGUAUAUAUGGUGUAUCCCAUAUUUUGCGUGUCUGCCUCUAGCUCGCGUCUUCAUGUAUUCUUAGGCCUUCCUCUCUUUUUUUUUCCCUGUGGGUUCCAUGUUAGGCAUUGUCUGGUGGUGCUAUUUGGGGGUUUUCGGAGCAUAUGUCCUAUCCAUCUCCACCUCUUCUUUAUGAUUUCUUCAUCAAUGGGCACCUGGUGUGUCCUGUCUAGUAAAUCUUUGUUAUUGAUAGUAUUUGGCCAUUUGAUUUUCAGGAUCUUUCUAAGGCAUGUGUUUAUGAAUGUCUGCACUUUCUGCAUAAGGCUCGCUGUUGUUUUCUGAGUUUCUGCACCAUAUAGUAGGACUGUUUUGACAUUUGUAUUAAAGAUUCUGACUUUGGUUUGCAGUUUCAGCUCCUUGGACUCCCAUAUUUUCUUUAAUAGUACAAAUGCCAUUCUAGCUUUUCCAAUUCUGGCCCUCACGUCUGCAUUGGAUCCGCCAUUUGUGUCUAUGGUGCUGCCUAGGUGUGUGAAGGACUCCACUUCUUCCAGUGCCUUUCCUGCCACAUAGAUAUGCUCAUGGUUGGAUGGGCUUACCUUCAUGAUUUUUGUCUUGCUUUUAUUUAUAUUGAGACCAAGCUGUGCUGAAAAGGUGGCUACGUCUUUUGUCUUUUCUUGCAUUUGUUGCUGGUUGUGGGACAGAAGUGUAAUGUCCUCUGCAAAGUCUAAAUCAUUCAGUUGUUCCCAGAGUGUCCACUGUAUCCCGUUCCUCUUUUUGUCUGUGGAUUCUUUCAUUAUCCAGUCAAUGGCAAGGAUGAAUAGAAGUGGGGACAAGAGGCAACCUUGUCUGACUCCUGUUUCGACUGUAAAGGAAUCUGUGAGUCUACCUUCGUGGACCACCCUGCAUGUCAUUUCUUCAUAAGAGCUCUGAAUGAUCCUGACUAGUUUCCCUGGUAUUCCAUAGUGCCGAAGAAGUUUCCACAAGGUUUGUUGGUCCAGGCUAUCAAAGGCCUUUUCGUAGUCUAUAAAAUUUAUACAUAGGGAGGAGUUCCGAUCGAUGGACUGAUCUACAAUGAUUCUCAGUGUUGCUAUUUGAUCUGUGCAUGAUCUGUUUUGGCGGAAGCCAGCCUGUUGAUCUUGUAGCUGCAUGUCGACCUGGUCUUUCAUUCUGUUCAAAAUAAUUCUGUUACAGACUUUUCCUGGUACAGACAGCAGUGUGAUUCCUCUGUAAUUUGCACAAUUGCUGAGAUCCCCUUUCUUUGGGAUCUUGAUGAAGUACUCUUCUUUCCAAUCUUUUGGAACUCUCUCUUCUUCCCAUAUCGUUUCCAACAGUGGGUGCAGCAUGUUGACUAUUGUAUUUAUGUCAGCUCUCAUCAUCUCUGCUGUGAUGUUGUCCGGUCCCGGUGAUUUCCCUUAUUUGAGCUGCUUGAUGGCCAGAGUUAUUUCUUCCUAAUUUGGUGCGCCUUCUUCUAUUUGUAGGUCUUCAUUUGCUGGUUGUAUGUCUGGUGUGUCUGUGGGUGGGGGCUUGUUUAAUAGUUCCUUAAAGUAUUCCAUCCAUCUUUUUUGUUGCUCUUUCCUUUCUGUUAUAGAUCUACUUUCUCUCCGGCCUUUUGUAUCUCCCUCACAUGUGAUUACAGGUGUAUGAAAAAUAAAUAUGAAAUAUUUUGUUUAUGGAUGGCGUAAUUUAUUUUGUAAUAAUUGGUUUUAAAAUAAGAAGACCUUGCUACAGUCAUUAGUCAAGGCCAAAACACUGGCAAUAAUAAUUAGAAUUCUAAUGUGAACAAUCAGCAUUAAACUAAAUGUGAUUUUUUUUUUUUUUUUCGAAUAAAAGAUAAUAUUAGUUCAAUUCCAGUUAUUGUGCCUUAAAACUUUUUAAAACGGUUUUAUGUUCCUCAAGAUGCCAUGUAAGACAGUGAGAUUUGCUCACCCCAAGAGACUACAUGUGUACUUUUAAAUUUAACUUGUAGACUUGAAGGUGGUGGUUUUCUUCUUUAUUCCAGGAAGAUUCAGACAGAGAGUGGAAGUAUUCACGUAGUCUCCUUUAUAUGGAUUACAUCAGGGCUGGUGGCACUCUGCCCGCCCCCCUUAACAUCAUUGGUGCACCAAAAGCCCUAUUCAGGUUGAUCUUCUGUAAUUGUUGUUGCUGUGGAGAGAAGCAUUCAGAUUCUGAUGGUAAUUUAUUUUUUUUUUAAAUGUUCAAUCUAAAAAUCAUUUUAAAAUACCUGUUUAAAAAAACUGAAAUAAUUUAUUACUACCCAUAUAAUUAAGUAUUCAAAAUGUAUCAUAAAGAAAUUCAUGCAAAUUUUUUUCAAAUAAAAGACAGGAAGUCUUUUCAAGUUAAUGACAUUUCAGUGUGACUAUUAGGGCUGAGCAGCAGUUUUUUUACACCUGUCCGGGUCUUUUGAGGCAAUACCCGACAGGUCCAAGUUAUCUUCUCAUUGUCUUAUAAUGUUUGACCCAAUGCAGACCUCCAUUAGACUCCAUUAUAAAAUUUGUCAAGUUGUGGUGACCUACAUCCUGAAUUAUCGAGCUUAGACUCCAUUAUAACAGUUGUCAAGUUGUGGUGACCCACAUCCAGAAUUAUAGUGCUUAGACUCCAUUUUAACAUUUGUCAAGUUGUGGUGACUCACAUCCUGAAUUAUAGUGCUUAGACUCAAUUAUAACAUUUGUCAAGUUGUGGUGACCCACAUCCUGAAUUAUAGUGCUUAGACUUAGACUCCAUUUUAACAUUUGUCAAGUUGUGGUGACCCACAUCCAGAAUUAUAGUGCUUAGACUUAGACUCCAUUUUAACAAUUGUAGGCAAAAAUGUUUUUAAUGGCCCUGUGAUAUAAAUUAAAAAUCAAAUUUCCUAUUUAGCAGCCUUGCUGAAUGAUAGGCUACUUGAGAGCGCUCUCGCUUCGACCAGAAUAAGCGAAAAUAAAAGUUGUGAAGCGAGUGGAUGGUCAUCGUUGCAGUAACAUAGCAACGUUCAGUUGCUGGCAUUGGAUUGGUGCAUAAGAAAUGAAAGCAGUGUAGUGCCCGGAUAUUGCAUCAUCUUUUCCCGCUAGAUUUAAUCUGAUAUCCAUUAGGGGUCGCAAAACCGGUCCCUUUUGCCAAAACCGGUAUUUUCGAUAUUGAAGUUUACCAAAACCGGAAUCCCGGUAUUUUCGGUACUUUCGAUAUUUAGAGAAUUUUUAGUUUAGGUUCAAGAUUAAAGGUUAGGAUUUAUCAAUGAAAUAAAAACAUUCAGAAAAAAAUCACAUUUCAAUAUUUAAUAGAUAAGCCUUUAACAAUAACACAAAUGUUUAACUUCAGACUUUAAUCCAACGAACAAAAAUAAUAUUCGUAACUUUUGAAAUUUAAAAAAGUUUUAUUAUCAAAUAUUAAAAUAAUUGGUGGUGUUUUAAUCUUUGUUCAAAUUUAAAUAAUGAAAUCGUAAUUAUGACCAAGUUUGGUCUCUUAACUUUGACCGCAAAUGGUUACAAAAGUAACCUGAUGAAGAGAACACUGGUCGGAGGAAUAGACCUUGGGAUAUUUUACGCUAUUUCUAGAUAUUUUCCUCUUGAACUGCCAUUCUUAAAGCCAUGCCUAUUGUUACCAGAUCCAAGAUGUUCAAUUUCAUUGAUCAUAGAUAAUUCCAACGAGGAAGCCACUGUCUGACCAAGCUUUUGAAUAUCCACGAUAUGUUUGCGCAUCUGGUCUAAGAAAUAAGUAGUCACUGGAAUGUGCAGACUUUAAAUGAGAGUGUAGGUCUGACUGAAGUUGUACCUCCAAAUGUUUUAAGUAUCUUGUUGCAUCUAAUACAUUUAGCUGAUGAUUGUCCGUAGCUUUCAAGAAAUAAUACCAAACUGAUGUCUUUGUUUCCGAUUGUUUCAUAUGCUUUUCAAAUUUAGGUCUAUUUUUUUUCAGGGUCCCCCAUUUUUUCUAUCAACCUGAAGGGAAAAUUGAUCAUUUAGAAAAAUGUAUUAAUUCAAUCAAAUUGGUUUGACGUGUACAACUUUUUUAAAAUGUUUAAAUUUUCAUGUAAAUGUUUGGAUAAGUACCGUACAGACAAACUGGGAAAUUUAGCCUGAGUAACUUAAUUUUUACGUGUCUUAAACAUAAGGUAUUUCAUUAUCAAAAUACUGAUUUACGCAUAUUUUUAAAUUUGUAGGCUUUUAGGCAUAAUUAAAGGAAAUAAAGCAAUCAAAUUUUUUUUUUACAUUUUAAAGUUGACCCCGUGAUAGGAGUGCAACGUGUUAUUAUUUCCAAACAAAAUCUUAAUGGAAGUCAAAAUUCGAUCUUCAUUCGACUAUACCAAUUACUUAUUUGUCAAUAAUAUGAGAACAUUUAAUUACCAAUCCUGUACCUUCAAGUCGUGGCUCGUCUCCACUUACACGCUACACAUGCACGGUGAAAAAAAACAACUAAUCACAACGUCAUGAUUCUUGACAAAUAAGAGUACACAGAUCUAGCCAGACACGAGGUGUGAGGGAUUUGCACAUCUCAUCAAUUAUUUACAUGUCUUGCCUUUAAUACUACUUGGAAACUAAGAAAAACGGUUUUUUAAAAAUUGAAAAUAAAAUCCCGGGAUUAUCGAAAAUCUCUGUUUUCAUAAAUCCAAUCCCGGUUAUUUCGAGCAUCAAUUAUGGUCCGGUAUUUUCGAAUUUCGGGAUCACGGAUUGCAACCCCUAAUAUCCAAUCAAGUCGAUGAAAGUAAUGAUACUACACGGCUGACACUGCACAGCUCGCCAUCUUCAUCCGUGAAGUGGACUUCAGUUUGAAUCGUACAGAAGAAAUAUUGGACAAAAAAUCCAUGCACGGGACAAUGACAGGAAGAGACAUUUUUUGACAACGUAUCUCAAAGUUUAACCAACAUGAACCUACCUUGGGACAAACUUGUUGGACUUACAAUUGAUGGAACACUGGCAAUGUGCAGCGAAAAAAAUUGCAGGAGAACUUUACUGGUGAAUUGAUGGCGUAUCACUGAAUCACACGCCAAGGAUCACUGUGUGGUAAAGUCCUAAACAUGGAAGGUGUAAUGAGCACUGUAACACAAACCGUCAACUUAAUUAUAGUCAAAGGUUUAAAUCACUGCCAAUUUCAGUAUUUUUUGCAGGAAAUGGAUUCAGAGUUCGGCGACAUACCUUAAUCAUACAGAGAUGGGGUGGCUAAGUCUGGGAAAUGUUCUUAGUAGAUUUUCCAGCUGAUCAAAGAAAUCGGUUAAUUCAUGGACAGCAAAGAAAAAGACUAAACAGUUUUUUGGGGGAUAUAAAGUGGAAAUGUGAGUUGGCGUUUCUGUCUGACAUAGCCACUCAUCUCAACGCCUUGAACCUGCAGCUCCAGAGACGGGACCAUUUGAUCACUGAUGGGCAUGAUGCAGGGAAGCUAUGGGGGACACAAAUGCACCCAUGCAACUUGUCUCAGUUUUCUUGUUGCCAAGCAAUGUUGAACCAAGCCAACGCUAUGGUGUUUCUCAAUGCACACUUUGCUGAAAAACGUAGCUUACUUCCUGUCGAGUUGGCACGGCGCUUUAGUGACUUUGAAGCACAGAAAAGUAAUUUUGAGCUGUUCCGUAACCCAUUUGUCAUAGAGGUAGGAAACUGCACCUGUAAAUUUGCAGAUGGAGCUCAUAGAACUGCAGUGUGUGUAAUGGGACGCUGUAAAUUACUGUAAAGGCAAGGUACAACACUGUGUGGCCUCCACAUUUCACUCGUUUUAUUCCUGAAGAGAUGCCCCAGCUUCGUCUACAUGAAGCUUGAACCUUGAGCAUGUUUGGGACCAAAUAUCUGUGUCAGCAGCUGUUUUCUGUGAUGAAGAUUAAUAAAACAUCACACAGGAGUCGUCCCACUGACGAACACUUGCAGUCCAGCAUGAGAAUCUCAAUGACACAGAACAUUACUCCCAACAUAAACUUAUUUUAUAGUUAUAGCCAAGAAGAGAUGCCAAAUAUCCAGCUCUGAAAAAGUGGCAUAAGAACGAAAAUGGGUAGGCCACUGAUUUAUUAUUAUUAAAACUUUUUAAAAAAAAAUUAUAUUAAUGUUGAAGAAGGUUUAAUUUUCCACUUAUUGAAUGUUUAUCCUGUUUGGCCCACAACAUUACGUGUGAUUUGAGUUUUGGCCCGCUGAGCCUUGAGUUAGACACCCUUGAGUUAACCCAAUUGUUUCAUUUAUUUAAUGGGUGUUAAAUUAAAUUACUAUUUUUAAAUUAUAUAUCAGAACUUAAAAAUACCCCCCCCCCCACCACACACACACACACCUCGCUGAGCCUUGAGUUAGACACCCUUGAGUUAACCCAAUUGUUUCAUUUAUUUAAUGGGUGUUAAAUUAAAUUACUAUUUUUAAAUUAUAUAUCAGAACUUAAAAAUACCCCCCCCCCCCACCACACACACACACACCGACACACAAACUUUAGCCUCUCAGUAUUAUCAGCGAGUCACAUUGUGAAAUGAAAUAUAAAUUAUAAACAGAAAGUGCUUUGGUCGUGAUCAUAACAAAAGAUGUGUAUCUUGCUAAGAUAAAAAACGUCUUAAAAUUCAGAACUAGUACUUUAUAUUAUUAUUUUCAGAGCUUUGCCGUUUUAAAUACCGGUAGCUUACAUUUGGUUUCCCACCAUCGCAAGUCAGUUUUUUGUUAUUAUUAAUUUAAUUGAGGUAAAAUGUUUUUUUUUAAAACUUUUGCAAAAAAAAAAAUAAUAAUAUUUUUUUUUAAAAUGCCCAGUUUCUAUACAUUAUACAUGCUGAUGCACUUUUUAUUUUUUCCCCCGAUUGCCAUUGGGUGGAACACUUAUAGAAAAUGAGAAGAUAACUCUGUUUUUACCAACCAGACCCGGUUUGUUUGUUGUUUUUUUGCAGGGUAUGUGUGGGAUGUGCUAAUACUUUGUAUUUCAUGUUAUCCCGGGCAGUACCUGGCUCAGCCCUAGUUACCAUUAGUCAUUAGAUGUAAUGCAACAAAUUACUUGUAGUUUUAUAAUAUUAAUUUAAAGGUGCAUAUAGUACAAGUACAAUCAUUCAAGCUCAAGCAAUCAUAUCUUACUUUACUACCUUCAUUUAGACAUCUUUUUAUAAUUAUAAUGCAAUUAAAAAACAUUUCCAUUUAUAUGGAUAAAUAAAAGAAUCUUAUCUUAUCUUAAGUUAAAUGAAUAGGGAAUAACUUUUUAAAAUAAAUUAUUCAUCAGGGCAAGAUGAUGAUUAUGAUGAUGAUGCUGGGCUUUACCCACCACGUAAAGGCCCAUUACAGAAUGGUCGCGAUGUACCUCGAACUCAUCCGGGUAAACUUGCUUCCAUCGAAGGACCACCAGGGGUGAGGAUAAAAUGAGUAAAAUUGUUCUUACAUGAAGAAUAAAACGCUAUAAAUGUAUAGUAUGUGAUUAUUGAGAAUAGGCUAAAAAGUAAAUGCUAUUUAAUUGAACAAAGUAUAACUUGAUACAUAUGCUUGUAAACAAUACUCGUCUUAAUCUAAAUCUACAAAAUGUUCUUUGCAAAGACAAUAAAGUACUUUACCCAGCACUUUGACCAAGUCUUUAAAAAUUUAAAUUAAUCCAAAUACCACAAAAAAACACAUUCAAGUAAAUUUUAGGACUAUCCUAUGACAAUUAAUUAUUUUCAUUUCCUAAAUAAUAUACCUUAAAAAAAAAUUGUUAAUAAGUAUAGUUUAAUAAUAAUAUUACUGUGACAUUAAUUCAAAUAUGCCUUAAAAAAAAAUUGUUAAUAAGUAUAGUUUAAUAAUAAUAUUACUGUGACAUUAAUUCAAAUAUGUUGGACUGUCAUAAGUCAUGAUUGUAAUUUUGACCGUACCAUGAAAUAUUUGGGCCCAGGACAAAGCCUGAAAAAUGGUACCCCCCCCCCCCCCUCAAUUGUUAAAUGCUACGCGCACUCAUAUAUACAUAUUUUAACUGUUUUUUUUCAUGUGCAUUGAUUAUGGUGCCCCAAAACCUGUUAUCCUUUGCAAAGCCCUGGGCAAGAUGAUAUACACUAAAAGCCAUGAUUUAAUUCUUGUACUGUGUAUAGUGAAAAAAUUCUUACAAAUUUUAAAUUAUUCUAUCAUAAUGAUCCCAUCUGAUAUUGAUAUUUACUGAUAUUACAAAGAAUGAUCACUCAAAAAAAAAUGUAAAAUGUGAAAAAGUGUCUCUUUGUGUGAUAGAAUGACACAGGGAGUUUCAAUUGGUGGGCUUUUCUUGUUUGAUACAUAAUAAUAGAAUUGCUAUUGAAGUCAUUUCAUGUUUAAGAUUAUGAACACAAAAAUUUGCUCAAAUCCAGGGAGCACACCCAGGAGAUGACAUUGUGGCUCAUCGUGAAAUCAAUGGCCGUGUGAAUGAAGCCUUUGAUGGAACUCCAACUAAAACAGCUCCCAGGCCGCCAUCCACCAUGGUGGCAUUGGAAUCAGCAGAAGAAAAACUCACCUACCAAGUAGUUCUUUCUUUUUAUUAACAUUUUAUUUUUAACUUUAACUCAUUAAUAUUUAUAAAUAUUAAUUAUAUAUAUUGGAUACUUGCAUUCAAUAUAAUAGCUAAGUAAAACAAAAUAAAUUUUCAAUGUGGGCACCACAGAUCCAUGGAUUAAACAUCAUUGUUGUAUCAAAAAUGGUGUUUUUGUUGAAAGUUGUUCCCAAGUUUGAUUUUUUUAAAAAAUAUUAAAUCCCAUUGGGGGAAACAAACAAAUAUGCGUGAGUUUAUAAUACUGCCUAUCGAGCAAAUUUCUAUAUUUUUUCUAAUAUCUUAUCCUAAUGACGAAUAAACACAUUUUCAUUUAAAAUUAAGACUUUUGAUAUAAAAAUUAUUGUAAGAUGUUCUUAAUACUUCUUUGAAAGAAUAGGAAAGUAGACAAAAAGAUAUUCCAUUUGAAACAGGAUGCAUGCCAACUUCCAUUGUUAAAAAAAAAAUUUUUUGUGCAAUCAAUUUAAAAAUGUACCGGCAGCCAAUUUUUUAUUUUAUUUUUUAUUUUGUGAAGGGAAAGGUCUUUAUUCUUCAACAAAAAUUGCUGCUUGCCCUAUUGAUCAAGCUUUAAAGUUGAGCUAUUUACUAUACUGGCUCUGCAACUCAUUUCAUAUGCAUGUGCUUGAAUCAUACUCCUGACACUGAUAUAAACCCAUGUUGUUGUUUUUUUUUAAUGAAUUAGUUUAUGAUAUCCAUAAAGAUUCAAACCUCAUAACCUUGUCAGGGUGUGUUGUUUAUUCCAAACAGUUUCUGGACUAGCUUUAGAGUGUAUUUAAAAAUAUCAAGUCACCUCAAAUCAAUAUAAAUAUGAGGGAGGAAUGAUAGUGGUAGGCUACUACUUUAUAUUAUGUAACAUUAAAUGAUUUCUCCAGAUUAAUUCUGAAAUUUAUUUAUCAAAAAAUUUAGCCUGUAUUAACAGUAAUAAAAUACCCAAUAUAUUUCAGCAAACAAUGCAAAGAAUUGUACAGAGAUAUAUAUUUGAUAUUCAACGUGAGGCUGAAGUAACGGAAGGUAUUCAAACUCUGAGAGAACUUUUACCAUGAUCUUUAAUGAAUAGAUAUCCACUAGAUGACAUUUUGAACAUCAAUAGCUAUUAAUGCUAAGGAAAAUUAAUUCAUUUAUUAAAUUAAUUUUUAAAUAAUAGAUUCAUCCUCAUGAUUUAUUUAGGUCAAAAUAGUUAAAGAUUUAAUGAACUAACUUAAAAGUUCAGCUAUAGGCAACCACAAAUUAGAAAGUAAUCUUUUAUAUAAAGGACAUGUUUCUAUUUUUGGACAAGGUAAUCAUUGUCUAUUGUAUUUCCUCACUAUUUUGAUUUUAACAGUUCAGUGAAUUAACCAGCAUAUGUUUGUAAAGCUUGGCCAGGUCAUUAUGACCAAUUUUUAUGUAAUUUUCCCCAGAUGACUUUGAGGAGAUCAAGCAGGACAUUUCAAGUUUCCGGUAUGACAUGAUCAAUCACAUGACCAACAAAACUGUGGUAGAGGAUGAACUAAAGGCUCACAUGGCCACCAUCAUGCAACAACUGCAGGUAGUUUAACUAUGGACCUGUCAUCAUCUGCCACUCAAUUUCAUGUUAGCGCACGAUGGCAUUUAGCAUUUAACUUUUACGUGUAUUAUAAUUAUGGCAAUGAGAUUUGUCUCCGAAUUUUCUCACAUGAGGCAAAUAAUUAUUUCCUAUCUUUCAAAAAUAAUAAUGAAAGCACAUAUUUUAUAAUCAAUAUAUUUCAACAUAUUUUUAAAACAUUUUUUUUUAAAUAAGAAAAUCUAGAAAUAAUAGAUAUUUUUUUUCAUAUUUCUUCAUUAAUCUUAUUCAUUCUAACUUGAAGGAAAAUUUAUAUUGACAUAAGGCAGAAUUGUUUUAUUUUUUAAAUCUAGGAUUUGUUUUAAUUUCCCUUUUUUAACCCCACAUUUUUUUGGUGUGAAUGUUUACACUGCAUGGCCAUAAUUCAAUAUGUUUGAUGAAAUAAAAAAAAUAACUACAAAUAAUUAAACUAAGUCUAGUUUAUUAGUAUAUGAUCAAUUGAAACUUGUCAAACAAUUACACAUUGCAUAUUAAAAUCUGAAUCUCAUCUUGGGGUCAAGUUAUAAAUUAGUACGGCAUCUAGCAGUUAAAAAAAUAAUAAUCCCCCCCCCCCCCCUGAUUAGAAUUUAUCCUGUGUGUAUCAAGGAGGGCCACCUCUUGCUCCUCUGUUGGUUUUCAGAAUAAGAGAACAUUUUUUAUUUAUAGAUUUUCUUCUUUUUUUUUUUUUUUUUUAAUUUUUAAAGUAUGUUGAAAUAUAUUGAUUAUAAAAUAUGUGCUUUCAUCCAUUUUAAGCAUGUUUAUUCCCUGAAACAGCCCUUUCCCAAACGCAAAUAAAUUUUAAAAAAAAAGUAUAUUUUCUUUUACCUAGCUGAAAUAAAACUCUGAGCCUAACAAAUUAUAGUAUUUUAGGGAUAUUUUUCAAAAUAUGGCACCUCCGCACAUGACAUUCUUCCUCUUGUACUCACAUUCUGAUGGACUUCCUUUCAUCUGUAUUCUUUAAGACUCUAAAAGAAGAGCUGACACCUGAGAAGAGACCAGGAAAGAUAUUUGAGAAGAAAAUAGACAUCAGCAAACAAAGAAUUACGGAAGCCAGUUCAGGAUAUGCUACAGGUCAUGAGAACCCAUCCAUUAUUGCUGAAGAUCCAGAGACACCAGAAGAUAUUUCAGGAGAUGUUCAGGCUGACUAAAUAAACAAAUUUAUUAUUUUUUGUGACUUAACUUCAGUCCCAUUUUCAACCAAAGUCAUCCAAUUAUGUACCAUUACAACAUGAUUACUCAAAACUAUCUGAUAUUUCAAACACUUGUUUUGUUCUAUUCGUCCAUGGAAUGGAAAUUCUUUUCACUCUUUUCCCACCUAUAUAGACUGGUGAGUCAGUUAAAACUAGAAACUUAUUUCCAUUGACUUAUAAAUGGAUUCACUUGUGUUAGUUAAUAGAACUAUAAACUUAAGUGUAGAAUUCAUGUUUUCAAAACCACCUGAUUGGAUGAAUGAAGGGAAUUUAUUGCUACUGCAACAAAUAUUUAUCUUUAUUACACAUAUGAUUAAUUAUAGGCUUUAUACAGAGGUUUUAAGUUGCCGAAUAUUAAACAAGCAUAGACGAAGAGUGUUUAUUUAAGGGGCUUUCUUGUGGAAUGAUGUGUGUCUAAAGACUUCAAGCAUUUAUAAUUUUGAAUAAACAAACUAUUUUGUGUUCAUUGCUGUUAUCUAAAACAUGGUGACAGUUAAAGAAAAAAAUUCAAUAAAUACCUCAGUGCAAAUUCAUUCAUAGGAACGUACAUUUUCUGUCUCUGAUUGCAAGGUUCAAGCAUAAUAAUGAUAUGAAUAUGAAUGGGCUUUCCACAGAAUGUUCUGUGUUCAAUUUCACAUGCUGUGCCUGAUUAUUUGAUGGGUGAUUCAUCUGAUAGAUUUUCCUGCUUGUACUUACACUACCGGUAUUUAUUAUGUAAACGUUCACAACAGAUUGGACAUAAGAAAUGGUGAGAAUUGUUGCCAUGUACCAUUUUGAUGUAUAAUUAUGACAAAUGUGUGUUACUUGUGACAGGUUAAAACUGAUUAAUAUAUUCUGGUACAGUUUAUAUACUUACUAGGCUACAUAUUAAAUGUACAACAAUUGUUGACAUGCUAUCUUAUGAGCAGAAGAACCUGCCCUUUUUAUAGAAAAAAAUCUACAGUAAAUUAAUUGAAUUAUUUGAAUAUUAAUAUUUCUUCACCUGUAACUACAAAUAAUUUUAACUAAGGAAACAGGUACCUAAAUUGUUUCUUUCUUUUAUUUUUAAAUGAGUAGUGGUGAAUCAAGGUAAAACAACUAGUCUAUCUGAGAAAUGCCACACAUUUUUAAAAAGUAUAUUGUUUUAUUAAACUGAAGUUUGACUUGUAUUCCAACAAAUUUAUGCCAGUUAUCUUAACAUAUUUUAAAUCAUUUAAAAUUAAAUAUGUCUGUAUGAUUUAAUAAUUAGAUGUUAUUCACUUCAUUUUUUUUUCAUCAACUCACACAACCCAGCCAUAUUCCCAGGACCAUAUUUUAUUAUAAUUAAAUUUAAUAUUUACGGUAACAAAAUUUUUUUUAAAAAUUACUUUUCAGGCUAAUUUUAAAAUUACAGGCCUAAAAGAAAUUCAUCAUUUAAAUAAAUUUUAGGAAGCAGUAUUUUCUACCUUAAGUGGC